AUGAAACUCAGUAUAGCACAGGACACUUCUGUAACAAGAACCGAGGCACAGGAAGAGAAAUCAAUGAGUGACAACAUUCAGUAAGAAUCAAUGGAACCACAAGACUUUUGUUCUGUUAGUAGAUUAUCUGUGUUCUGGUUUACAGUGAGACUUUGUCGUUUAAUUGUAGCGCUGUACAAUUUAUGGAGUUACAAUAUAGAUCAAAUUGUGUAUGUAGAAUAUUACAUAUUCUAUGUUCCUAUUCAAAUUGAUAUUGUACACAUACAAAGUAUAUUUAGACAAGCCAAUAGGAACAACGAACCCUCUCUGUGAGUUUAAAAUCAACCUUUAACCCCUUAAGGACCAAACGUCUGAAAUAAAAGAGAAUCAUGACAUGUCACACAUGUCAUGUGUAUUUAAGGGGUUAAAAGCAAGCUGGCUUACAAAUGGGUUAAGCAAGCAGGCAUAUUUGCUCAACUGAGAACUGCUGGGAUUUGAAUAUGGAUAUCAAAUAUCAGUCCAAAAUGUCUUCAAUUAAAAUAGAUUAUUUUAUUUAUGGUUUGGCCUCAAUUUUAAAAUUUUCAGGUGAAUCUCAAAGAAUUCACGGUUUUGUGAAUAAUCUAAAAGUUUUAAGCAAAAUGUUCGGUGAGUUUAUAAUCUAGUGGAGCUGUUGAUUGACAUGAGAAUUGUAGGUUGAUGGAAGAAUAAGAGAAGAGGUUUCAAGUAAAUGUUGUAUUGUGGUUUUAUUUACUGAAUAGAUAGUAUUUAGUUGAUUACAGUACAGGAGGAUGAGAAAGUAUAUAAAGUUAAAAAAAAAGCGUUGUUGGGUAGGUGAGGAAGCAUGGGUAAAAUUAUAUAGUAUUUUCUUUUUUAAAGUUGGUAGCAAAGUUAUGCAGGGUGUUUUCGAUUUCUUGAUAAAAAAAAAUAUACAUCUGUGUUCUAAUAUACAUUUAACCAAUCAUUGUUAACAGGUGUAGUCCCAGAAGAUUGGAAGUUAGCGAAUGUUGUGCCCAUUUACAAGAAAGGUAAUAGGGAGGAGUCGGGCAACUAUAGGCCAGUAAGCCUUACUUCAGUAGUGGGGAAAGUGAUGGAAACCAUGUUAAAGGAUAGGAUUGAUGAACAUCUAAAAACACAUGGAUUUCAAGAUCAGAGACAACAUGGGUUUACUUCAGGGAGAUCAUGCCAAACUAAUCUUAUUGAUUUUUUUGAUUGGGUAACUAAAAUUAUAGAUCAGGGUGGUGCAGUAGACAUUGCUUACCUAGAUUUCAGUAAGGCUUUUGACACUGUUGCACAUAGAAGGCUUAUCAAUAAACUGCAAUCUUUAAGUUUGGAUUCCAAUAUUGUUGAAUGGGUAAGGCAGUGGCUGAGUGACAGGCAACAGAGGGUUGUAGUUAAUGGAAUAUAUUCGAAGCUUGGACUUGUCACCAGUGGGGUACCUCAGGGAUCUGUACUUGGACCCAUUCUCUUUAAUAUUUUUAUUAGUGAUAUUGCAGAAGGUCUUGAUGGUAAGGUAUGUCUUUUUGCUGAUGAUACUAAGAUAUGUAACAGGGUUGAUGUUCCAGGAGGGAUAAGCCAAAUGACAAAUGAUUUAGGUAAACUAGAAAAAUGGUCAGAAUUGUGGCAACUGACAUUUAAUGUGGAUAAGUGCAAGAUAAUGCAUCUUGGACGUAAAAACCCAAGGGCAGAGUACAGAAUAUUUGAUAGAGUUCUAACCUCAACAUAUGAGGAAAGGGAUUUAGGGGUGAUUAUUUCUGAUGACUUAAAGGUAGGCAGACAAUGUAAUAGAGCAGCAGGAAAUGCUAGCAGAAUGCUUGGUUGUAUAGGGAGAGGUAUUAGCAGUAGAAAGAGGGAAGUGCUCAUGCCAUUAUACAGAACACUGGUGAGACCUCACUUGGAGUAUUGUACACAGUACUGGAGACCGUAUCUUCAGAAGGAUAUUGAUACCUUAGAGAGGGUUCAGAGAAGGGCUACUAAACUGGUUCAUGGAUUGCGGGAUAAAACUUACCAGGAAAGGUUAAAGGAUCUUAACAUGUAUAGCUUGGAGGAAAGACGAGACAGGGGGAUAUGAUAGAAACAUUUAAAUACAUAAAGGGAAUCAACACAGUAAAGGAGGAGACUAUAUUUAAAAGAAGAAAAACUACCACAACAAGAGGACAUAGUCUUAAAUUAGAGGGACAAAGGUUUAAAAAUAAUAUCAGGAAGUAUUACUUUACUGAGAGGGUAGUGGAUGCAUGGAAUAGCCUUCCAGCUGAAGUGGUAGAGGUUAACACAGUAAAGGAGUUUAAGCAUGCAUGGGAUAGGCAUAAGGCUAUCCUAACCAUAAGAUAAGGCUAGGGACUAAUGAAAGUUUUUAGAAAAUUGGGCAGACUAGAUGGGCCGAAUGGUUCUUAUCUGCCGUCACAUUCUAUGUUUCUAUGUUUCUAAACGUUUUAAUUCACUGUAUGUUAAAUCAGGUACAAUGUUCCCUGUUAAAAGAACGCUAUAGUGUUAGGACUACAAACCUGUAUUCAUAACUCUAUAGUGCCUCUGUCUCUAGUUAAAUACAGGUGUGUUCCCUUUCUCCUUGUGCCAUAAAAAAAAGGAUUUAAUUACCUGUCAGUAUGGUAGAUGGUAAUAAACAUUAACUACCCUACCCAUAAUGGUUUACAUUGCAGAGUUAAAAGGACAGGGACAGUGCACCCAGACCACUUCAUAGUGGACUGGAUGACUAUAGUGCACCUUGUGUGUUAUAGCGAGGUUAUUUAAAAUAUUACUAAUAUAAUAAACACACAGAAACAAAUGUUCGGAGAAAGGCUGUGGUCUUUAUCGAAAGAAAUUUAAAAACUUUUUUUUUAAUUUUAAAUAUUGUAAGUACAACACAACUGCAAUCGUUUUAACUUGUAACACAUCCCUGUCAUUUAGUAAGACCCAGGGGAAAACAUCACAAGGCAGCCUUUAAUAGCCCGUAUAACACUAUAUAAAAUUUUUAACCACCCUUUAUUUAGGUAGCUAAUUAAACAUUCCAAAAUGACCUAAUUAUAGUAAAUUUGCAUAAAGGGUAGGAGGGAGGGAAGUUCCAUAAACGUAAAAUUUAAGUUUAUAGUUGUUUUUGGCGGUCUGUGAGAUUUAACUCAUAGAUCGCUGAUUAUAUAGUCUAUAUAGUCUACAAAAACCGCGCAAGGCAAACGGAACUGCACAAAAAAUAGCAACCCCAGAAAGAGACAGAGGGGUAAACUAUUGACCCUUCCGUUCCUCACAAAUACAAGAGAAGAGACUAUACGCCCUCUGUAUUUUUGUAACAAAAACUUUUGUCUGUGAUUGAGCCGUUAUAUGCCAUAUUUUGUUAGAAUAAUGACUAAUAUAUUACUUAACUUGAAAAAAGAGUAGGGGAAUGGAAUUAAUAAAAAUUAAGAAUAUCUACUGAGAUAAUAUAAGAUUAUCUACUGUCACAAACAAUAUUUUUUUGGUUUCUGCAAUACAUAUAUGCUCUGCAGUGGAAACUGACCGAGCCAGCCAGCAUGAUUGGGUUUUCAUAAAUGCACUUUGAACAUUUUAGGACCCAUUAAGUCCAUAUCGACAGAUUGGCACUUAUUGCCUGCAAUGUGGCCUAAAAUGUAAAGUUUAUUUUUCAGUGAUUACACCACGUUGUUAUUUUAAAGUUCCUUUAUAUAGCGCAGAGUAAUAGUAUACGCAUUUUUUUCGUAGGAUUGUCCAUAUGACUUUCAAACUUACUCUCCCAGGUCCUAACAAACUAAUAAUAAUGAUUCAAAAUAGUUAUAGUUAAAACUUUUUAAUCUUUCCGUCAGGCCCAGUGCUAUAUUAGACAACUCCACAAUGCUUAGGGGAAAUUGCAUUAAAUUAUUAAGGGAUCCUGUUUAACUUUGCAAAACCACAGCAAUCGCUGAGAUCUGUGCCUUCCGUGGCUCAGAUCUCUUUUAUAGCAGUGAUUAAAGGAAGCUAAGCAACACAAUGGUAUGACAUAUGUCAAUACAUAAUGUUACACUCUGCACACCGUGCUAGAUGACAAAGGAUCCUAGAGACUUUUAUUACACACUUCAAGCACAGAUGUCACUCUGGGCUCCAAAUGUUGCUGAACUGCAACUCCCAUGAUUCUUUGAAUGAAAUAAAUAGCUAGAGAAUCAUGGGAAUUGUAGUUCGGCAACAUCUGGAGGUCCAGAGUUUGGAGAAUCCAGAUUCCAGAUCAAUAAAUACAAUGUCCCUUUCUUGUAUUAUAUAUAAAAUGAACAGGGACUAUCAUAAUAUACAGGAGAGAAACACUCAACAAUGUUUGCUAGGAAGGCAGUCGUGUUGCCUCUUAUGACUGUUCUGUUAUACACUUCCUUUUUUUUCUCCAGAAUGGGCUCUCAGAAACCACGUAUUAUCCCCUGGCUCAUUGAACAGAUUGACAGCCAGACCUACCCAGGCCUUGUGUGGCUGAACGCUGAGCGGACACAAUUCCGUAUUCCGUGGAAGCAUGGCCUUAGACAAGACCGAUGCGAGGAGGAUGUUAAAAUCUUCGAGGUAAACAUUGUAUUGUUCUUUCUAGGACGGCGAGUAUUUAGGAUUGACAAACAAUAUUAUUAUUAUGUUUCCAACAUUUUUAUUAUAAACAGUAUGCUAUUAACAGAUGAAAGAUAGAUUGACAGAGAGAAUAACAGACAAUGAUGGACGGAUUCAGAUUUAUUUAGAAAUUUAGUUCUAAACAAGUAUUAUAAAAUGUAUCGUAUUUCUUAUGUUGCAUUGCUGUUUAAAAUUUGGUAGUAUAGCGUCACCUUGUGGCAACGUUAAUCACUAACUGUAGAAUUUAUUUUUUUCUCGUUUUGCUUUUUAUUAAUAACACAUCAUUAUCAUUUAUCAAACACCAUUAUAUUACACCCAGCUUUACAAUAAGUAUAUAAAUCAUACCAGUAGAUAAUAGAAAUAAGGUAAAACAGAUAAGAAAAAUGACAAGAGAUAAUAAGGGUUUUGAGCCAAGAGGAAGUGAGGUAUAACUACGCAAAGCUUGGUAGCUGAACUCUGCAUGUUAGAUUCAAAUAUAACUUGUAAAUUCAUAUUAAAAGAGAAGUUUAUGCUACGUAUGCAGCCACUUCCGAUAAGCAGCAAAGCAUGGUUUGCACAACCAUAUCACCAGUUCCUUGCUGACCCACAGGAGAAAAAUGCAAAACAUGUCUCUGUCCAACGAGAAGAUGGUGUCUUAGGGAUUGGUAGGUUAGAUCUAUGCCAUGUACAGAUACUUCUUUCUCUGAAUGCAGUGUGAGAGAGGGCUGAGGUGCAAAAAAAAAAAAAAUGGGGGCCCCUAUUUCGAAUAGGGGCUGACAAAAUGUAGUACUCAACUUUAAGAGUUUAAAUAAUUUAAACUUUCGUACAAUUCUCAUAAUGCUUUGCCAGCUGCAGAUCUAUUAUUUGACCAUCCUUGCACGGUUGUAUUUGUGUGCAGUGCUUGUGUAUUAAUGUAGGUGUGUUUUUGUAUAGUGUGUGAGUAUGAAUGUUUUUGUAUUUUUGUGUAAUGCCUAUCUUUGAAUGCAGGGGCAUGCAUGUAAGGAGUGUUGGUGUAUAAAAUCGGAAAAAGAGAGGGUGAUUUGCGCACACAUAAAACAAUAAAUUUGUUUGUAUUUUUACCUUACACAGAGUAUAUCUCAGGUAACCACACAACAAAAGAUGUUUGGUAACCUAUAUGUAAACAAAUAAAACAUACAUAGUGUAAUCUGUAUACAAAAUAAUAAAGUGAGAGGAAAUAUUUCUUCAAACUCACAAUUUCCAGAGCUAUUUAAAAGUUAGCUUUAAACUUAUAAUGCUCAUCAUCUCAUCCUUGAGAAGUGUAGUGUGAAUACGUCCAAUUUGUCCACAGGAACUUCAAACUGAUGAAACUGCAGCAAACUUUAAAGUCCACGGAAGAUUGGUAUAAAAAAGUAUUUAUUUUCACAGAGAAUUCUGAAUAAAAAAUGUGUGUGUGUGUGUGUAUAUAUAUAUAUAUAUAUAUAUAUAUAGUAUAAAAAUAGCACAACGCGUUUCAACCUUUAUAUAGGUCUUUCUCAAGUGCAUCUAACUUAAAAAUCGGCCAGAAUGCCCUUAUAUAACAGGGAGUAAUAGGAGACAAAAUACAUAAUUACAAACAAAUGUGUAUCCAUUCCCACCCACUUCCAUUUAUGGUCAUAGCCGGAAGUGUCAUGCCAAACAAAAUAUGGCCGCACUUUCGGCUAUCGAUUAACAUCCCCCUUGACCUCCCCAAUAUGUCCGGUACAGCUGUUCAUUUUCUAUGCAGAGUUUCAAACCAUCUGGUUCAAUCCUUCCGGGGACGUCGUGUCCUGCGGUUUCGGCUUACUGAGUCCCGAUACGUCACUUCCUGUGAUGUAUGUGUUAUGAUUUCAUUGCGAUCUCAUGACUUUCGGGACUCGUUCGCGGCACGGAGAACAUCCAUUACAGAUAGGGCAAAAUGCCCUCAGUUCAUAGCAUUUAUAUAUCCAAAUUAAAAGAAAAAGGAGACAGCAGAAAUAAACAAUAUUAUUAGACAUCUUCUAUCAUAAAGAUUCUUUAUACAGGGAGUGCAGAAUUAUUAGGCAAGUUGUAUUUUUGAGGAUUAAUUUUAUUAUUGAACAACAACCAUGUUCUCAAUGAACCCAAAAAACUCAUUAAUAUCAAAGCUGAAUAUUUUUGGAAGUAGUUUUUAGUUUGUUUUUAGUUAUAGCUAUGUUAGGGGGAUAUCUGUGUGUGCAGGUGACUAUUACUGUGCAUAAUUAUUAGGCAACUUAACAAAAAACAAAUAUAUACCCAUUUCAAUUAUUUAUUAUUACCAGUGAAACCAAUAUAACAUCUCAACAUUCACAAAUAUACAUUUCUGACAUUCAAAAACAAAACAAAAACAAAUCAGUGACCAAUAUAGCCACCUUUCUUUGCAAGGACACUCAAAAGCCUGCCAUCCAUGGAUUCUGUCAGUGUUUUGAUCUGUUCACCAUCAACAUUGCGUGCAGCAGCAACCACAGCCUCCCAGACAGUGUUCAGAGAGGUGUACUGUUUUCCCUCCUUGUAAAUCUCACAUUUGAUGAUGGACCACAGGUUCUCAAUGGGGUUCAGAUCAGGUGAACAAGGAGGCCAUGUCAUUAGAUUUUCUUCUUUAUACCCUUUCUUGCCAGCCACGCUGUGGAGUACUUGGACGCGUGUGAUGGAGCAUUGUCCUGCAUGAAAAUCAUGUUUUUCUUGAAGGAUGCAGACUUCUUCCUGUACCACUGCUUGAAGAAGGUGUCUUCCAGGAACUGGCAGUAGGACUGGGAGUUGAGCUUGACUCCAUCCUCAACCCGAAAAGGCCCCACAAGCUCAUCUUUGAUGAUACCAGCCCAAACCAGUACUCCACCUCCACCUUGCUGGCGUCUGAGUCGGACUGGAGCUCUCUGCCCUUUACCAAUCCAGCCACGGGCCCAUCCAUCUGGCCCAUCAAGACUCACUCUCAUUUCAUCAGUCCAUAAAACCUUAGAAAAAUCAGUCUUGAGAUAUUUCUUGGCCCAGUCUUGACGUUUCAGCUUGUGUGUCUUGUUCAGUGGUGGUCGUCUUUCAGCCUUUCUUACCUUGGCCAUGUCUCUGAGUAUUGCACACCUUGUGCUUUUGGGCACUCCAGUGAUGUUGCAGCUCUGAAAUAUGGCCAAACUGGUGGCAAGUGGCAUCGUGGCAGCUGCACGCUUGACUUUUCUCAGUUCAUGGGCAGUUAUUUUGCGCCUUGGUUUUUCCACACGCUUCUUGCGACCCUGUUGACUAUUUUGAAUGAAACGCUUGAUUGUUCGAUGAUCACGCUUCAGAAGCUUUGCAAUUUUAAGAGUGCUGCAUCCCUCUGCAAGAUAUCUCACUAUUUUUGACUUUUCUGAGCCUGUCAAGUCCUUCUUUUGACCCAUUUUGCCAAAGGAAAGGAAGUUGCCUAAUAAUUAUGCACACCUGAUAUAGGGUGUUGAUGUCAUUAAACCACACCCCUUCUCAUUACAGAGAUGCACAUCACCUAAUAUGCUUAAUUGGUAGUAGGCUUUCGAGCCUAUACAGCUUGGAGUAAGACAACAUGCAUAAAGAGGAUGAUGUGGUCAAAAUACUAAUUUGUCUAAUAAUUCUGCACUCCCUGUAUUUCAUCUAUAUAACAUAAGCUAAAUUUCACUUUGAAAAAUAGUGCUCAAUCAAUAUAUGUAUAUAUUUAAAGGGAAAAAGCAUAAAGGGAAGAAAAUAAAAAGGGGUAGAUCCAGAUUCCAAUGAAUUAUAUCAUAAAAUUUUAAAUAGGUUUCUUAACUAAUAUAAUAAACAUAUCUAAAAUAUUAGACAAUAAAAUAAAAAAGUUUGUUUACAGGGCUGACAUAUGAACACAGUGGUAUGUUUGUGUGUAGUGUUGGUGUUUGAAUGCAGGGGUUGUGUUUGUGUGCGAUUUUGUGUUUGCAUUCUAGUACAUGUCUACAUAUACUCAUAACUGUUACAAACAUAUAGAUGCAAAUUGCCAAACACUGACACUCAAAGAUACACGCACAUACACUGCCACACACAGGUACACACAGGUACAAACAGAUACACUCUAGGAUAUACACACACAUGCACACUGACACACAGAGAUUCAUACACAUGAACAGGUACACGGAUAAACAUGUACAUAUAUACAUACUGACACACAUACACAGAUACACAUAUAGAACACAAACACUACACACACUCACACAACACACAGAGACAUAGAUACACUCACACUCUCUCCAAGUCCACCUCUCCCUCCUUCUGUGUGCACUUCAGAUGUCCUCCCCUGGGCCCCGGUAAGCCUCCCUGCAGCCUUACCUUCUUCUAUUUUUGACGUCACUGACGAAACUUGCGGGUUUCAUAUUGAAGACUAAACUUGUGUUGUGUUAUGUAGGUUUUAUCUUUCCCUUUAUCUUUUAAGACUGCAAAUAAUGCAUUGACAUCUCAUUGUGAUUAUUUUUUACAGGCAUGGGCUAUUGCGAGCCGCAGUUAUGAUCCCAGUAAGGAUACGCCCAAUCCAGCUGUGUGGAAGAGAAAUGUUAGAUCAGCGCUUAACCGCAAAGCAGACAUUCGUGUGAUCGCAGAUAAUAGCACCAGUUCAACCGAACCCCACAAAAUCUAUGAGAUAUUAAGUGGGCAUAAAGCUGAGGGUAAGUACUUUGGGAUAAAGACAUUUUGUUCGGGUAUUAUCUUGAUGAUAUACAUCUCCACUGUAAACUGUGAAGAUCUGCAUAAUAUGUUGGCACUAUAUAAAUGCUAAUAUUAAUAUUAAUAAAUUGGUGUUCAAUUGCGUUAGUGAUUUUGAUUGGGUGAGCAUCAAACUAAGCAUUUUAUAAUGGUUCCUUGUUAUUUCGGAGCAGUUGCCCGAUUACACUUACCCGGAUGUCCCUCGCUGCGUCUCUGUCCACGGCUGUUGCAGCUCCUUUCAGCAUGCGCCGAAGACUCCGGCCUGCUCAGCUUCAGGGACAUGCAGCCAAUGUCCCUGCAGCACAUGGACGUAGUGUGCGGCUCUUCCCAUCACGCCACGUCCCGCAGGAAGCUCCUGGCAUACCCACGUGUAAACGGGCAGAACACCUGAAGUCUCAUCCCUAUUUUGUACCUUGCAUCCAGCUUACUACUGCCUCCUGGGUACAACCUGUCAGAAACCUCAACAACAGUUUAUCUGGGUGUAGAAUUGGUUUUAGGGUUAAAUUAAGGAACCUCAGCAAUACUUAAAAAUAAAUAAAUUAAAAAAUAUAAAGAAUUCCACACUGCACUGCAAUCUCAGCAAAUGGUAACUUGUCAACUUGUCAGAUGAGAGUUUGAAAACCUAAUUUUGAGGUGUUCUGAGGACAACGUUGUCUAUAUAUAAUUUACACUGGUUACACAUAUGCAGUUUUUGAAGAGUGGAGGCAACAAACUUGAAAAAUCAAGAAUGAACAAAUAUACAAUUUCUGUCUCUUCAGUUAACACCUUAAGAAGAAGUUAUGGUGAAUUCUAUCAUAACAGUUCUACACCACAAGAUCUCACUCAGUUACUUACAGCAGAGAUGUAUAGAUUGCCAAAUGCUAACACAGGGCACUCCAUGCAAUCAGAAAGAAUUGUGGGGGCCAGACAAGAUCUCAUGAACACGUGUCAUUGGUCUGUACAGGGUUAAUGGUGCUCCCCAUUUCAAAGAAAGUUAACUUACUUUAUUUCCUUUUAAGUGAAAAUUUUCCUUUCUCAAAUCAUACCAGUGAAAUGCCAUUUAAAAGACUCUCUGAAAAGUGAGACUUGCUCAAUAUGCUUUUGAUAUGAAAUUUGCACCUUGUAAUUAUUGUUCAUAUUGUAUAUCUAAAAAUACACAAGUUUUAGAUAUCAGAAUUUUGCACUGCCCUGUUGCCUUAUGUCUAGGAGGCUGUUUGUAGGACUGUAAUUUCCUAAUAUGGAAUUUGAUUAAUAUUUUUCUUUGCUUAGGAGAGUGAUCUCAUGACUUUUUUCUUCAUUUUUUUUUUAUCAGUCUAAAUCUUUUUUUCUACACCCAAAAUGUUCACUAUAAUCAUGACUCAUUACAGGGGCUCUAUAGCAGUGUUCCCCAACCCAGUCCUUAUGGACCACCAACAGUCCAGGUUUUGUCAGUAUCUCCAUUGGUGGUCCACGAGUAGUGGGUAGGGGAACACUGCUCUAUAGGACAUAUUUUUUAUGUAGAUAGACUAUCCUUAACUGCACCUCAUACUAAUAUUUUAAUAUAUUUUUGCUAAAUUUGUAAAUAUUCUUUAUGAUUUCCAAAGUUUGGCUGACGGGAGCCUUAGAAGGACGAGUGAGGAUAAGUAAUGUAAUAACAGAACAACAAAGUGGUUGGUUGUUAUGUAGAUGUUUGACAAAUCACAACAUUCUAUAGAACAGUAUCACUGACUGAAAGAUAGGAAGCACAGUCUGCAGACAGAUUAAAUAUAUACAUAAAUGCUGUAUCCAUAAAACAAUACUUUAUUAUGAUAAAUAGUUUAUUUUAUUCUUCUCCUUACAGGUGCUGAAGAACACUAUUUAAAUGACAGUGUAAGUCCAUGUUCCGAUCAAACUGGCUUUUCCAGCCCUCAGAGUGCAGUUGGCUCCGUGGUACGUCUUUCUACAGAUUAAUUUUUAUUUGUUUAACCUCUUAUCUGUUUAGCAAAAGUACAAAUGCUUGAUAGUCAAUGAGGAGCUUCGUGUUUACUAUUUUAGUCAAAUGUUUUCUACCCACAGAAUUUUCAUUAUGUCGGUUUGUUCUUGUGUUUGUCUUUCCCUCUGAUGAUGCUUAUCUUCAACAAACCCACAAUAUCUCGACUUUUUUCCCAUUCUGUCAGACACUCCAUGCACUUACACAUAGCUUAUCUUAGCUCAUAUCUCCUCAUAUAAUUAAACUUGCAGCGUACACCUAUGAACUGUUACAAAACAAAAUAUGUUUUGUUUUUUUCUAAAUAUUAUGUCGUUAUUUUGAAAAACAUUUAGGACUUUUAUUUACUUUCUGUUCCUUUUUGAAACACGAUUCUGCUGGUAGAUUGCUGUCAGAGUGGAGGCCUCAAUCGUUUUUUCAACACUUAAUGCGACACUAAAGUCACAACAACACCUUUAGCUUAAUGAAGCAGUUUUGGUGUAUAGAUCAAACCCCUGCAGACUUACUGCUUAAAUUCCUGCCAUUUAGGAGUUAAAGGACCACUAUAGUGCCAGGAAAACAUACUCGUUUUCCUGGCACUAUAGUGCCCUGAGGUUGCCCCCACCCUCAGGGACCCCCUCCCGCCCGGCUCUGGAAGGGGGAAAGGGUUAAAAACUUACCUUUUUCCAGCGCUGGGCGGAGAGCUCUCCUCCUUCUCUCCUCCUCCGUUCCUCCUCCUGGGCUGAAUGCGCACGCGCGGCAAGAGCUGCGCGCGCAUUCAGCCCGUCGCAUAGGAAAGUAUUUACAAUGCUUUCCUAUGGACGCUUGCGUGCUCUCACUGUGAAAAUCACAGUGAGAAGCACGCAAGCGCCUCUAGUGGCUGUCAAUGAGACAGCCACUAGAGGAUUAGGGGGAAGGCUUAACCCAUUCAUAAUUAUAGCAGUUUCUCUGAAACCGCUAUAAUUAUGAAAAAAUGGGUUAACCCUAGAAGGACCUGGCACCCAGACCACUUCAUUAAGCUGAAGUGGUCUGGGUGCCUAGAGUGGUCCUUUAAAUCACUUUGUUUGUGCAGCCUAUUCACACCUCCUUGCAUGUGACUAGUACAGCCUUCCUAAACACUUCCUGUAAAGUGAGAUCUAAUGUUUGCACUUCCCUUAUUACACAGGCGGUUUAAUUUAGAAUGUUGUAUUUCCUGCUCUGCUAAUAGCCUGCUAUACCCUGCAGGAGCCUUGUGUGUGUGAUUAAAGUUCAAUUUAUAGAGCAGGAGUUAACAUCUGAUUGAAAAUGUCAUGCAGGCUGUGUCAGUCGGAGCCAGGGGAGGUGUGGCUAUGGUUGCAUGGUCAGAAACAACUGUGAUUUAAAAUGGCAGAGAAAUAAGCACUGAGAGACAUAAUCUAUACACAAAAACGUCUUCAUUAAGCUAACGUUGUUUUGAUAACUAUAGUGUCCCAUUCCUUCAGCUGUUCUACCUGACUCUAUGCAACUAUUAAUAUUUCAGUCUUUUAGUGGAUAUCCACAAAGUUUUCUAACAUUAAAAAAUACUUGGACUUUUGCUGGCUAUCCAACUUAUCCUGAAUAAUUAAUGCAAAAUAAUAAUUUGUGUCUGAUCAGUGCUGAGUCUUAUGAGUUACCCCUUAUAGGGCUACUUAACGUGAAAGUAGAGCAAAGCAUCAUGGUCCAAGUACCUUGUAAUCCGUACUAUAAAUGUUUAUUAUAGGCAGCCUGCCAUGGGUGCUAUUACUGAGGCUGAUUUAAUAAGAUACGUAGGCCUUGAUUUAAUUUGUUGGAAUAAGAAUUAGAAAUUUUUCCAAUCUGUAAGAAAAAAACCUUUUCAAUUGAUUUAUCUACACAAAUUCCCAUAUAUAAUGGCAACUUCUGUAGACAAAUAAUUUGAAAAAAAGAUUUUUCCAACAGUUUUGAAUAAUUUCUGAUUCAAAUAAAUUAAAUUGAGGCCUUGGUAAUUAAUAAAUUCAGUGUUGUUUUUAACAUCUUUGACUAAUUGGGCCUUCGAUUUGAAUGGCCUUUUAUAAAUAGUUAUCUUUGUAUCAAUUUUGAUUUGGUCUUUUUUUCUUUUAUUUUUGUUUCCCAGAACAGGACUCUAUCUGAGCAUGUAAUGCAAAUGCAAAUAUCCUGCAGUGAAGGAGGUAAAAAACACAUUUUCCUUUUUAGCAGAGGUUACGGUAUUUACUAACAUGAAAUAUUGACAAUAUCGCCAUAUUUUUAAUUGGGCUGUUGUCAGUUCAAUUAAGCGUUUGAUCAAUUAAUCAAUUUAACGUUUGAUUAGGAAGGUAAAGCUUAUACGUCAUCUAGCCACCAACCGUUUCAGAUAGAUAAGGUGCAUUUUAGGUGGAGAUCGAGUUUAAUCUAUACAAUGCUCUUACCACGAACAUAUGGAUUGAGCAAUUUGUGGCUGGACUGUUGUUUGAUCUGAGGGUACUGGUUUGAAAAGCAGUGUACUGAUAGAUUUUAGUUUUUGGGUUUUAUAUUGUUUUACAUUUUCUUAUCUCUUUUCAGAUUUAUACCGCAGUGCUGAAGAACUAGAGAACGCUAUUUUAAAUGAAGGUCUAGAUUAUACCCCACCAGCCCAGGAGAACUGGUACUCUGGAAUUUCAUCUCCAGAAUUAUACACAGGUGUAACUAGUCCUGUCUACCACAAUCUGUCUCCUUAUACGACCACAGAACCACAGACUGGCAAGUAGAGUACUACAACCUUUUACUUUACAACCUACAACCUUUUUUAAAAAAAAUUGCUGGAUAAUGUAUCUCUAGAUUCAGAAAAUUAGUGGUCAGCGGCAAUUUUUAAAAUUAAAUGAACUUAGCUAAACUACAUACCAGGUCCCUAAAGCAUGCACAGAAAUCGGUGUCUACAGUUACAAAAUAGUACUGAUUAAUAUGAGACUAAGUAAAUGCUAAAGUAUACACAGCUAAAUGAUUAAAAUAGCUGAUCACAUAAUUUAAAGAUCACAGAUGGAUUUAAUGUGACACAAAAGUUGAUUAAACAAACAAAAAACUCAGACAACUUUGCAAUGAAAUCCCUAAAUAAGCUUUGGUGCAGAAAAUUGCCCUCAGAAGAUACAUAAUUACUUGAAUGUAGUCUUAUUGCAUAGAAUUAAAGUGCCACAGAGUCUUCAAAUAGAUACACCUUUUUUUGGAAGGCCUGAAGGUUAUUAGAGAGCAAAUAAACAGCAUUACGAAAACCAAGAAGUCACACUAGUGACUACAGGAGAGCCUGUGCCUUGUCCCCACUAUCUGGAUUCAUGAACCAUAAAUGAAACUACUCACCUAUGUCGUAGAGGUUUUCCCAGUACUUAUUUACUAUACCUCUCAGUGCCUUCUGUUCUCUCUUGAACACAGUGACAGGGGAUUUUGUCAAGUAGAAAUCAAUGUAGUGAUGUGUAAUUUAACAGACAAUCCAAUGGCUGGCACAAGGUUUUGAGUUUCCAAAUGUAAAUGUGUUGCGUAUAAAUCACUGCAUUUCACAGAAGUGUGUCUGAUUCAUGCACAGAGUUAAAGAUGGCAUUGUCAAAGACUGGGUGUAGAGCGAGGGUCCGUACCAGCCUUAAUAAGUUAGAAUUUCUAUUGUGUUCUAAUAUUUUACAGAUACGCGUGUUCAAGAAGUACAAGAACUGCAACCGCAAACUCCACAACAAAGCAAUUUGUCUCUCUUGUUUCCCAACAAAACAUUUGGUAAGAAGUCCAACUUACUUGCUUUCAAAAGGGAAAUAAUCAGUGAAAGUGAAUUUACAUUGAUUUUAUGAAUGCCUAUCAAAGCGCCUGCAAUGCAUUAAGAUUUCAUUGCGCGUUUUCACCUUCUAUCAUUUUUACUGACGCUUCAGAGAGAUGUGCUCUUUGCGAUUAUGUAACAAAGAGUUCAGCUGAAUAUUUUUACAAUGUUUGAUUGGCUUGCAUACAGCAAACAAAUUUGGUUCAGCCAAAUCUAUUCGUUUAAAUUUUUUUAUAUUCGGGUGCUCCAUGUAUGUACGUAGUGGGCACUGGAUGAAAUACACGUUACCAUAACCUACCCAAAAUACCCACCAAUAACAACAGACAACCAAUGAUGAAUGAAACAGGCCACAGCAUUUAUUAAAACAUGUAAAUACUGCAUAACAUACCCAUCUUUACUUAUCAAUUUAUAAAUAUAGCAAAGCGUUCAAUAAAUUAAAGCAUACACAACACAUAGUGUUUACAGUAUACAACCAAAUUAAACUUUAAUUAAAACAUCCUUGCCAAUCUAACUGACCAAGAGCAUAAGAUCACAACUCCAAAGGCUCUCACCUCCCCCUUGUCGUACCAAAAUUCCCUUUAAUCUUUUAUUUUAUUAUUUUCAAUUAUGAUUUUUAUUUUCAUAUUUUUAUAUAAUACACAUAUACAAAAAGACAAAUGAAGAUAAACAAAUAAACAUAUAUAUCAUUCAUUCUAGACUUAGAAACAUUCAGUAUCGGGUGCUCCAAAGGAGGGUGGGGGAAGGUGAGAGAAAGGAGGGAGAUUAAGCUGUACUUCCUUCUCUCAUCUUUUCUCUCCACUGCCCCAACUACAAGGUAAACCAAUAAUUAUAUAGCUAAAUACAAAGUUGGUGAGGAAGUAGUGUCAGAUCUUAUAGCAUAAUUCUAAGAGGUGUUUAGAUUGAAAUAGUGCCCAGGGGUUCCAUAUUUUUUCAUCCAUUUUCAAAUUAUCUAUUUUCUUAAAAACAUAUUGUCCCAUUAUUAAUUGAUAAUUAAUCUGUGUGUUUAUUUCCCCCAUCCUGGUACUGAAUCCAUUCUCCAGUCUCGUGCUAAAUAAAGUUUUAUUUUGUUCUAGAGACCAGUUUGUUAUUAUCAUCUAUAUAGAAACACAGAAUGUGACGGCAGAUAAGAACCAUUCGGCCCAUCUAGUCUGCCCAAUUUUCUAAAUACUUUCAUUAGUCCCUAGCCUUAUCUUAUAGUUAGGAUAGCCUUAUGCCUAUCCCACGCAUGCUUAAACUCCUUUACUGUGUUAACCUCUACCACUUCAGCUGGAAGGCUAUUCCAUGCAUCCACUACCCUCUCAGUAAAGUAAUACUUCCUGAUAUUAUUUUUAAAACUUUGUCCCUCUAAUUUAAGACUAUGUCCUCUUGUUGUGGUAGUUUUUCUUCUUUAUUAAGUUAUAUUGAAUUUGAUCUUUAAUAAUAUGUUUUGAUCUAAAAAAAAUUACUAAUCUUAAAUAUGUAAAGAACUCACCUGCUGGUAAGUUAAACUUGUUCUGUAGCUUACUAAAUGGGGACAUUUUCCCAGGUUCCAAAAGAUCUCCCAUAUCUAAAAUUCCUGAUUCUUUCCACCUAUCCACUUUUAUAUCUUCAAUAUAUAUUUCAGAGACUUCUAUUGGAGUCAGAUAUGUAAAAGAAAUUUUAUUUUUGAAAACUUUUCGUUUUAGUUUGCUUACAGACUUGUCGGUAACAAUUUUGUUAUUAACAUUUAUUUUUUUAAAUUCCUGUGGCUUUAUCCAAUAUAUUGUUGAUAAUCUAGAUUUCUAUAGCUGGACGAUUUAGCCAUGUCCCUUUAACCUUUUAAUGCUCACUACCAGCCGGUUUGUAGCUCUGUGGGGCUUGUCCAUAAUGCUCACCACCAGCCAGCUUGUAGAUCAGUGGGGCACGUCCAAAUUGGUAACAAUACAGUUUACCAUAAAAGGCAGGGGCAGAUGCGACCCGGCCAUUAUCCAUGCCAUCACUCUAAUUGUAAGCCAUCUCCCAACCUGGCUGGCAAGAACAUGCCCCCCGCUUGCCGUGGCAAAAAACAAACCAGGACCCAGAAAAAGAAGGGAGGGUGGGAAGGUAACUCUUGCUGGUCUGGAUUCUAAGUGGCACCGAGGUAAGCUACUAGCCACCACCCACUCAUACCAUACAAACACACCCACACAAACAAAACAAUUAAUUACAGAUCAUCCAACCCUACACACGUACAUGGGCCCUUGUUCGUUAAGCUGCGCUAUCUCUCUUGGGCUUAAAUCGUCCAUGUGACAUUUCAGUUCAGAAGGAAUUUGUCCAUGCAAACUGUCAGGAAAAACUAUUCAGAUGAACCAAAAGGGCACAAAAACCGGUCAAUCGGUGUACUACAAAAUGUAUUACAAAAAUAUAAUAUGAUAUUAUAUAUAUUUAUAGAUAUAUUUAGAGUACACUGAUUGGAGAAUUUUUCUUCCGUUUGGUUUAGAGAUCAAGUGAGAAGUAACCAGUAGAGGAGAAACCAGGAGGGACAGUAAAAACAAAUAUACAUUUAUAUCUUAUGUAUUUAUAAAAUAUAUAAAUAUAUAUAUAUAUUUUUUUUUUUUUACUGCUCCUUUAUUUUUUUCCCCUCUACUGGUUACUUUUCACUUGAUCUGUGAACAAAAUCAGCAUUUAGAGACUGUCCCCUAGCCAUCAAUCAUCUUCUUUUUUUGGCACCCCGGAUGGAACUCCAAAUUACAAAACAAAUGAAACAGCCAUUGCCUGUUGUGUUUGUGAUAUAUGGUGCUGCAGAGUUAUGGGAUUCAGACGACCUGCUGUUUAAUUUAGAAAAACGGCGCCUCAGAGGGGAUAUGAUAGCAUUAUACAUAUACAUUGUCUGGAAAUCUAUUCAUAAACAGGGUUUUACAUAGGACACGAAGUCAUGCAUUUAGACUGGAAGAAAGGAGAUUUUGUCUAAGGCAAAGGAAAGGUAUUUACAGUAAAAACCAUAAGAAUGCGGGAUUCUCUGCCUAAAGAGAUGGUUUUAUAAGAGUCUGUUCAGUUAUUAAAAACAGCAACUGGUUUAAUGCUUUCAAAGAUAAUUCAGGGAUAUCAUUUUUAACUUGUGGGGUAAUAGCUUCUUGAUCCAAGGAUAUAUGUGACUGCCAUUCUGGGGUCAAGAUGAAAUAUUUUCCUGGUUUUCUGCAAAAUUGGAAAAUGCUUCAAAGUGGGGGUUUUGCCUUCGUUGGGAUCAACAGCAAAAAUAGAUGUAAGAAAGGUUAGAAAGAAAUUGUUGGACACAUGUCUCUUUACAGCCCAUGUAAUGAUGAAUGCUACCAAAUUAACCUAAUUUUGGAGAUUCAGGCUCUCAAAAUAUAAUAUUUCAGCUGUUAAUAUGGUGAUUUUUUUUUUCCCCACAGAAACACAAUUUGAUGUGAAAAUCUACUACCGGGGAAUUCUAAUUAAGAAUACCAUUGUGAAAAACCCUCAUGGAUUCUGUAUCACAUCAAGGCAAACACCAAAUCUAGCAAACUACCUGGAAGAUGUUACUUUGCCAAUACCAUCUCAAGUUAAUGAUCAGGGUGUUGCAAGUAAAAUAAAUGAACUACUAGCAAACCUGGAACACGGAACACUGAUAGAGGUGCGAGAUGGCUCAAUAUGUGGCAGAAGACAUGGAAAGUGCAGGAGCUAUUGGAGUAUGAGUGAAACUCCAACAACAUGGGAACCCAAUCAAAUCGACAAAAAUGACUACAGUGUCCUAUACACCAUGCAGCAGUUUGUUACAGGUACACAAUCUACAAUUCACAUAUUCUGGCAGUUGUCAAGGUGUUACGGAAUUCAUUAUUUAUAUUGCUAUGUGUCAAUGGAUGAAGUAUUACGUUUCACAUCCACGGGUGAGAAUUGCCGGGAGUUCAAGGUGAAUUUUAAACGGUAGACCAAAAUAACCAAACUGAAAACAGAGUGGAUUUGGAGAAUUGUUUUUAUAAAUUGGUUAUAUUUGUCUAACUUCUGAAUUUAACUUUGAAUUUUUUUUGAAUUCCCUACAAUUCUCACCUUAGUGAAUAUCUCAGUGUAGGUGAAUUCAAAGUUAAUUUCAAAUUUAAGGCCAAAAAAUGGGUUCAUAGCAGAAUUAGAGAAUUUUUGCAAUUCAGCUAUUUUGAUCUUAAAUUUGAAUUCCCAGUAUUUCUUCCUUUACUUAAUAGCCCUGUUAGUGUUCUACAUACAUGGUCCACUGUCAUGUGUGCACUGUCCUUGAUCCAGUAGUUAUGCUCAAUUCUGAACCCAUGGUUCUCAUUCCUCCUUUUUUUCUUCUCUGGUGAAAAGUGCUCAGAUGUACUCUUGCAACUGUUGUAGGAGAGGUGUAGAUGUUGAAUAGUUGUUUGUACAUGUGUGCAUCUGUCUGGCAACAUGCAUUGUUGCCGACACCUGGCUGAGAUGUUUGCUAAAUACUUCUAUGAGUGUCAUGGAUGUAAGCGAUAUGGCAGCAUUAAACAGUGUACCUUUUGCCACGUUUGUACCGUGUUGUGAAAAAAUAUUUACUCCUUUCCGUAUUUCCUAUGUUUUUUCAAUAAUCAUAUUGAAUGGUUUCAGAUCUACAUACAAAAUGAAAGGGACACUAUAAUCACCAAAACAACUUUAGCUUUAUAAAGCAAUUUUGGAGUAUAGAUCAUGUCCCUGCAGUCUCACUGCUCAAUUCUCUGCCAUUUAGGAGUUAAAUCGCUUUGUUUAUGCAGCACUAGUCACACCCACCUGCAUGUGACUUACACAACCUUCUUAAACACUUCCUGUUAAGAGUCGUCUAAUGUUUACACUUUUUAAUUUAGAAUUUCUUAUCUCCUGCUCUGUUAAUAGCUUGAUGGACCCUGCAGAAACCUCCUGUGUGUAAUUAAAGUUCAAUUUAGAGCAGGAGAUAAAAACUUUUAAAGUAAGUUAACAUCUGAUUGAAAAUGAAACAAUUUUUUAUGCAAACUGUGUGAGUCACAUUCAGGGGAGGUGUGGCUAGGGCUGCAUAAACAGAAACAAAUGUUAUCUAACUCCUAAAUGGGAGAGUUGAACAGUGAGACAUCAGAGCCAUGAUCGAUACACUAAAACAACUUCACUAAGCUAAAGUUGUUUUGGUUCUUUGGAUGUAGGGAUGUGUCUAAGGUGUCCCAAAAAAACAAAACAAAAAAAAACACCUUAGACUCUAAGGUAUUUUUUUUUCUUUUUCUAAACACCUUAGACACAUCCCUAAAUCCUGGACUAUUAGGUGUGCCUCGAGGAGAGGGUUGAGGAGCAUUGCUCUAGACUGACCAGUCAACCAAGAACUUUCUGGACCACAGAGGACCCAGUAUGUCUAACAAAACGGCAACACAACAUUCACAACAACAUACCAACUGUUAAACGUGAUGGUGGUAGAGGAAAGGUGUGGAGACAUGAUACCAUUCAAGAAACCUUGAAUUCUGCUUCCUACCAGAAAAUUCUAAACAAGAAUGUCCAGUGAUCAGUAUAUGAUAUAAAGAUUAAACAUAACUGAAUGCAGGACGACUCCCAAACACAAAAUUACAAACGAGUAGAGUAAAUCGAUUUGAUGAUAGCUCACAAGACCAGUUUGUUUUGGAUAACUUGUUUUAUUUAAAUAGAAAUAUCAUUUAAACUGGAUUUUGCCUGAUAUUACAUUUUAUUUUAUAAACCAUUAAGUCUAACAUAUUUGCCAAAAUAGAGGAAAUCAAGAAGGGGCAAAAAAAAUGUUCAUGGUAUCUUUUAUAUCCAUGUCACUUCUAAGAUGUGAAAUACCCUUCCAGGCUUCCUGGACAUGCCGGAUGUCCACGGACAAAUCAAUCUCUCUGACUUGCAGUGUGCUGUACUUGAUCCUUCCCUGUCGCAGUUUGUAAUCUGUUCUGCAUGGUGUAAUAAUCCAAUUACAGUGCUUUUAUUGAGUUUUCCUUCUAUCCCUUUAUCAAUUUCAGUGUCCCUAAGGUUCAGAGUCACAUUGAUUUAUUAUUACAAAUAUAUUUUCUUCCUGUAAACGACGUGGUGGUGUACAUGAAUUCUAAUCUCCAUCUUCUCUCUGUUAGAACUGAUUGACUUUAUUCAGGGCAGGAAGAAAAAAUCCCCAGAGUAUUCUAUUUGGAUUUGCCUGGGAGAGCUCUGGCCAGAUAAUCGGCCUUGGAAGAAAAAGUUCAUUAUGGUUCAAGUAAGUCCUGGUAGUGUGAAAUCGUAAUGUUGCUAAUCACCUCUAGCUCAUCACAACUUGUCCUAUAGUUAGGGAAUAGUGUCUACGGGGACACUAUUAUCCCUGAUGGGUCAGAACUUCCAGUAGGAAGCAAAUAGUGUCUGUAGGAAUAUUUUAACAUUGUAUUUGAAACGAUUAUUAAUUAUCAGCUGACACAGAUAAGGUAAAUUAACAGAAUCUUUGAACAUCAACUAACUAUUAAUAGAAAAAAAUUGCUAAUCUAUUUACAUUGCACCUUAAACCCCCAAAACAUUCAAAGUGCACUGAUAAUUGACGUUGUUUGAUACUAACCAUUAUAUUACCAUUUCCCAGCUCCUCUAUUCAACCUUUUACUAAUAGAUAUUACUAUUAUUUAACCUGGGAAAACUGGUGAUAUUAACGUCAGAUGAACAACCCAGUUAGUGUCUUAAUCAACUUGGCUAUCUCACCAGCCUACGCCAAUGUCAAGGAAUACUUGUGUGAAAGAUGCAAGGCAAACCUUAAAAAGCCACAUUGGCCGUUGGCACCCCAAAUGCUGUGGACUACAUCUUUCCUAAUGCUUUGCCAGCAUUAUGACUGUAAGAGCAGUAUGAGAGAUGUAGUCCACAACAUCUGAAGUGCCAAUGGUCGCAUACCCCUGAUAUAGGCUAUCCUUUAUUCGUCCAGAAAAUAAACAAGCACUCACAGGACAAAACUGGGUUAAUAGAUCAAAGUACUUUUUUAUUCAGGUUAUAAACAAUUAGUGUUACAUAUAAACAUCCCAGGAGAGUGACGAGGUUUUUUGUUUCUUGUAUAAUUACAUGUGGUCUUGUUACAAAUAUGGUCUUGUUACAAUCGAACUAGGCUGCGUACAGUUUGUUUCAUUAUUUAUUUUUCGUCCUCUCUAGAUCACCCCAGUGGUAAUGCAGAUGCUUCAUGAGUUGAGUUACCAUAAUGGGGCUACCUCCCUAGACAGUGAGGAGGUGAACCUUCAAAUUUCUGGCUCACUCUCCUUCUCGAGUACAGCUGAGAUCAUCCCCUUUCUAGAAGGGAUACAAGACAUGAUGAUGGACUUUUAAAACACAAACUAACAUAGAAGGCUGGUUGUUAAGAGGAAUUAUGGCUUUAUAUAAAAAUCCUUCAACUAGAAUAGUAGGCCCAAAUAUUUGUUCAGACUGGGUAUCAGUAAACAAUGGGGUGAGACAAGGAUGCCCACUUUCGCCAUUACUAUAUAUCCUUUCAAUAGAGCCUCUAGCGGAAAAUAUCAGGAAAAAUGAAGAUAUAAAAGGAUACAGAAUAAGAGAUAAAGAAUUUAAAAUAAGUCUCUAUGCGGACGAUAUCCUUUUGUCAAUAACUGAACCAAUUAGCUCUUUGAACUAUCUGAUGGAGGAAGUUAGAGUGUAUAGCCAAUUAGCAAACUAUAAAUUAAAUAAUGAAAAAACAGUUGUGAUGAGUAUCGAACUAGAUAAGAAGUCAAGAGAGGAAAUUAGUAAUCAAUACGCAUUUACAUGGGCAUCUCAGAAAUUCAAUUGCUUAGGAAUAUUUGUUACUAAGAAUAUAGAGAGGAUGAUGGAAGAAAAUUUCCUAAGCCUAUUAAAAAGCACAAACUUAUUACUUAAAGAUUGGAGAAAUAUGCAGAUUACCUGGUGGGGCCGUAUUAACGUUAUUAAUUCUUAUGUCAUUCCUAAAUGGAAUUAUUUAUUUCAAAUGAUUCCACUUAGGAUUCCAGACAUUUGGUUGACACUAUUACAAAAUAAUCUAGAAAAUUUUAUUAAUAAAGGUAAGAAAACCAGAAUAAAUAGAAAUAUUCUAUCAUUAAAAACUAAGGAAGGCGGAUUAAAUUUCCCUAACAUAAGAGUUAUAUACUGGGCAAAUGUGAUUAAUCAUAUGUAUAGGUCCCAGACGGGGACAGCUAAAGAAGAAAGCUGGUUUAGUAUUGAAAUGGAAGAUCUGAGACUAAAAAACCCAGAGGGCUUGCUAUGGAAUACGAAAACUCUAGAUAAAAUGGGGAUUGAUAUUAAAAAUAAUAUUAUAUGGGCUCAAAUGUUGCCUGUUUGGGAAGAAAUUUAAAAGAAAAUAGGCCUCAAAUAUGCAAUUAUGGAUACGGCAAAUCUAAGGACAAUAGAAGCUAAUAUGAAAGAUCUCUCUUUAGAAAUUUGGAGAUCUCAAGGAAUAAAUAAAGUUUCACAGAUAUUAAACUUAGAUAAAAUAUUGCCUUUUGAUACUAUAAUACAAAAAUAUCAUCUCCCUCAACGAGAGUUAUUUACAUAUUUGAGGCUUAAACAUUUUCUGCAAAAACAUCUUAUUAAAGACUUUGGAAAAUCGUAUAUAAUGAUAAAACGCAUAUUCUCAAAUCAGAACAUACCGAAAGUUUUAGCUAAAGCAAUAGAGAUAAUUAGAAAUAUUAACGAGGUAGCUAGUUUUCCCCAGAAGAUUAAAUGGGAAAAAGAUUUGAAGUGUUCUUUAGAACAAGAAGAUUGGUGUAAAGCCAUAAAUAAUACUCGUCGACAGGUCCAAUGUUUAAAUUUAUUAGAAACCUAUUAUAAGGUUAUGUAUAGAUGGUAUUUAGUUCCUAGCAAGCUAUCUCAGAUGUAUCCUGGAGUCACCUCUAGAUGUUGGAGAUGUGAUAAAGAGGAGGGAUCAUUUCUCCACAUUUGGUGGAGUUGUUCAAACAUUCAGAUCUCUAUUAAGAGAAUGAUAAGAUUUAUUAAAGAUAUUACUGGAAUAGAAUUAGAAAAGAAACCAGAGGUAGUCUUGUUACAUAUGCAUUGGCCGAAUAUGUUAUACAUAAAUAGUUGUUUUAUAAUCCACUGUUUUCUCGCAUUUAAAAUUGUUCUUGCUCGGAACUGGAAAUCUAAUCAAGUAGUUCAUUGGGACGCCAUUAAAGAUCAAAUCAUCCUUCAGAUGAGGAUGGAAAGAGACCUAAGUAUACCGUAUUUGAACUCCCCAAAAAGAGGGGACCUAUGGCAAAGAUGGGUUAAUAAAAUAGAAGUUAGUCUAUUAAUUAGACAGAUACCUAUUAGAUCUGGUAAUAUCUGAAUAGUAAGAGUCCUGAGCUAAGACAUAUUCUUUUACCAGCCCGAUCCUGCAGAUAAUGGUGUAACUUGUCUGUCUACAGUGAACGUUUUGAUUGUGUAAAGAUGUCACUUGACUUGUGUUGUUGUGUUGAUAUCUGUAUUUAUGUAAGAAAUUGAAUAAAAGAAUUUAUAUUAAAAAAAAAAAAAAAAACACGAACUAACUCUGUCCCCACCGGAUACGUCCGUACUUCUGUCGCAGUUUGAUCCAGUAAAAAUGUUGAAAAUCAUGUUGGUGAUGUUGAUAGAAAAAAGUCCAUGAAAGAAGAAUGAUGUGGUUUAAUAUUUAUAAAAAAACAAAAAUGAAUAAAGCUCACUUCGAUAUUGACUUUAGUAAUGUGCAAGGAACGAUUGGUGUGCCACCUACUAUUUGAAAAUCACAAUAGUUAUCAAUAGACUGUUUCUGUUGUUUGACCUGGAAUUUCUCGUUUUUUUUUUUUUAAUUUGACAAUUUUUAUUUUGUCUUUGACCAUAUCAAACAGGGUACAGAAGAGAAAGGGAGUUCAUUCAAUAACAUGGUAUACAUAACUGUGAUCUUACAGUGAGUAAAGAUUGGGGGUGGGGGGGGGGGUGCAUCACUAUAAAAACAGACAAGCAUCGUAUCAACAUUUUAGCAGCUGAUCACAAUUCUCAUAUAGCUGUGUCUACAGAUCAACACAUCAUCACAGCCUCACUCAAAGCUCAGACAACUGGACAUCAUCUUAAAGGGACACUAUAGUCACCUGAACAACUUUAGCUUAAUGAAGCAGUUUUGGUGUAUAGAACAUGCCCCUGCAGCCUCACUGCUCAAUCCUCUGCCAUUUAGGAGUUAAAUCCCUUUGUUUAUGAACCCUAGUCACACCUCCCUGCAUGUGACUUGCACAGCCUUCCAUAAACACUUCCUGUAAAGAGAGCCCUAUUUAGGCUUUCUUUAUUGCAAGUUCUGUUUAAUUAAGAUUUUCUUAUCCCCUGCUAUGUUAAUAGCUUGCUAGACCCUGCAAGAGCCUCCUGUAUGUGAUUAAAGUUCAAUUUAGAGAUUGAGAUACAAUUAUUUAAGGUAAAUUACAUCUGUUUGAAAGUGAAACCAGUUUUUUUUUUUCAUGCAGGCUCUGUCAAUCAUAGCCAGGGGAGGUGUGGCUAGGGCUGCAUAAACAGAAACAAAGUGAUUUAACUCCUAAAUGACAGUGAAUUGAGCAGUGAAAUUGCAGGGGAAUGAUCUAUACACUAAAACUGCUUUAUUUAGCUAAAGUAAUUUAUGUGACUAUAGUGUUCCUUUAACAGAAGAGAGAAUGGGGGCUCCACUGGUAUCCCCACAUCAUCCUCACCUGCGGAAGACGUUGAAGGAGUCCUCACUGAGCUACCGGCACAUGAUGACGUAGGACAUCCGGACUACCCAUCCUCACUGGACACUGAAGUCACUGGUGGAAUACACAGCAUUCCUGUUAUCAGCAAGAAACCAGCAGUAUAGAGCUAUCCGGUGAAGAUUUACCUAAUUCUGCCUCUCUUCAGAUGGUGAAGAUGACCUGCUGCAGUCUGAAAAGUUCCAUGAUGAGAACCCAAUGCUUACCUUCCUGUGUAUCAGUUUGGUCCUGGCCUCGAAGGACUUUAGUUCACAGGUGCAUAUGGUGAGCCGAGCGGGUAUCGCUGACCAGAGGCUACAUGGGGGCUCUUCACACUAAAUAUUGCAUUCAUGGGGAUGGGUCCUGUAUUUUCCCAAUCAUCAACACUUCAUAAGCAGUAUAAUUUACUCUAAGUGCACCUGCUUGUAUCUUCCCGUUAGUUUUUUACCUUUUCCAAGCUUUUCACUAUGUUUUUUUCUAUGAUUUAUAUGUCAAAUGACUAGUAAAUUUUGUAUUAUUAGGCUUAGUUGUCAAUUCGUAACCUAUUUAUUUUGUUUAAUAAGAUAUAAUUCACCGCAAAUAUCAAAAUCAGACAUACAUAUGGAAUCAAAAUGCGAAUGCACAAAAUAACGUAGCAUGUACAAACACAACAGAAAUGUAGUCUGCAUGGUAGCAGUCUGUAGUUACAAUGACACCUGUAGAAAGAGAUAGGUGUCGCGUUUUUAUGCAUAUAUGUGUACAUUCAAUUUUGUAGAGCAAAGACAUGGUAUAAAAGAAAUCAAAUAACAAAGGUUAAGAGUCAGUAAACAUCUGCCUGGGCCACCAAGCAGGGAGAGGUAAAUAUGCACUGCGAGUGGUUGAUGAAAUAUAUCAAUAAUACGUUAUCAUUAUUCACAAUAGUAUUUAUAAGACAUUCCACAAUAAUAAUGCCAUGCUACAACAUUUGGCUAAAGUACGUCAGCGAGGUGAUGACCUACUGAGUUUGGCUUAGGGAUCUGAGUAAAAAACUUCUCCCCUAGCUUAAGGAGACACUUUAGUCACAAGGACACUACAGCUUAAUGUAGUUGUUCUGGUGAGUAUCAUUAUUCCUUUCAGGCAUUUUCAUGCAAACACUGUCUUUUCAGAGAAAACGCAGUGUUUACAUUCCCCCCUAGAGAGUUCCUGAGUUAGUGCUGCACAGCAGGCAUCACUGACGUACAGCAGAGCAUGGAGACGCUGAAUUUUCCUCAUAGAGAUGCAUUGAUUCAAUGCAUCUCUAUGAGGAGAUGCUAAUUGGUCAAACCGGCAUAUGCCUAUGUCCCCUGGUUAACCAAUGCAGCUUCUUCACGAUUAUGUUUUCCUGGCACUAUAGUGGUCCUUUAAGGGAUACUAUUCAAGAGUUAAUUUUAAACAAAGAUAUCAUUAGCAGAAAUCAACAUGAUUUUAUGAAAGACAGGUCAUGCCAAACCAGCUUAAUUUCAUUCUAUGAAGAAGUUAGUAGAAAUAUAGAUGAGAGUAAUCCAGUAGAUGUGAGUUACUUGGAUUUUGCUAAGGCGUUUGAUACAGUUCCACACAAAAGGUAACUAUGAAAACUGAAAUCAGUUGGUUUAGACGAAAAAUCGUGUUCUUGGAUAAAACGCUAAAAAUGUGAAGAGAGUAGUUGUAAAUGGAAAUGUUUCAAAUUGGACAAAAGUUGUAAGAGGAGUGCCUCGGGGUUCUGACUUGGGUCCACUUCUCUUAAAUCUGUUUAUAAAUUAUCUUGAAGUAGGCAUUGAAAGUCACUUGCCUGAGUUUGCAGAUGACCAAAAACUAAAGCCUGAGUUAAACGUUAUCCUGCCUCAGAACCAGUGGCAUAAGGGGGCACAAGGGCAGUAGCCCUGGCGUAAGAUUCUUAGUGGUGCAAAAUAUCAAAAGAAAAAAAGAAAGUAGUGAUAAAUGAUAGUGUGUCCUCCUUGAAUGUUCUACACGGUUUAUCAACAUGACGGGGAAAAUAACGUUGCCACGUAACAUUUUACGGUAUUUGUCCUGCUAAUUGCAGUAUACUGUCCUCGUAUAAUCUUUAUUGGUGAAUUACAUAAAGCCUACUAAUAGUGUGAUCUCUGAAUCUACUGUCGGUAUCUUCAAAUGGGAAAUCAUGCUAUUAAUAGGUAACUGGCGCCUAGAUGGCUUCUCUCCUCCUUCCCUACUCGCCUUGUCUCCGUCAUGUGUGUGACACUGAUGUUGCAUUGUGUCAUUUUUAAAAUCCACCUCACGCAUAAAGUAAUGUAUACAGACUAUCCACAUUAUUGUUGCCACAAGGUUUAUUUUAAAAAGUACACAAUUAUCAGACAAGGCAGGUAGAGACUCAGGGAGCCCUUACGGUCCAUGAGUUAGGGUUCGCAAUACUUGCCUUGCCCCGGGUGCUGGCAACCUACGCCAUGCAACUUCUCAGAACAACAUAGAACUCAGAAUGCCAACUGCUGAUCCACUUCCCUAAGUCAAAGGUAGCCCCCUGCUAUAAAGACGUUAUCCUGCAUUUCAUUACUCAUUAUAUUUUACCCACCCUGUAUCAUUAUUUUCUUUCUUACUCUCUGCUCCUUUGUAACUGCAACCUCUAAUAGAUACUUUAUAUAUCCUGGGCCUAUUGCAUAUUUUCUCACCUUUAUAUCUCAUCCUGUAUGCUAAAGUGUAGUUUUACCAGCCCUGCUCACACCUUUGCAAACACUAUUAGGUUGGCCAUACUCUCUACAAGACUUGAACAACCUUGUUUACUUAACUGUUUUAUUCACCUAAAUCCAUACCUCUAAUGACUUUUCUCUGUCCCACAACAAAACUGUAAAGUACUGCCGAAUAUGUUGGCGCUAUAAGGGCUCCUUAAUAAUAUCAAUAAUAAACAGAGAACGUUGGCCUCAAUUUAAUAUUUUUGGAUAAGAAUCAGGACCAAAUGCAUCUGGCAGGAUGCACGUUAGCAUAUUUUCAUGCAAGCAAACGUUUAUUUGAAGUACUAUCUGCCCAAUGGCAGAACUAGCAGACAGCUGGGAAAUAGUUAAAUGUGAGGGUUAAAUAUUAUGUAUCGUUUGGCCUGCGCUUGCUAGCCACCUGCCACAUUAAACAGUUAAAACUAAAUAAAUAAAUAAAAGCCCUAAAUUGGUCAAUAGGAAACCUAUAUUACUAUGAUGGAUGUGUUCCACCUCCCUAUUCCAUAUGGCAGGUGGGGGCAUGUCUCCUAAAUGUCUAAGUCACUAGAAAGGCCCCAUAAAGUGGGCAUUGGAUGGGGAACAUUGAAAAAAUAAUAAGGUUGGUGCACAAAUCCAGUGUUUGGAUUUUACAGUCUGAAUGACCCCAUAUACUGCCGGAUGGAUUUGCCCAGUUUGGUGUGGCUGCCAAUCCGGACUUUAGUGAAGUUGUGAAGUAAGUGUUGUUUUCUAAUGUUGCCUAAUAUGAGAAAUGUUCUUUUCAGUUCUCUAUAAUCACUUGUUUCGUAAAUAAAUGCAGCUCUGGCCUUUUAAAUUGAAUCCGACAUCGCCACCUUGUGGCUAUUUUUUUCUAUUCUCCAUUUUAAAUCUGUGUUCCUGAAUGCGGCAGAGAGGGUGGUUCAGGAAGCAAAACAUAUCUAAACCGAAAGUAGAUGUAGCUGCAAGAGGUGGAAAUAAUUGUCUACUUCCUUUUGACGUUACACAGGCUGCCGAAACAAAUAUCUACCUUCCCUGCAGGAGGUAAUAUAUGUUAUAUUUCAGUAUAAUGUAAAAUAUUAUAUACAUUGUAUACUGACCAGAUGCAAUGUAUGUACUAUGUGUAUAGACCAGUUUGAAAAGAUACUAUGUAUAUGCUGUAUGUAUAGACCAGAUACUAUGUGUGUAUAUAUAUAUAUACUGUGUGUGUAUAGACCAGUGAGUAAGAAAUGCAAUAUAUAUUGUGUAUACAGACCAGAUACAUUGUAUAACACUGCGUUUACGGACCCAAUGCUAUGUAUAUACUGUGUGUGUAUAGACCAGUAAGUACGAAAUGCAAUAUAUAUUGUGUAUACAGACCAAAUACAUUGUAUAUACUGCGUUUACUGACCCAAUGCUAUGUAUAUACUGUGUGUGUAUAGACCAGUGAGUAAGAAAUGCAAUAUAUAUUGUGUAUACAGACCAGAUACAUUGUAUAUACUGCGUUUACUGACCCAAUGCUAUGUAUAUACUGUGUGUGUAUAGACCAGUGAGUAGAAAUGCAAUAUAUAUUGUGUAUACAGACCAAAUACAUUGUAUAUACUGCGUUUACUGACCCAAUGCUAUGUAUAUACUGUGUGUGUAUAGACCAGUGAGUAAGAAAUGCAAUAUAUAUUGUGUAUACAGACCAGAUACAUUGUAUAUACUGCGUUUACUGACCCAAUGCUAUGUAUAUACUGUGUGUGUAUAGACCAGUGAGUAGAAAUGCAAUAUAUAUUGUGUAUACAGACCAAAUACAUUGUAUAUACUGCGUUUACUGACCCAAUGCUAUGUAUAUACUGUGUGUGUAUAGACCAGUGAGUAGAAAUGCAAUAUAUAUUGUGUAUACAGACCAAAUACAUUGUAUAUACUGCAUUUACGGACCUGAUGCUAUGUAUAUACUGUGUGUGUAUAGACCAGUGAGUAGAAAUGCAAUAUAUAUUGUGUAUACAGACCAAAUACAUUGUAUAUACUGCAUUUACGGACCUGAUGCUAUGUAUAUACUGUGUGUGUAUAGACCAGUGAGUAGAAAUGCAAUAUAUAUUGUGUAUACAGACCAAAUACAUUGUAUAUACUGCGUUUACGGACCCAAUGCUAUGUAUAUACUGUGUGUGUAUAGACCAGUGAGUAGAAAUGCAAUAUAUAUUGUGUAUACAGACCAGAUACAUUGUAUAUACUGCAUUUACGGACCCAAUGCUAUGUAUAUACUGUGUGUGUAUAGACCAGUGAGUACGAAAUGCAAUAUAUAUUGUGUAUACAGACCAAAUACAUUGUAUAUACUGCGUUUACGGACCCAAUGCUAUGUAUAUACUGUGUGUGUAUAGACCAGUGAGUAGAAAUGCAAUAUAUAUUGUGUAUACAGACCAAAUACAUUGUAUAUACUGCGUUUACUGACCCAAUGCUAUGUAUAUACUGUGUGUGUAUAGACCAGUGAGUAGAAAUGCAAUAUAUAUUGUGUAUACAGACCAAAUACAUUGUAUAUACUGCAUUUACGGACCUGAUGCUAUGUAUAUACUGUGUGUGUAUAGACCAGUGAGUACGAAAUGCAAUAUAUAUUGUGUAUACAGACCAGAUACAUUGUAUACACUGCGUUUACUGACCCAAUGCUAUGUAUAUACUGUGUGUGUAUAGACCAGUGAGUAGAAAUGCAAUAUAUAUUGUGUAUACAGACCAGAUACAUUGUAUAUACUGCAUUUACGGACCCAAUGCUAUGUAUAUACUGUGUGUGUAUAGACCAGUGAGUAGAAAUGCAAUAUAUAUUGUGUAUACAGACCAAAUACAUUGUAUAUACUGCAUUUACGGACCUGAUGCUAUGUAUAUACUGUGUGUGUAUAGACCAGUGAGUAGAAAUGCAAUAUAUAUUGUGUAUACAGACCAGAUACAUUGUAUAUACUGCAUUUACGGACCCAAUGCUAUGUAUAUACUGUGUGUGUAUAGACCAGUGAGUACGAAAUGCAAUAUAUAUUGUGUAUACAGACCAGAUACAUUGUAUACACUGCGUUUACUGACCCAAUGCUAUGUAUAUACUGUGUGUGUAUAGACCAGUGAGUAGAAAUGCAAUAUAUAUUGUGUAUACAGACCAAAUACAUUGUAUAUACUGCAUUUACGGACCUGAUGCUAUGUAUAUACUGUGUGUGUAUAGACCAGUGAGUACGAAAUGCAAUAUAUAUUGUGUAUACAGACCAGAUACAUUGUAUACACUGCGUUUACUGACCCAAUGCUAUGUAUAUACUGUGUGUGUAUAGACCAGUGAGUAGAAAUGCAAUAUAUAUUGUGUAUACAGACCAGAUACAUUGUAUAUACUGCAUUUACGGACCCAAUGCUAAAUAUAUACUGUGUGUGUAUAGACCAGUGAGUACGAAAUGCAAUAUAUAUUGUGUAUACAGACCAGAUACAUUGUAUACACUGCGUUUACUGACCCAAUGCUAUGUAUAUACUGUGUGUGUAUAGACCAGUGAGUAGAAAUGCAAUAUAUAUUGUGUAUACAGACCAAAUACAUUGUAUAUACUGCAUUUACGGACCUGAUGCUAUGUAUAUACUGUGUGUGUAUAGACCAGUGAGUAGAAAUGCAAUAUAUAUUGUGUAUACAGACCAAAUACAUGGUAUAUACUGCGUUUACGGACCUGAUGCUAUGUAUAUACUGUGUGUGUAUAGACCAGUGAGUACGAAAUGCAAUAUAUAUUGUGUAUACAGACCAGAUACAUUGUAUAUACUGCAUUUACGGACCCAAUGCUAUGUAUAUACUGUGUGUGUAUAGACCAGUAAGUACGAAAUGCAAUAUAUAUUGUGUAUACAGAUCAAAUACAUUGUAUAUACUGCAUUUACGGACCCAAUGCUAUGUAUAUACUGUGUGUGUAUAGACCAGUGAGUACGAAAUGCAAUAUAUAUUGUGUAUACAGACCAGAUACAUUGUAUACACUGCGUUUACGGACCUGAUGCUAUGUAUAUACUGUGUGUACAGACAUUUAGUGUGUCAAACCAGUCAGGGAAGACUAAUGUAGGUGGUGAUUUGCUGUAAAAAAAACAAAUAUGCUACAUUUAGUUUAAUAAAUAGUCCAGAUCAUGGCAGUAUGACUAAUUAUUAUCAGUAAGAUUUAUGGAACCUGUGGUCUAUUCACAAACAAUGGAAACUGUGGGAGUAGCACGGUCUCUGCAUACUAUCAGUUAGUGUUACUAACUGCUUCUCCUACCUAGAGGGUGAUAGAGGGUAAUAACGGUCCUGGUCUCUGGUUCACAGUCAUUCAGUUAUAUGAUGAAUACUGGGAUCAGGGGAUGACAGGGGAUCCAGGAUAGCUACCUGUCUGUAGAACCCGAGAUAACACGUUAAUAAUUUCUGCUGAUUAAGAUUAUGUUAUGUGUGUGUCAGAGAUUGCCCAUUGUUCCCUGGAAUGGCCACUCCAAAACCGCGCAUCAUCCCUUGGCUCAUUGAACAGGUUGGCAGACCGGAAUACCCAGGUCUUGUGUGGUUGAACUCUAAGCGGACAAGAUUUCAGAUCCCCUGGAAACAUGGUCGUAGACAAGACUGGACCAGGGAAGAUAUCAAAAUCUUUGAGGUAAAUAUAUUUAAACCUUUUUUAUGACUGGCAGGAAGGUGGGGCAGGACACCGAAACUGGGCCUUCUCUCCCCUGCCCAUUGCCCCCCUUGACAUUUAAGUAAAUAACGCUGUGUCUAGUCGUGACAGCGCUGCUUACCUACCACAUUGUGCUGUGCACAUGGCUUAUUAUCGCUUCAUAUAAACAGGGAGAAUUAAUUAUCAACCCCAGGUGAAACAUGACACAGGGUUUUUCUAUUAAUCUGUGUUUUGUAUCACUUGAUGUUAUAGUUCUUGCUGAGACUGCAAUCUAAAAUAAUAUGUGGUUCACACUCGUUUUUUACCCCCACAUCCUUUUUUUAUAGGCUUGGGCUGUUGCCAGUGGUAUUUACAACCCCAGUAGGGAUAGAGCUGAUCCAAAGAAGUGGAAAAGAAAUCUUCGUUCAGCGCUUAUUCAAAAGGAGGGCAUAAGAAUGGUCGAGAGCCACAGUUCUGACAGUGCCAAUCCUCGCAAAAUCUAUGAGAUCUCAAAUGCUGCUUAUGGAAGUAAGGAUACUAAAAUAAUUCCAAAACUGAAGUUAAGUAUAACUCAGAAACAUAGACUGUGACAGUAGGGUCACAUCAGGCCCAUCUGGUCUGCCUAUAAUGAUAUGUCGCUCAGGUUCUUUCGAUAGCAGACUUUUUUGGAGCAUUAUAGCACAAGUUAUCACAAGUUCUAUAAUGUUCCAGAGGACCUUAAGUGCCUGGACCUUUUUACCCAUUUCUAAGAAGUGAUUUUGGGGGGUUGGCAAUCCCAGUAAUCUGGAGCACCUUUCUUUAUAAUUAAAUAAAUAUAUAUAUAUUUUUUUAUAUAAUGAUAGGUUAAUCCUAACUCAAGUCCAAUCCCUACUCUGUGUGUUUAUAAUAUGUCGGACACAGCUGGGAUCUUUUCACAAGAGCUUGCUGGUGUUAUGGUACCUGUGGGUGCUCCUUCUACAACAAUGUGCAACAUUCUGGUAUCAUGAUUAUUCUGUCUACUCUGCUCCUAGAUCUUGACUUGUUUUCUCAUGUGUAUGAUACUUUAAAUCCCAUUGGCUUUGGGUGCUUCUUAUUUUCUCGUCCUGUGUCUGUUUCCAGGCUGCUCUAAGGACUGGAAAUGUACAUCUAUUGUGUCUAUUUGCUGAAUUUGAUAGGAUUGACCUUAGUUUUGUGUUAGGGUCCUACAUCAUCCUGACAGCUAGGACAGGGUGGCUGAGGUAAACCAUAGUGGUGGUCCAAUCUUGGUUGUCUUUCCAAGUCAUGUUCCACCCUAUAUCUUCAAAUCAUGCCCUCUUGCUCUAGUUGUUAUUUGACAUAUUUAUGGAUAUGAAGGUUGCUGGGUGGAGAACAUUAAAAAAAUAAUAAGGUCGGUGCACAAAUCCAGACGUUGUUCAACAGCAUGAGCAGUGCUUGGAAUUUACAGUCCGAAUGACCCCAUAUACUGCCGGAUGGAUUUGCCCAGUUUGGUGUGGCUGCCAAUCCGGACUUUAGUGAAGUUGUGACGUAAAUGUUGUUUUCUAAUGUUGUCUAAUAUGAGAAAUUUUCUUUCCGGUUCUCUAUUAUCACUUGUUUAGUGAAUAAAUGCUGCUUUGGCCUUUUAAAUUGAAUCCGACAUCACCACCUUGUGGCUAUUUUUAUUUUUAUUUUCCAUUUUAAAUCUGUGUUCCUGAAUGCGGCAGAGAGGGUGGUUCAGGAAGCAAAACAUAUCUAAACCGAAAGUAGAUGUAGCUGCAAGAGGUGGAAAUAAUUGUCUACUUCCUUUUGACGUUACACAGGCUGCCGAAACAAAUAUCUACCUUCCCUGCAGGUGGUAAUAUAUGUUAUAUAUUAGUAUAAUGUAAUAUAAUAUAUACAUUGUAUACUGACCAGACGCUAUGUAUUUACUGUGUGUAUAGACCAGUUGGGAAAGAUACUAUGUAUGUACUGUGUGUAUAGACCAUAUUCAAUAAAUAUAUACUGUGAGAUAAGUUUGUCAGUAAACCAUAGAGUGGUGGUCCCAUCUUGGUUUUCUUUCCAAGGAUUCCGGUCGUGUUCCACCCUAUAUCCUUAAAUCAUGCCUAUUGUUCUAGUUGACAUAUUAGGAUUAUGAGGCCUUUCCUGAUAACUUUUGUAAAUCAUUGCCCCAUAUGAGACCUGUGUCUCUCUAGACCAGGGGUAGGCAACCUUCGUCAAUCCAGAUGUUGCAGACUACAUCUCCCAUGAUGCUUUGCCAGUAAUAUGGCUAAUAUGGUAAUAUUAUAGUAAUAAAAACUACCAAUAGUGUAUAUGUGGAGCGCUAGAAAUAUACAAACUUACCCCCUAUGGGUUAACACAAUUUUACAUGCAAAGGAGAAAACUUAUCACAAUACGUAUAUCUGUAGAAAUAAAAAUGCAGAUGGUGCAAGUAACGUUUUAAAAACAAUCACGCGAAUAAGUGAUCUAUAUGGUCUCACGCACAUGAUCUAGAGCCCAUUAGGAUAGGCUCAAGUCACUAGGGCUUGCAUGUACUCAGGUGACACUGUACCAAAUCAAUCCUUCUUUCAGUCAGUAAAUCCUCAUGUAUACAGACGUACGCAACGUGAUGACGUAACGCGUGCGAAGAGGUGGGAGGGCCCGGAGGAACGGUGAAUGGGCGGUGAGCGGUGAGCGGGCAGAGUAGCGUGGAGGAAAUUAAACGCUAAAUAUGUUUGGCGGCUGUUUUGCGGCUGUUUGAUGUUUGAUGUCUGGAAGAAAACGCUGCUGGGACAGAGGUGAACGGGUGCUGAGCGUGUAGAGAAGCGGGCAGAGAAGCGUGGAGGAAAGUACACACGCUGAAUAUGUUUUGACGGCUGUUUGGCGGCUGUUUGACGAUUGGAAGAAAACGCUGCUGGGACAGAGGCCGAUAAGGAGAACACUAAUUAAACUCAUAUACUGAGCAUUUAAGCCUUGCCCGGGCUGUUACACUCCGCUCAAUAAGAAAGAAAAGGAGAAAAAAAAAAAAAAAACGCUGAAAGGGAUAAACUGCCUUUGUGAUAUUUUUAUGAGCUGCUGGCAUAUUGAAUAGCCAAACGAAGGCAAAGACAGAUAAAAGUAAAGGAGGACUUCUUUAUAAUAAUGAGAUGGAAGCUGUAUAUCUUGUGAGUAUUGCAAAGUGAAUUUCUCCCUAACCUCUUGAUAAACUGCUUAUAUCUCAGACACAUUUAAAAUUUAUAUAUUCUGUUUGACAACUGAGAGUUGCAAUUAAAGCAAAGAUAAGUUGAGGCUGAUAUAUAAGCCUAAUCAAAUCAAAAAAAAAAAGGGGGCAGAAAGAAAAUAAAAGAAAGGAUAAAGAAAGCAGAGAAGAAAAGGAAAAGAGGGAAGGGAAGGGGAAGAAAAAGAGAAGGAAAAAGGAAAAAAGAAAGAAAAAAGAAUAUAAAACAAACAUUAAAACUGGCUUUAACAAAGGCUUUAACAAAGGCAAGUAAGCUAAAACAACCGCUACAAUAAGUUCCGAGAGGUUCAAGCAGCGAAAUUGCUAUUUCUAAAUAUAUAUAUACUUUUCUAUAUAAGCAGAGUAAAAAAGAAGAAAGAAGAAAGAGAAGGGAAGCAAAAUUUAGCUUGAUAGCCCUUUUUUUUUUUUUUUUAAAACAAAAUGGCAACUAGAAAAACUGCUAUGGAAAAAAAGAAAGAAAAUAAGGAAAAUAAGUCAGUACAUCCAGUAGAAAAAAGGAUGUCCGGUUUCUUUUCGACCCCAUUAAAAGAUAUACAAGAACGUAGAAGUGAUAACGAAACAAAUCCAGUAAAUAUUCUUAACACCAAUAUGGAUCCUUUAAUGAUGCAAGAACUAUCAUUAGUUCCUGAAACAAUGAAAGAAAUUCUACAGGAUCAGCUUAAACCACUACUAGAGGCUCAAUUCAAUAUGCUAAAACAAGAUAUGCUUAAGAGUCUCGAAGAUAUAAAACACGAUACUAACAGAAUUGCUAUAUCAGUGCAAGCUAUGGAAAAAAAAAUUGUCUUGUUUGAUAAUCAAUUAGGCACAGUUAAUGAAACAGUACAAUCAUUAACAAACAAAACUUCAAUUUUGGAACAUAAAAUAGCCGCCCUAGAAGACAGAUCAAGACAACUUAAUCUAAGACUUAGAGGAAUAUCUGAAGAUAUAACAACAGAGAAAUUAAAAGAUUAUUUAUGCGGUCUAUUUAAAGAAGUCUCUUCUGAGAUAACUGAUUAUCAAAUAGAAAAAUUCCAUCGAAUACGAAAACCUAACGUAAUUGCAGCACAUUUUCCUAGAGAUGUUAUAGUGAGCUUCCGUUCACUUUCAGUUAAAAACAACUUGAUUAAAGCCAGACGUACUAACUCCUUAGAAAAUCCUGUUUAUAAAGAUAUAUACUUUCUGCAGGAUCUAUCUUAUUUUUCUAGAACUUGGAGGAAGUCUUUCUCAACUCUUACUGACUUUCUGAGGAAAAAAGAUAUUAGAUUUCAGUGGAAUACUCCGGCUUCCUUGAAAUUCAUUUGGAGACAAGAAAGACUUUCCUUCACUGAUCCGGAGGAUGCGAAAAGUUGGUUAGCAAGAAUUCAAAUAUGAAAACAACCAGACCGCGGAAGUAGAACGAAAAAGGAGGAGGAAGGGAGAGAGAAGAAGGGAGGGGAGGGGAAAGAAAAAAAAAAGAAAUGAAAAAUUGUUUGUUUUUUUUGUUUUUUUUUGUGAUAUAUGUAAUUUUUUAAUGUCAAUUCUAAAAGGAAGAGAGUCUAUUAUUAUAACGUUAUACAAGAAAUGUAGUUUUUAUAUGCAUAUGGUUGAAGCUUACACUAUUUGCAAUGCAUAACAAUAGCAUCUUCAAUAUUCUUUAUGCAUACUGCUGCAGUUUAGGAUAUUUGUAAUGUAUAAAAGCACAUGAAAACAAUAUGAAGUUGUUGAAGUAAAAGGAGAUAUAAUAGUCUUUAUAAAUAUCUGUUCACAUUGUAGUUAAGAGGACCACCCAUUAGGCUGUUAAUAUAUGCGUUUCUUUCUGGCCGGAGAUAAUAAUUUUUUUUUUUUUUUGUAAAAGAGGAUAAAAUUUGUUGAAAUUAUUUACACAUGUAUUAGCAAGAAAUGGCGAAGGGAAGAGAAAUAGAAAGGAGUUAGAAUGGAAAGAUAGAUUCACUAGAUUCACAAAAUACGACACAUGCAAGUAUAAUUAACAUUAAUAAGAAAUAAUGAGUUGGUUCAAUAAGGUUAAAUUUGCUAAAAAGUAAAUUUGUAUAUAAGUACACAAGAUUGAAUUAGAAAAACUGUAUGGAUUGAUUUAUUUAUCACUGCAUAUAAAGGGCACAGAAAGGAGAAAUAGGGAAAAAGAUAGGUCACAUGGAAAUAAUGUAAUGCAACACGACGAUAAAUGGAUCAUUAUAAAUAUUUUUCACUUAAUUGACACUUAUUUUAUAACGGCUAUAUUUGACUGAGUGAUUAGGGUUUUUUUUUUUUUUUCUUCUUCCUUUGUUGUAAAGUAGACUGAAAGGUUUUAUUAUAGAACAUCGCCCAAAUCCCAAAUCCGGACAAUCCUACUUAGUGUCUAUAUAAUAGACAUAGGACUAGACAGACUCUCCUGUUGGUGAGUCAAUAGUCUAUGUGCUUAAGGAGGAUGAUAUUCUCCUAUAGUUUUAGAUAUAUGUUUCUUUGUUUUUUGUGUGUUUGUAUAGCAAUAGAGGAUCAAAGGGAAGUUUACUAUCUCGAGAUGAAAGGAAAGAGAUUUGAAGAACUCUAAUGAUAAGAAUGUUAACUCUUAAUGUCCAAGGCAUGAAUACAAUAACAAAAAGGUCUUUAGUAUAUAAAUAUUUGGUCACUGAACAUAUUGAUCUGGGAUUUCUGCAAGAAACCCAUUGGAGACAGUCAGAUAAACAAACGUGGGGUGGAAAAAAAUUCCCGCUUAUUAUACAAGCCUCAAAUAGAGAUAAAAAAAAAUGUGGUGUAGCCAUAAUAUUCAGUGAAAAAAUAGAGGUAGAAAUAAUUCAACAAAUACAAGAUGUAGAAGGUAGAUACUUGAUAAUAAUAUGUAAAAUCAAUUCUAAGAUAUUUACACUCUGUAAUGUCUAUCUCCCAAAUUAUUCACCAGCUUCUUACUUAAGAUCCAUCUUAGAAAAAAUAGAAGAAGUAAAAGUGGGAAACUUAAUAUUGGCUGGAGAUUUUAAUGCAGUUAUCGACCCACAACUAGAUAAAAGAACUAUGAAAGGAGUUAAAAUAAAUAAGAUGGUAAUUAAACAAGCUAAAUCCUUAAAAAACAUAAAGGAUGAAUUUAAUCUGUUCGACAUUUGGAGGAUUCACAAUCUAAAUCUAAGAGAUUAUACACACUUCUCUAAAGUCCAUUUUUCUUAUUCAAGGUUAGAUAUGAUUUGGAUUGAUCCUAAUUUAAUCGAUAAAAUUCAAAAAGUAAAUAUAAAUGAAGCAGUUUGGACAGAUCAUAAUGGUGUAGUAUGUGUAAUAGAAGUAGGAAAAAAUAUAAAAAAGCCAUAUAGUUGGCGUCUAAAUGAUAGAUUGCUUAGUUUUGAAACAAAUAAAAAAUUCAUGGAAGUAAACAUAGGCAAUUAUUUUAAAGAAAAUAACAUAGAGGAUAUUGAUCCAUCCACUUUGUGGUGCGCCUUUAAAGCAGUAAUAAGAGGUCAUUUCAUUAAACUCCAAAGCCAAACUGAUAGGGGUACUAGUCUAUCUCACCUUUAUGGUCAAUUAGGGAAGUUGACUCAAAGCAAUAAACAUAAUCCAACAGUUGAAAAUUCCAAAGAAAUAUCGGCAUUAAAAGACAAAAUUAACCAAAAAUUAAUGGAAAGAACAGUUAAAAGUUUAGAUAGACUAAAAUUAAAAUAUUAUUCUAAGGGUAAUAGAGCCGAUAAACUGCUAUCACAAAAAUUAAGAAAACAAAAGGGUAUUAAUAAAGUAGAAAAACUUAUUAAUAAUGGAACAACUGUAGUAACUCCAAAACUAAUAGGACAACAAUUUAAUGAUUUCUAUAGUAAGUUAUACAACAUUCCUCAAACUACGACAGAUGAAGAUAUAAAAAAAUAUCUAGAAAAAAUAAAUAAGUUUAAAUUAACAGAAUUACAAAGUGAAGCAAUAAAUAGAGACAUAACAAUAGAUGAAAUAAUGAAAGCUAUAAAUAAUUUGGAGGAGUAUAAAACCCCAGGUCCAGAUGGAUUUAGCAAUUUAUUUUAUAAAAUAUUUAAAGAAUCAAUUUGCCCUUAUAUGACUAGUGCCUUUAACAGUGCGGCUAAAAGAGGAUCUCUUCCAAUAGAGAUGUUAAAAGCUAAUAUUCUACCAAUUUUAAAACAAAACAAAAACCCUACUGAUGUUAAAAAUUACCGUCCAAUAUCCUUGAUAGAUGUUGACACUAAACUAUAUGCUUCAGUGUUGGCCGCUAGACUUAAAAAACUUUUGCCUCUGAUCAUACAUCAAGAUCAAGUAGGUUAUGUUCCCGGCAGAAACUCUUACACAUGUAUCAGGAAAAUUGUCAACAUCUUAGAUGACGCUAAUAGAAAAAGAGUUCCAGUUUUGGCUCUGUCGAUUGAUGCUGAAAAAGCAUUCGACAGAGUCAACUGGAUUUAUCUGGAGGCAAUAUUGUCACACUAUGGUUUUGAUAGAUGGAUUAAGAAAGCCAUUAUGGCCCUUUAUGUAAAUCCAUCAGCACGCACUAAAGGACCAAACAUCACAGCCCCAUGGUUCCAAUUGAAAAAUGGUACACGACAGGGAUGUCCACUCUCACCGUUAUUAUAUUUGCUUUCUAUUGAACCAUUAGCCGAGAAUAUUAGAAACAAUAAAAAAAUCUAUGGCCACAAAAUAUUAGAUGUAGAACAGAAAUUAAGUUUAUAUGCUGAUGACAUCCUAAUUACCAUAACAAAACCGGAAAUUUCAUUAGAUUUUUUAAUGUCAGAAAUUGACAACUAUAGUAAAAUAUCUAAUUAUAAAUUAAAUAUAAAUAAAUCUAUGAUUCUGGACAUUAAUUUAGAUGCACAAAUGAAAAAUAAGAUUAAAGAUAGAUAUAAUUUUUUAUGGGUCGAAAAUAACAUGGAUUAUUUGGGAGUUAAACUGACUAGAGAUGUAAAUAAAAUGAUGGAAAUCAAUUUUCUGGAUUUAUUGCAAAAUCUUAACAAAUGGCUGAAAAACCGAAGAAAUUUAGAAAUUUCUUUCUGGGGAAGGAUAAAUGUAGUGAAUUCAUACGUCAUUCCAAAAUGGAACUAUUUGUUCCAAAUGUUGCCAUUAAGUAUUUCUGAUCAGUGGUUGCAAUUAAUACAGAGAAGUUUUACUCAGUAUAUAUGGAAAGGUAAAAAACCAAGACUGAGUCAGUCAAUACUAACACAAAAACUGAAUAAAGGAGGACUGGCUUAUCCCUUAAUAUUAAAUAAUUAUAGGGCAGCGAUAAUUUUACAUAUAUAUAGGAUGCAAAUAGAAGAAAAUAAAAACGAAAGUUGGUAUAAAACAGAACUUACUGCAGGAGAAAUCCCCAGCUUGGACUGUUUAAUUUGGAAUACUACCAAAUUUUUUCAAAAAAAAAAUUACCCUAGUAUAACAUUAACACACUUAAUGAAUAGUUGGCUUAAAAUUAAAAAAAUCCUAAAAAUAGAAAACAAAAUUCCAACUUAUUUAGGCUUAGAUUUUGUAGAACAUCAAGUUGCAGAUAUAAAUUUAAAAAACUGGAAUCAAGCAGGAAUUUUGCGACUGUCUCAACUACUUGUAAAAGAUAAAAUUAAAACCUUUGCUCAAUUAACACAGGAAUACAACUUACCAUCAAAAGAGUUGUUCAACUAUCUAAGACUUAAAAGUUUCUUGAUAACACAUUUAAUUACAUCAAACACUAAUCUGAAUAAUGGGUUAAAUAUACUCUUUAAUACAGACAAGAUAAAUAAACCACUUUCAAAAGCUUUGGUAUUAAGCAAAAUGUGUAAUAAAGUAAAAACUCCAACAGCCAUAACCGCUUGGAAAGAAGAAUUAAAUAUGGAUAUAAAUAUUAGGCAUUGGGGUUUCUCAUUGACAGAUGCUUCGAAGUAUACACACUCGUUAAAUCUAUUAGAGACUCAUUUUAAAGUUCUAAAUAGAUGGUACUUAGUACCAGACAAAUUGAACAAAAUGUAUUCUUCAGCAAACCAUCUAUGUUGGAGAUGUGGUACAAACACAGGUACUUUUAAGCAUAUUUGGUGGGAGUGUAGUAAACUGAACAAUUUGUGGUUUAACAUACAAAAGUUUGUAUCCAUAGACUUGAACCUUGAGCUGAGGCUUUCUCCGGAGACUGUUUUGCUUCAUCUAAACUGGCCGGUAAUGACAAAAGAUUUGAAAAUUAUUCUUAUCCAUCUUUUUUUAGCAACAAAAAUUGUGAUUGCAAGAAGAUGGAAAGACGAUAGUGAAGUUCCUUGGGAUCAAGUCAAAGCCCAGCUUAAGUUUCAAGUAAAAAUGGAAGUGUUAUUGAGCAAACAAAAAUUAAGUAGGAAAACAACAAUGUGGUUGAAAUGUUGGGAGAAGAUUGAUAAAUAGAGGGGUCUUUAUUUAUAUAUAUAAAUUCAAGGUGAAUAAUCGGUUGACUGUUAAUGCUUUGGACAAUAUAACACAAUAUAUAUUAUGAGAUAAAUAUAUAUACUUUCUCGAUGAGUUUCUUCCCUUCUCUCUUGCUGCAUUGUUUUGUCUUGUUUAUGUAGAUGUGUAAGUCUAAAGUAUUGUUUGUUUUUAGUUAAUUGAAAUGUAUAAAGAAACAUCUCAUGGAUGAACAUCUUAUAUAGGAACUGUUUCUCUAUCAUUUGUUUGUAAUUGUGGUAAUGUAUUGUAUUGUGAAAAAAAAAAGAAAGGGGGGAAACCCUUAAAAUAAAGAUUAUAUAAUAAAAAAAAAAAAAAAAUUAGAAAUCACAGAUGUAACUGGAAAAUUUGAAGAUAACUACACUUUGCUGUUUAGUGGAUAACCCCUAAGUGAUUUAUCUAAGCAUUGAGUGUGUUGAAUGGAAAAGCAAAUAUAUUACAUUUACACAGAAAAAAAUAAAACGGUUAAGUUGCAAAUAUAGCUGCGUUUAAAAAAAAAAAAAAAGAAAAAAAAAAAAAAAAUCCUCAUGUAUAGAAGAGAGGAGGGGAGGGAGAACAUAAGAAGCAGAAUGCUCCUAGUGUAGUAUAUUCCAACGAUAUAUGUAUAUAAUGGUAGAAAAAUGGCUUCUCACCUGGUUGAACACAUAGAUGAAAAAGUACAUACUUCCCCAUUAUUUCUGCAGCCCAGUAAAGAAAUGUAUAGAUAGAAAAGCAUGUCUUGAGAGGUUCCUUGUGGCUCCAGGAAACUUAGUAACUAAAACAUUUAAUUCAAGGAAUAUCAUCACACUAUAAACAAAAUGAAGGGCAAAUACUAAGACAUAACUGUGUACUGAAUGUCAUAAAGGAAAAUAAACACAGUCUUGUUUAGAAUAGGUAUAUUUAAAGCUGUAUCUCCACUGAAAUGUGUUAUCUGUGCUUAUGAAACUGCCACAGUGAACUCAUUUUCCUACUUUGACGGGCUUUGUGUGGCAUAGCAUGCAUUUAAAAUGAAAGAAAUUAUAAAGAUGUUUAAAACUUUUUGUUUGCUAUUUAAUUGUGCUAGAUAUGAGAAACUGAAGUGUCCUACAUAUGACCUUACCUUCUCAAACUCAGGCUACCAACCCAUUUCCUAUCUUAGGUCAUCACCUCUUUUUCUCUCAAUAUGCUAUUGGCUUAAAGGACCACUAUACAGGGAGUGCAGAAUUAUUAGGCAAGUUGUAUUUUUGAGGAUUAAUUUUAUUAUUGAACAACAACCAUGUUCUCAAUGAACCCCAAAAACUCAUUAAUAUCAAAGCUGAAUAUUUUUGGAAGUAGUUUUUAGUUUGUUUUUAGUUUUAGCUAUGUUAGGGGAUAUCUGUGUGUGCAGGUGACUAUUACUGUGCAUAAUUAUUAGGCAACUUAACAAAAAACAAAUAUAUACCCAUUUCAAUUAUUUAUUAUUACCAGUGAAACCAAUAUAACAUCUCAACAUUCACAAAUAUACAUUUCUGACAUUCAAAAACAAAACAAAAACAAAUCAGUGACCAAUAUAGCCACCUUUCUUUGCAAGGACACUCAAAAGCCUGCCAUCCAUGGAUUCUGUCAGUGUUUUGAUCUGUUCACCAUCAACAUUGCGUGCAGCAGCAACUACAGCCUCCCAGACACUGUUCAGAGAGGUGUACUGUUUUCCCUCCUUGUAAAUCUCACAUUUGAUGAUGGACCACAGGUUCUCAAUGGGGUUCAGAUCAGGUGAACAAGGAGGCCAUGUCAUUAGAUUUUCUUCUUUUAUACCCUUUCUUGCCAGCCACGCUGUGGAGUACUUGGACGCGUGUGAUGGAGCAUUGUCCUGCAUGAAAAUCAUGUUUUUCUUGAAGGAUGCAGACUUCUUCCUGUACCACUGCUUGAAGAAGGUGUCUUCCAGGAACUGGCAGUAGGACUGGGAGUUGAGCUUGACUCCAUCCUCAACCCGAAAAGGCCCCACAAGCUCAUCUUUGAUGAUACCAGCCCAAACCAGUACUCCACCUCCACCUUGCUGGCGUCUGAGUCGGACUGGAGCUCUCUGCCCUUUACCAAUCCAGCCACGGGCCCAUCCAUCUGGCCCAUCAAGACUCACUCUCAUUUCAUCAGUCCAUAAAACCUUAGAAAAAUCAGUCUUGAGAUAUUUCUUGCCCAGUCUUGACGUUUCAGCUUGUGUGUCUUGUUCAGUGGUGGUCGUCUUUCAGCCUUUCUUACCUUGGCCAUGUCUCUGAGUAUUGCACACCUUGUGCUUUUGGGCACUCCAGUGAUGUUGCAGCUCUGAAAUAUGGCCAAACUGGUGGCAAGUGGCAUCGUGGCAGCUGCACGCUUGACUUUCUCAGUUCAUGGGCAGUUAUUUUGCGCCUUGGUUUUUCCACACGCUUCUUGCGACCCUGUUGACUAUUUUGAAUGAAAUGCUUGAUUGUUCGAUGAUCACGCUUCAGAAGCUUUGCAAUUUUAAGAGUGCUGCAUCCCUCUGCAAGAUAUCUCACUAUUUUUGACUUUUCUGAGCCUGUCAAAUCCUUCUUUUGACCCAUUUUGCCAAAGGAAAGGAAGUUGCCUAAUAAUUAUGCACACCUGAUAUAGGGUGUUGAUGUCAUUAGACCACACCCCUUCUCAUUACAGAGAUGCACAUCACCUAAUAUGCUUAAUUGGUAGUAGGCUUUCGAGCCUAUACAGUUUGGAGUAACACAACAUGCAUAAAGAGGAUGAUGUGGUCAAAAUACUCAUUUUCCUAAUAAUUCUGCACUCCCUGUAGUGCCAGGAAAACAUACUCGUUUUCCUGGCACUAUAGUGCCCUGAGGGUGCCCCCACCCUCAGGGUCCCCCUCCCGCCCGGCUCUGGAGAGAGGAAAAGGGGUUAAACUUACCUUUUUCCAGCGCUGGGCGGAGAGCUCUCUGCCUCCUCUCCUCCUCCGAUCCUCCCCGCCGGCUGAAUGCGCACGCGCGGCAAGAGCUGUGCGCGCAUUUAGCCGGUCGCAUAGGAAAGCAUUAUCAAUGCUUUCCUAUGGACGCUUGCAUGCUCUCAGUGUGAAAAUCACAGUGAGAAGCACGCAAGCGCCUCUAGUGGCUGUCAAUGAGACAGCCACUAGAGGAUUAGGGGGAAGGCUUAACCCAUUGAUAAACAUAGCAGUUUCUCUGAAACUGCUAUGUUUAUUAAAAAAUGGGUUAACCCUAGAAGGACCUGGCACCCAGACCACUUCAUUAAGCUGAAGUGGUCUGGGUGCCUAGAGUGGUCCUUUAACUUCUUCAGACUAAAAUUCUUCGAUCAAACAGACUAUUCCAAAAAGGAACAUUCCAAGUACCAUUUCCACUGCAGCCUGCUGUAGUACUUAUGCACAGUGUUUGAAUAGCUUGCCAACUUACCAGGCGACCAACCCUUACAGCCUACCUACGGAUUUUGUUUGCAAGAGACACCAGUUAACUACAUCCGCUCACAUUGACUGAGAGUGUCUGACCCAUUUUCUAAACUCUUACACUUUUGUUGAUCCUCUCUAAACUGGCUCUCAUUCACCUGCAUUCUGCAGAAACUGUUCUAACUAAAGAUCUAAUAGUGACAAAAUCCAAAGACCACCACUCCAUUCUAAUAAUUUUUUUUACCUUUCUUCUGCACUGUUAAUAACAUGCUUGCUUUUCAAACCCUUCAAACUGUUGGCCAAACUGUUGGCCAUAAUGACACAGUUUUAAAAAUCUUUAUAAUUUCUUUCAUUUUUCAUGGUUCUCAUAUUGUCUCUCCCAAAAUUCCUUCAGUGUAUUCUUUUUGGUAAUACUUCCUGUCCUCAACCUGCCUAUGCUGGAAUCCUUGAAGGGAUUCCAGUGAUGAUUAUAUGCUGAUGAAACCCAGAUACACCUCUCAUGCCCUGAUCGCUCUCCCACCUUUCUUGAAAGUAUCACCAGUUGUGUCUCUUCUAUCUUGAAAUAGAUGUCUUCCAACUUUCUAAAUCUCAAACUUUCUAGAACAGAGCUUCUUAUCUGCCCUCCUUAGAAAUCUAAUUCUUGACUGGCAAGUUGAUGGUAGGCUCAUCCUUGCAAGCUCGCUGCCUUGGUGUUAUCUUUGACUCUAGUUUCACCUUCACACCUUAUGUCGCUUUUCUCUAUUUCAUAAAGUUAUUCUUUGUGAAAUACUUCUCAAGACUGCGUUGGAAUGUCACUCAAAUUCCAACACAAUCCAAAGAUAUCAUAAGACAAGGAGGGACCACUUUGUCUUUGACAAAAGGCAGAGCUCCACUGUCCACUUAUGUCACAUGCCAGCAAGCCAUCACAAGUGAUGGCUUUAGGAUUCAGGCAUUUUCUAUGGAGGCUCCUGUAGUCUUGCGGGAUUCUCCAUAGACCUCAGUGUUGUAUACUCUCGCAUGCACGAUAAUAGAGCACUAAUGCUGCUCCUGGCAGAUGAAGCACGAGGAGCCUAAAAGGAUAAGCAGGAGGAAGAUAGUGGCAGUUUUGAGGAACAGCUUGAGACCCACACCAGAUCUGUCACCUUCAGAGGUCUUUGUGAAAUAUUCAAAUAACCCUGAAGAAGUCAUUUUAGGAAAAAACACAGUAUCUACCACAGCAGGAGUCGUUUCCUAAUGUGCCUUCCGUGUGUAUUUAGCAUUUUGGCAGUGGGAGACAACAAUUUACAUCUCUGGUACUAAUUACCAGAAUGAAUUCAUGGAUUGAAUCACUCACUGUGAUGCCAUUGUUAACUCAUCUACAGCAGGUGUUGUUCUACUGGUUGACAAAGUAAAUGGUAAAUAAUCCUGUAGGCAUUAUGGUAUCUCAGAUUUGUCACGUGUGUCAGGCUCCCGCGGACGGCUGCGAGGGGAGGCUGCACUCCGCUCGCAGUACUCACCCUCCAGCCGUCCGCGGUCCCCUCCACCUCGUGGGUACGGCGAGCGGCAUCCUUCCAGCCUCGGAUGCCGCCCGCCGUUCCCUCCACGUCCCCCAGCGGCAGCAUGCAUGACGCUGCACGCUGGGAGACCGCCCAGGGUUAUACACGCCGGGUUCAGUCACCUGACCCGGCGUUAAAGGCAAAGUGCCACAAUCACAGUGGGAGGUCUAAAUAUCUCCCACGUGUGAUUGUUAAUUCUGAUUGGAAAUCAUCCAAUCAGAAUUAACCUGAUGGUUUAAAUACUUACCUUUCCUGUUCCUCCUUGCCCUGUUGUGGUCUUUGCUUGUUAGUAUUGAUUCUGAACUUGUGCUUCUGGUUACGUACUCUCUGGCUUGUUAUCCGACUCUGUGACUUUCUCCUACCCUUUGACCUCGGCUUGUUUCACGUUAUUCUGUCUUCUGGUUCCCCUUACUCGGCUUGUUUCCUGACUAUUCUUUGUGUGCUUAGCCCGGCCACUCUAAGGUCCGGUACGGCACUUUGUUGUGUGUGUGUGUGUGUGUUGGCGUGUUUGGUUCCCCGAACGUGACAUUACAACAGGGCCAUAAUGGAACCUGCUGACAUACCACAGCUUCUAGUUAAUCAAGAGGCUAGAAUGGAUGGCUUAGACCACCGUAUGGAUCAGUUUGCUCAAGCUUUACAAACCAUUCUGGCUCGUACUGCACACUUGCAACCGGCCGUUCAGGAGGCUGCUGCUGCUGUGCCCGAACCCAUUCCCACUCCAGUACCUGUUCCCGCUCAUGUAGUUCACAUGACGCCGCCACAGCGCUACAGUGGUGACCCAGCAUUGUGUCGUGGUUUCCUCAACCAAAUCGACAUCCAUUUGGUGAUGAAUCCACGCUCCUAUCCCACUGACAGAUCUAAAAUUGCCUUUUUGAUAAACCACUUGUCCGGGAGAGCUUUAGCAUGGGCCAACCCCAUUUGGGAAAAUACGUCUCCUAUGUCCUUUGCUGAUUUUCUGACAGCUUUCAGACGCACGUUUGAUCAACCCGGUAGGGUUGCUUCUGCUGGCAAGGCUCUGCUUAGGGUCCGACAGGGUAACAGGUCUGUAGCAGAUUACACUAUCGAAUUUCGUACUCUAGCAGCUGAAGUGGUUUGGAAUAAUGACGCCCUCGUAACAGCCUUUCAGGAGGGUCUGGCCGCUUAUAUACUGGAUGAAAUAGCAUCCAGGGAAUUACCUGCUCUUCUAGAUGAUGUUAUAGACUAUGUGAUUCUUAUAGAUAACCGUAUUAGAGAGAGGCGUAGCCAAAGACGGUUGGAUACACGGGUGUUACCUGCUCUACCCAGUACUUCCCUGCUAGCGUUACCCGCUCCUGUGCAGCCAUCCCCUGAACCCAUGCAGUUGGGUGCUACAGGGUUAACUGAGGCCGAAAGAGCGUACCGUAGAAGGGAGGGGUUAUGCCUUUAUUGUGGGAAGAGGGGGCAUCACUGUAAAGCCUGCCCUAAACUACAGGGAAACUGCAGCACCUAAGGCCUAGAGAGGGGUCGGCCUCGGGUGUUAUGACCUUGUCCCCUCAUAUGUCCAUCUCUAGACCGUUUAUUACGGUUUCUCUCUUGGUCAAUAAAACCACUAUAACAACCAAAGCCCUGAUCGAUUCAGGUGCGGCAGACAACCUUAUGGAUGAGACCUUUGCCAAAACCGCAGCCCUGAAUUUGAUUCGAAAGGAGACACCCUUGGCCGUUGAGGCCAUAGAUGGUAGACCACUGGAGAAACCUCUGGUGACCCAUGAAACCCAGGAAAUAGUUAUGUCUGUGGGUGUUUUGCACAAAGAGAAGUUAACCUUCAAAAUAAUUAACUCCCCAACAGCCUCCAUCGUUCUAGGUUUUCCCUGGUUAGUUAAACACAACCCUGUUCUUGAUUGGGGUUGUUUAGACAUACUUUCCUGGGGGGAAUCUUGUCAGCGAGACUGUGUGGCUCAUGUACAUCCUGUCUGUUUACUUAACGUACCCACGGCUAAACCACUCUCGGUUUCUGUGCCCUCUGUUUAUGCGGAUCUUGCCUUGGUUUUUGAGAAGAGGGAGGCAGAUAAGCUACCUCCACAUCGUGAGUAUGAUUGUGCCAUAAACCUCUUACCGGGCACUAUGCCUCCUAGGGGAAAGGUCUACCCUCUUUCUGAAAAAGAGAACCAAAUCAUGGAGGAGUACAUACAGGAAUCCCUAAGAAAAGGUUUUAUUAGAAGGUCCUACUCUCCUGCUGGUGCUGGUUUCUUUUUUGUGGCUAAGAAGGUGAUUUGAGGCCAUGUAUAGACUACAGGGGUCUGAACAAUAUAACGGUUAAAAACGCCUACCCUAUCCCCCUCAUCACUGAGUUGUUUGAUCGUGUUAAAGGUUCUAAAUUUUUCACAAAAUUAGACCUCAGGGGGGCUUAUAACCUUGUCCGUAUAAAGGAGAAUGACGAGUGGAAGACAGCGUUCAACACACGCAGUGGGCAUUACGAAUAUCUGGUCAUGCCUUUUGGAUUGUGUAAUGCUCCUGGCGUGUUUCAGGACCUCAUAAAUGAUGUCCUUAGGGAUCUAUUGCAUGUCUGUGCUGUAGUAUACCUUGACGACAUACUUGUGUAUUCUCCUGAUUUGAAGUCACACCAUAACCAUGUUAGGAUGGUGCUCAAAAGGCUAUUGCAGAACGGACUCUACUGUAAGUUAGAAAAAUGUUUAUUCGAUCAGACCUCUGUGCAAUUCCUAGGAUAUAUCAUUACUGAACAGGGUUUCAGUAUGGAUCCUGCUAAAUUGGAAGCUAUAAUGUCCUGGCCACUUCCCCAAGGACUAAAGGCUAUCCAGCGUUUUAUAGGAUUUGCCAACUAUUAUAGGAAAUUUAUAAAAACUUUUCACCACUCAUAUCUCCCAUAACGAAGUUGACAAAAAAAGGUCUACAUCCUAGGGUUUGGACUCCUGAAGCCCUUAAGGCCUUCGAAACCCUCAAGAAGGCAUUUGCCUCUGCUCCAGUGCUGCACCACCCUGAUCCUUCUCUUCCCUUUGUUAUGGAAGUAGACGCCUCAGAGUCAGGUGUGGGAGCCGUACUAUCACAGAGGUUGUCUUAUGAUAAACCCCUCCAUCCCUGUUGUUAUUUUUCUAAAAGGUUGUCUGAUUCAGAGAAGAAUUAUGAUGUUGGGAAUAGGGAACUAUUAGCUAUUGUGUUAGCUUUCAAGGAAUGGAGGUACUUAUUAGAGGGAUCUAGACACAAAAUUAUGGUUAUAACAGAUCAUAAGAAUCUAUCCUAUAUUGCUGAUGCUAGAAGGUUAUCUGCCCGGCAGGCUAGAUGGUCUCUAUUUCUCUCACGCUUCCAAUAUGUUAUCACCUAUAGACCUGGUUGCCGUAAUGCCAAGGCUGACGGCAGCAUGAACCAGUAGAAUUUGUUAACCCGACUCCUGAACCUAUUGUACCUGAGUCUCAGAUAAUAGCUGCUACCCGUUUGGUUGUUUCUUCACCUUUCCUUACCAGUAUUAAGACAUACCAAACCCAGGCACCCCCUGAGACACCGGUUGGUAAACUAUACGUUGAAGCUAAUGACAGAAAAAAGUUGUUAACUUUAUUUCACACAGCCAAAACUGCUGGUCAUCCGGGGGUUACCAAAACCUACAAGGGCCUCCUUCAACAGUUCUGGUGGCCUUCACUCAAGCAAGACGUAGUGGAUUUUGUUCAGGCUUGUCAGGUCUGCACGCAAUGUAAGUCCCCUAAUAUGAGACCCCAGGGUUUUCUGAUGCCUCUAUCUAUACCCAAGAAACCAUGGACCCACUUAUCCAUGGAUUUCAUUGUAGACCUGCCUCUUUCUGAUGGUCAGACGGUGAUACUGACUGUGACGGAUAGGUUCUCUAAAAUGGCGCACUUCAUUCCGGUUAAGAAACUGCCUUCUGCGGUUCAGUUAGCUCAGGUAUUUGCCAAAGAAGUGUUCCAAUUGCAUGGGGUACCCCAGGAUAUCGUAUCUGACAGGGGCCCUCAAUUUGUCUCUCGGUUCUGGAGGGGCUUUUGUGCUGAGAUGGGGGUCUCCUUGUCGUUCUCUUCCUCCUAUCACCCGCAAUCUAAUGGUGCGGCCGAACGUGCUAAUCAGUCUGUGGAAUUGUAUUUGCGCUGCUUCACUAAUGCGCACCAGGAUGACUGGUCUCGCCUUCUUCCGUGGGCUGAAUUUGCCAGGAAUACGGUGACUCAUUCGUCUACUGGCUUAAGUCCUUUUGAGGUUGCUUAUGGGUUUCGUCCUUCUGUCCUUCCCGGUGCGUUCUCCGACAAGGGAAUGCCCGCCUUGGACCAGCACCUCGCCUCUUUGCGGAAGACAUGGGAUCAAGUCCAUGUUGCGCUGUCUCGUUCAGCGGCUGCUCAGAAAAAGUUUGCUGAUCGCCGUAGGGUUGCGGCCCCUUCCUAUGUUCCGGGUGAUAGGGUAUGGUUGUCCUCCCGGAACCUCCGUCUCAAGGUUCCCUCGAUGAAAUUCGCCCCCAGAUUUCUUGGUCCCUUCAAGGUGUUACGUAGGGUUAAUCCCGUUUCCUACUCCCUUGAUUUGCCUCCUUCCAUGCGUGUCCCGAACACGUUUCACGUCUCGCUUUUGAAACCCUUGCUGUGUAACCGGUUCUCUCGUCCCCUCGGGCGGCCCGUUUCCCCUCGAGCUGUCUCUGACGACGUGUACGAGGUGGCUACCCUUCUCGACUCUCGUGUUUCUAGGGGUCGGCUGCAAUAUUUGGUGGACUGGAAGGGGUACGGCCCUGAGGAGCGGUCCUGGGUUUCGAGCUCCGAUGUGCACGCUCCCUCUUUGGUCCGCUCCUUUCAUGCCCGCUUUCCUUUGAAGCCUUCCGCUUCCCGCCCCCUGGGUGGUCUUCGAGGGGGGGGUAAUGUCAGGCUCCCGCGGGCGGCUGCGAGGGGAGGCUGCACUCCGCUCGCAGUACUCACCCUCCAGCCGUCCGCGGUCCCCUCCGCCUCGUGGGUACGGCGAGCGGCAUCCUUCCAGCCUCGGAUGCCGCCCGCCGUUCCCUCCACGUCCCCCAGCGGCAGCAUGCAUGACGCUGCACGCUGGGAGACCGCCCAGGGUUAUACACGCCGGGUUCAGUCACCUGACCCGGCGUUAAAGGCAAAGUGCCACAAUCACAGUGGGAGGUCUAAAUAUCUCCCAUGUGUGAUUGUUAAUUCUGAUUGGAAAUCAUCCAAUCAGAAUUAACCUGAUGGUUUAAAUACUUACCUUCCCUGUUCCUCCUUGCCCUGUUGUGGUCUUUGCUUGUUAGUAUUGAUUCUGAACUUGUGCUUCUGGUUACGUACUCUCUGGCUUGUUAUCCGACUCUGUGACUUUCUCCUACCCUUUGACCUCGGCUUGUUUCACGUUAUUCUGUCUUCUGGUUCCCCUUACUCGGCUUGUUUCCUGACUAUUCUUUGUGUGCUUAGCCCGGCCACUCUAAGGUCCGGUACGGCACUUUGUGUGUGUGUGUGUGUGUUGGCGUGUUUGGUUCCCCGAAACGUGACAACGUGUUGUUUUUUUUCCCCCAUUUUCCUGUAGAUGAUGCAGCUUCAGAACAAAGUCUUGUGAGUGGGUUUAACCCACAAUUCCAGCAACUCAACCUUGGCAAUCCACCCUGCAAUGUAUACAACAGUACUGUGGUAAGUGUUCAAGAAACAAGCUCUUUUGUUUGUGUUGGUUAUUUACACAAAUAUUGUCACAAAUUACUAUCUUCAAGAAUAUGGGCUCUCUUUGUGAACUAAAAUAGAAAAAGCAUAGGAAAACCUAAUACCUUAAACCAGGAGUGGAUAUCCACACAAAAAAAAUAAAAUAAAUUGAAUUAUCAAGAUUACUGGAUAGUUAUUAUAGCCAACAAGUGCAAUAUAGAAAUAUAUUAGUUACAAUUAGGUAAAGUGCACAGUCUUAAUGCAAAUGUAUAAAUGUCCAAAGAUCGUCCUUAUGAUGUGUGCUCAUAUAAAAAUCAAAUGGCUUAUACACCCCUGCAUAUGUAGCAGGGAAACUUGCCAAUAUGAGCUAAUUUUAUAGUAACAAACUGAAUACAAGUAACAAAUAUCAGUAUGUUACAAAGAGGAAGCAAACAGCCGUCAAGUGUAGCAGAAGUGUAACUGUGUGAACAGUUACACAUCUAGAAUAAAAGCGUUCCUUUAGCUGACCCAAGGUGGUGCUGUAUAGUAUAUAAAUCUAACCAAAGUCACAAAAUAUUACUUAUAUAGACCUUAUUGAGCAAAAAGAUAUGUUAAAAUAUUCAAUUGCAUAAAAUCAGCUCACAGAAAGCGGAUAAAAGGGAACUUUCCUGUUGAUGUCUUCCCCCCAAGUGUUUCUGCAGACUCUCGGUAUACUGCCUCCUCAAAGCCAGCUUCAGAGAUAGUAUCGGUCGUGGUGAGAAACAGCUCGUCGAGGGGAUCCACCACGUGCGUUCCACUUUACUUCCGCAUGCGUUCCACUGUGAGCGUGUGUACGGAAAGAUGCAGCCUAACGCGUUUCGUGACUUCCUGUCACUUCAUCAGAGGUAUGCAUCUAUGGGAUGCCGGUCGGGUUUAAAUACCCCUUCAGCAAAAUGUUAACCCCAUCCUUACUUUAUGAUAAAAGAAUAGAAAACAGCAUCUCCCUGUCACUAUGUCAUUAGUACAUUAAAACAAAUUAUAAAGAGAUAAUUCUCCUCAAAAAUAUAAAAUGAAAGCAAUGUAUAAAAACAAUGUAUACAAACAAUAUAUAAAAAAUACAUCAGAAUAAAAGACUUACAUUAAAAGCAAGCUCAAUUAUUAACAUAAAACUUACUUAAUUCAUUAAUUUAAACAUGGAUCAAUCAUCCUAUAAAAUCACCUUCUACUAAAAACACAAAUUAAUUGAAAACAGAGAGGAAAAGAAAAAAAUUACUGAGGUUAUUAAAAAAUACACAUAAAAGUUCUUCAUAUGGAAUAUUGCAAUUAUACUUUCCCCUAAUUGGAAAGAUAGCCAACCUAUCAUUAAAUCCACUCCUCUUCAUAUCAGAACAUUAAUUAUGAAAGGGCUCAACAUACUUAAGCAUCGAUCGUGACUGCUCUGCAAGUUGUGGGCUGUGACGAGACCAAUCUCGCCACAUUGCAUUGGAGGAGCCUGGUUGCCCACCUGCUGCCUUUGGAUUAUGGACCGGCAGCUAAAGGGUUAAUUUUACUGUGCAGAAGGAUUUAUUUCUCCCUUUCUGCACAGCCGUUCGGUAGAUUCCAUCUACCGAACAAACAGUUUCUUUUCAGCCUCCCCAGAGCCGUGGGAAGCCGGCCGGCGACCUUAAUUGGCCACCCAGAAGCUGGAGUGCGCCCUCCAUUUACCUCCCUGAAGCCGCGGUUAACCGCGGCUUAACGAGCGUGUGCCGGCAAUUGACCACCCAGUAGCUGCGGUUAACCGCAGCUUAAUUGAUUGUUACUGGGUGGUCGCGGUUACACUUAGCCGCCACACGAUGGCGGUGUUCUGGAGCUCCCUGGGUAGCCAGCGCUUUUCUGCCCGGCUUUCCUGCACCAAACCCGGACACUUUUACGUGCAGGCACCACUGAACCUCCAACCCCUGGUUCUAAUUCGUUCGGAUUUAACGAAUACAUGUAAAUUCGGUAUUUUAUGUUGGAGGAAUGUUUUAACCCAGAUAGCCAUGCCAUGGAGCCUGUUCGUGGAAUUAAAGACUUUGGCUCCAUGGCAAUUAAACUGUAUUCGUGUGGUCUGAGUGCCAUUCACCUAAUAAUGUGCACUCAGACCUGAGCUAUCUUGGGAUAUGUUACAUGUAUAUAUUUACUGUACCAUUUGUCCCAUUAUGUAUUUAAAGUAAUUGAAUUACUUCUCCAGGGCAGAGGAGAGGAAGCCAGGAUGCAUUGUGGGGAUGUUUUACUUCUGUAUGUCUGUAAUUGGUACAUGUCUGUCUUUUGUUACAGUCUUCCAUCUGGUCCCCUAGGGGAGUGUCCACCAGGUGGGAGACCUGCAUAAAUACUGGGCAGGUAGCCCUCAUUAAGCGGAGAGUGGAUGGUGAAAAGAACUGACCGUUUAGGAAGUGCAGGCAAGCCACUAUAUAUGGGGAUGCACUCCCUGUAUCCCUUAACCAAAUGUGCAAAAAAAACAGAGCUGUAUAUACUAUACAGAAAUAGGGCGCCACUUAUCACCAGAUAUACAAACUGAAUAUAGUUACCCUCCAACGAGCAGAUGAGGAUAUUCACAUAAAAGAUAUAAAAAGAGAAAACAUCAUAGUGCAAACUUUUAAUCCAAAAUGGUAAAAAACAUAUAAAUAAAAACACUCACAAACGGUGUGGCACAAUUGAUAAAAUCAAUAUGUGCUAAAGUGCUGAUGCCUAUAAUAGGCUAAAUCUCCCGGUCUUAGCAGUCUGUAGGCGUCUGUGUAAAGGCUGUAGCAGAGACAGAUGAAACCGUUCACCAUCAGCUGAUCCAAUUCCCGGGUUUGCUCAACGCGUUUCGUCUGUUCUCAAUCAGACUUCCUCAGGAGCGAUCCAUAAUCUUCUCUAACCGGCGUUUAAAUAUGCCGGGCGGCGUUCUUUCUGUGCAAUUGCGCAUGCGCGCGGGCGCCGGCGUGAUGACAUACCAUUCGCCGGCGUCCGACGUGCAUGUGCGUUCCACCGUGGAACGCAUGCAAAAAACUUUAUUAAUCUAAGCAACACUAACAACACUGGGACUUGUCAAAAAUGAAACCAGUGUGUUCCGAUGCUAUUAUAUGUUGAAUGCAUAUAUAGAGAAGAUAUCAUAUGAUGUGAAUGAAUAUAACUUAAAUAUAAAAAUGAAUAUAUAAAGCAAUAAAUAAAACGAAAAAGAGAGAUAUAUAUAUAUAUGUAUAUAUGUGCUUAUAUGCAUGUAGAAGUAAUAUGUGAAUCCAACAUAUUACAUUAAAUCAGAAUAAUUUCAAUUCAUAUAUAUAUAACAGUAAUCAUAAUGAUAUAUAGAUGUUUUAAACUGACAUAAUUCAGACAAGCCAGUAUUUUAGGCAGAGCAUAAUUUUAGACAGGACAUAAUUUUGAACAGAACCUAAUUUUACAAGGGCAUAAUUCUAAAAAUACAUAAUGAUAAGAACAUCAUCAUAAAAUACCAUAGUAUUAAACAGUUUUAAAGUCGUUUUAAACUAAUAUGGCUCUCCAAAACAACAAAAUUCUGUUGAGGAUAUUAAAAAUACUAAAAAAUUCAAAUUAGAAAUAACUCAAUAGAGGACGAAUAUUCAAUAAAUAGAAAAAGAAAGGAAUAAACAAGAGAGAAAAAACAAGUUAAUAAUUUUCCAGUCGAUCAUAUAGUCAGUAUAAAAUAUAAAAUAUAUAUAAUCAAAUAUAAACCAAUGUGCCAUUAAAAUCAGAAUAAAUGUAAAAAACAUGUCAUCUUGGUGGAAUUAGUCCAUAAAUACUAAAAUAUCCAAAUCUGUAUUAAGACCGUCUGGAACAGAAGUUUUUAAUUUAUAGAUCCAUUCUGUUUCUUUCAUAGCCAGACAUUUUUCUAUGUCUCCACCUCUCCAAUGGGGGCUGACCCGGUCAAUACCGAUACAGCAAAAAUUUUCUAUUUUAAAAUCUUUACAGUUAUUACAGUGUCUUGGUACACUAUGUUUUAUACUUUUUCUUCUAAUUCCACCAAAAUGUUCCAACAAUCUUAUGUGCAAUGUUCUUAUUGUGCGGCCUAUAUAUUGUAUGCCACAUUUACACUGUAGCAGAUAGAUAACAUGUUUACUUUGACAAUUUAUAAAAUGUUUAAUAAUAAAAGACUCCCCUGUAAUGGUGCUCUUAAAAUCAAGUGUUUUAUACGAUUGGUAUUUACAAGUGCUGCAUCUGCCGCACUUAUAAAAUCCUUUUGGUUUUUCUCUCAAAAAAUUACUUUUUGAAUUAUCUAAUUCACUAUUGCUCUUAAUCCCUGGUAGAACACUAGGAGCUAAAAUAGAUUUUAAAUUCUCAGGUUUUUUAUAUAUUAUCCGAGGCUUUUUAGGUAAAACAUUUUUUAAAAAUUCAUCUUGGUUUAAAAUAGGCCAGUAUUUCAUGAUUAUUUUUUCAAUUUGGUGUGCCUUAUUAUUAUAUUUCGUUAUGAAGGCUGUAUUAAAAUCUUUGUUUCCUUCUUUCUUCUUUUUUCCUUUUAAGAGAUCCUUCCUAUUAUAUUUUUCUACUUGUUUUUGUGAUUCAUAAACCAAGUUUGUCGGAUAAUUCCUGUUUUUAAAUUUCUUAUUUAAAAUCCCUACUUGAUUUUCAAAGUCACCUUUUUCAGUACAAUUCCUAUAUAUUCUCAUUUGUUGUCCUUUGGGUAUAUUUCUAAGCCAGUUUGGGUGAUGGCAACUAGAAAACUCAAUAAAACUGUUACCAUCAGUGGGUUUAAAAAAAGCUUUACUUUGUACUCGUCCGUCCUUAAUAAAAAAAGUUAAAUCUAAAAAAUUAAUAUUCAAUGUGUUAAUUUCUGCUGUAAAAACCAGAUUAUAAGAGUUAGAAUUAAUAUAUUUUAAAAAAUCUUCUAAGAGAGUUCUUGGUCCCUUCCAUAUAAUAAGAACAUCAUCUAUAUAACGUCUCCAUAGCACCAGGUUUGCGCCGAAGGGAUUAUUUUUCCAAAUGUUCUUCAUUUCCCAAUUCGCGACAAAAAUGUUUGCGUAACUCGGCGCAAACCUGGUGCCCAUGGCUGUACCACAAGUUUGGAGAUAAUAUUUAUCGUUAAACCAAAAAAAGUUGUGAUAGAGAAUAAAUUCAAUGGCGUCCAGUAUAAAAUCUGCUUGUAAAUUGUUCAUACUUUGAUUUUCAUAAAGAACUUCUUUUACUGCUUGUAUACCUUUGGAAUGAUCAAUAACCGUAUACAAGGAGGCAACAUCAACUGUUGCCCAUAAAAAAUCAUUUUGCCAAUCGAAAUUCUCAAGUUCUGAUAUUAUUUGUGCAGAGGUAGCCCUCAUUAAACAGACCACUGCUUGACCCUCAACACGGAGCUCUGUCUCGUCUUUGGGGGGAUUUACUGUAUGCUGAUAGAGACUGAUUGCCAGGAGUGUAAGCCGCUUGGGUGCUUUUCCUGUUCGUCUGCUAGCAGCUAUUUGGGAGGUUCCAGUUCGGGAGUUGGAGUGCUAUUUUGUAUCCAGUUCGGGAGUUUGGUGUUCUGCAGUAGCUGUGCCUGUAUCUCUGGAAGGGGAAGAUCUCCUAAACGGCUGUUAACCCCUUUUUACCCCUUUUGUGCACAACGGUCCGUUACAUGGGCUAAGCGAAUGUAAGUUGCCAUGAUCUAGGAAACAUGCUGGUGAUGAUGACCAGGGCCGGAUUAACAUAGGGGCUGAUGGAGCUGCAGCUCCAGGCCCAGGCCCAUGAAAUAGGCCCAUUUAAAAAAAAAAUUUUUUUUUACUUGUUUUUUAUUUUUUUACCCCCUACUCUUAGGUCUUCCUCCUGACUGGUAUUUUACUGGCACAGAUGGUAUUUGAGGCUGCUUGGCCAUGCCGGUAUUGCAGUAAUACAGAUAUUUUUCUCAGUAUAAACUGAGAUUACUCUGCAAUACCAGCACCGGCCAGUAGGGGUCAGUGUGUGUGGAGAGAGGCAGGGAUAGGAAGUUACAGCAUAUCCCUCCCUGCCUCUCACUGAGACACUUGGGGACACUGGGAAACAUGAGGACACUGAGACACUAUGGGACACUGGGAGACCUGGGGAUACAGACACUAGGGGACGCUGUGAGACAUAGGGACAUUGGGAGACACAUUGGGACACAGAGACACUAAUGACACAGUGUCUCCAUGUCUUCCAGUGUCCCCAUGUCUCCCAGCCAGUGCCCCUAGUGUCUCAGUGUCUCCAUGGCUCCCAGUGUCCCAUAGUCUCCCAGUGUCUUUGUCCCCAUGUUUCUCAGUGUCCCUAGUGUCUGUGUCCCCAUGACUCCCAGUGCCCCCAUGUCUCCCAGUGUCCCCAAAUGUCUGUGUCCCCAUGUCUCCCAAUGUCCACAUGUUUCUCAGCCUGUGUCCCUAGUGUCUGUGUCCCCAUGUAUCUCAGUAUCCCUAGUGUCCCCAUGUCUUCCAGUGUCCCCAAAUGUUUGUGUCCCCAUGUCAGUGUCCCUAGUGUCUCAGUGUCCCCAUGUCUCCCAGUGUCUGUGUCCCCAUGUCUCUCAGUGUCCCUAGUGUCUUAGUGUCCCCAAAUGUCUAUGUCCCUAGUGUCUGUGUCUCCAUGUCUCCCAGGGUCCCCAAGUGUUUCAGUGUCCCCAUGUCUCUCAGUGUCUCCUAGUAUCCUAGUGACAGAGGACACACUGAGACAUGGGGACACUGGGAGCAAUGAGGACACAGACACUGGCAGACUAGUAGAGUGGGUGACAUGGGUACACUGACAAUGUGAUACAUAGGGACACUGAUGCCAGGCUGGUCUUCCAAUUCUUUGGGCAGACAUGCCCCCUUUUUGGGCACUUUCGCUCCUUUUGGCAGUUCUGGUCACAUGUCAGUGGCACACCCUUUUACACCGCCCAUUGACUUCCUGCUUCACUGGACACUGCUGUUAGGGGGAAUGGAUUUACUUGAAAGAUGAAAGCAUUUAGUAGAGAGAGAUUAGCAUAUUUUAAGAGAAUCUGCAUUUUCUUAUAGCUGCAUCCUAUGAGUUUCCCUCUCCACCAGAUACAUAACGCUUGAGAGGUAUGACUGUUUUAGUGUUUUUGGUCGAUAAAAUUCUGUAAUUAGGCCCCUCAUAAUUGUCAACACCAGGCCCACUGAGCUCUUAAUCUGGCCCUGAUGAUGGCUUGCAAUGUCUCCACCUUCUAUAAAGCAAAAAAUUGUAUUCCAUAUUACUCCUAAACUUUCCUCCUCAUCCACUUAUCCUUACUACCCUCUUUGUGCUGUGUUAAAAUUUAUAUUUGUUGUGGUAAAUCUUUGUUUUAGGCUCAGCUACCUCCUGGAAAUUCGGUGAAUCUAGAACUUUCACAAGGAGGUAAAUAUAUUUCAUUAUUUUUAAUGUAUAGAUAGGGGAAAUUGUAAUAAGAAAUUGCAAAACUGACACCAACAAACCUAAAUUUUAAUCACCUUGACCUAUUCACAUAGGUCUGAGUCCAAAACAAAAAUAUCGGGGCACUACCUUACAAAUGAAAGUGUUGGUAAGAAGGCCAGUGGUAGGGGCAUCCAUAUCGACAAGACAUAUUUUGAGUAAUCCAUUAUUAUACCAAUAGGAAAGGUUAUAGGCUUUAUUCACUAAACAGCGAAUUGUGGUGAAGUAACGUUAGCAUUUCAAGUUCUUGGCCAAAGCAGCCGAGCUGGAAAAUUGGCAGAGCUGGAAAAUGUUGGAAACUUGUCUACUAUGACCAAGAUUUUGAAAUUCAUCCUUCAUUGACUAAAUUGCAGUGUUUCAACCAGACACUAUUGGUUUGAUAGUGAUAACUUUUAAUUCAACACUUACAUGACUUGGGACAAGGGGACAGCAAGUUAGCCCCUAAAGCACUUCAGUUGCAGACAGUCUCAAGGGUGCUCUAUAUGGUAUGCAUUAAACUACAAUAAAACAAAAUCCAGUGAUAUGGAAGUUUUAUACAAAUAGAGUCACCUGCUCCAAAGUUCCAAAGAAACCAGGGAAAUUAAAUAAAGUGGCAUUUAUUUUGCGUUUAUAAACGGAUCUGCCAAUACUUCAACUCUGUGUACUCGGUGUCAAUCCUCUGGAUCGAGGUAUUUUUUUUGUAUAAUAUAUAGCACUUAAAAAACAAAGAUGGCAUCAGCAGGUAAUCAUAAACAGAAGAAAAUCCUUGCGGGAUCUUAGACACUAUGCCUCUUAAAAUGUAUAAGUGUACCUAUGGUAUAUGUGACUAAUGUGGACCCUGAGAAGCUCAAGCCUACUAAAUUAUCAACAUUAAACAGUUGGCUAAAGAAGUAGAUGAAAGUAUGUGUGUGUGUGGGGGGGGGGAUGGGGACAAUAAAAAGGGUAUAAACCCACAGGGCAACCAUCCUAAAGACAGAUACGUCUUAGCAUAUAUUAGCAUAGUAGUUACUCACUCUCUAAUGUAAUGAACAAAAAACUCAAAUAUAACAACAACAAAGAAAUAAAGAAAAAAGUAAUGUUGGCUGUGACACCCUGCAGGUGGUUUAGGUAAUAGAGAUAGCUGUAGAGUCUCUGCAUUGUGCAGCCGGGACAAACCAUGUAGUCUUAGCUGGAUCUCAGGUAAUAUUCCAUGAUAGAGGCACGGAGGAAGACUGUCCAUUCUGUAGUGCAAUGAGACUGAGUUGGGUAAGGACAGUAGCAAUCUCUGAUACUUUGUGGAAUUUUAAUGCCCCUGUAUCCUAGAUGAUUAAUAGAAUAUGAGGGCCUCCACAGUGGUCAAUUGGUCCCAAGCUAUUGGGUAGGAGAAAAGUGCCAUUUCAUUGUUGCCCCAGAUCAGGGAUAGGCAACCUUUGGCACUCCAGAUGUUGUGAACUACAUCCACCAUAAUGCUCUUGCACCCAUAAUGCUGGCAAAGCAUCAUGGGAGGUGAUGUCCAAAACAUCUGGAGUCCUGAAGGUUGCUUAUGCCUGCCCUAGAUAGCUCCUGGUGAACAAAAGCGCCCUACCCUCAAACCAAUAAGGUGACUUAUUUCGGAACCCAGUCAUAAAGGUAUUUUUUGUCUGGGCCACUCUGAAAUCUAAUGACAACAUCACUGUUCGCCCUUGCAGCAGUGGUUUGGGGUUCCAAUAGCAUCCAUUUAAUAACAUAGCUUUUGCUUGUUUAGUUAAAAACAGUUGGGAGAUUAAUCUCCUAAAAAAGAUGAGGCAGUUCAGCCACAUCUGUGGCAAUAGAUAGACCUUGGACUUUAACAUCUCCUCUAGUCCUGUAGAACUAUAAAUUGCAGGAUUAAUUGUGUCUGAGCUUUAUGCAGGGUUUGGACUGUCUACUCAUGUUUAGAAAUUCAAUCCUCAUUCGUGGGUAAGAUAGGCAGAGACCCCUGACAGCUCCUCUCGUCAGAGAUCCAUAUCAGUCACCAUGUUGUGGCGGAGAUCCUCCAGAAGGUGCCUCGGUGUGCCCUCAGUAGUUUUUGGCUCUCCCUGACAUAGAAGGCUCUGCACCUUAGGCCAAAGAGAAUUUACAUGAUGAUCUGGAGGAGUAGUCUAGCUUCGGCAUCCUGACAGCCAUCUGGGAGCUCUGCAGCUUUCGGAGCAAAUCGCCAAUACCUGCCAUUAAAGGUAGCUUGCCUGCCUUAUAUUUUUUAUUCCAAUGCCCUAUGACUAGGAGGAAGAAAUCCCUGAUGCAUGUCAGAUGCAAGGUAAAAAAUUUUCUCAAAUUUUGCAAUCAAGAGCUUGCAGUUGCAGGAAUGUGGGACUGUCAAUGAUAGCCGCUACCUCCGCCUCCCUAUUAAACCAUAAACUUUAAAAAAAAAAUUAUAAAACUAUAUUUUGUCUGUUAUAGUAAAUAUUUAACAGCUUUUAUACCGAAUUAUGUUUUGCAGAAGCUGCUCUUGUGCAGGAAUUCGAAAAUGUGCAACAAAUCACACCAGUUGAUUUCAUCCCCAACGCAUUUGGUAAGACCGCUACAUUCCAUCUAUGUAAAAUUUGUUAAAAUGUAACAGAUCUCUCCUUUUAGACAGAGUAGUUGAUUUUACCCAGGACCACUGCAAAGUGUAGCACUGAUAUCACAUGUACAUCCUAAAGGCUAUGCCCAUUGAUGAGGAAUUAAUAUGGUUACAGAGCACACGUACACGUGAGAGUCACAGCAUAUCUUACAUGGUUGUCUGUCUGUGUGGAUAAUGUGUGUGUGUGCGUGUGUAUAUAUAUGUGUAUAUAUAUGUGUGUGUGUGUGUGUAUGUAUAUAUAUAUAUAUAUAUAUAUAUAUAUAUAUAUAUAUAUAUCUCACCUCAUCUAAAUAAUACAGUGGAAUAAUUAUAAAUUGAAUAUGGUAGAGACCAAUAAAUGUGCCAUUCCCCUUUAUUCCAGUUUGUUGUUCCAAACUGUGUUGUAAGCACACGAAUACAUUGACAUCAACCAUAAUUUAAACUAAUUUUCCAUGCACCAAAUAAAUUGUAUGGUGUAUGGGUAUUGUGGAAUUUCCCAGUAGGUUUCUACAGAAGAACAGACAGAAGUGUGUGCAUGCGCAACGUACAGUAGGGGAUGUAUUGGCCAUAUUCACUGCUAAUCUAAUACUAGACUAGUAACUGUGCUGUACCAAUACAAACCGUGAUUAAAACCACCAGUGGCAUUUAUCCUCUACACAAGCAACAGACUUGCAUUAAAAUUUGCUGAGGUUUGACUUUGAGAAUGGGUUCUAAAGCAAUUAUUUUAUAUGUUUGGAUAUUUUUAUCAGUAUUACUUAAGCUUCUUUCCCAUUAUGUAUUUUCCGGAAUUCUUGCAAUUGAAACUUCCAAAAUUUCCCAUAAUUGUCAAGUUCUUGUUUGCGCUGUGUAUGGCAACAGGAUCAAGAAAACCAUUAAUUGAGUUUAUUCGUUUUUCAGGCUGUUUUCUCAGAACAUUAAACAGCAAACAUUUUCAGGUUUUUAUGCACUUUUAUAAUGUAGUAGCCCGUUUUAUGUAAUAAAUACCAAGCAAGUAAUGUGCUGGUGACAUAAUCUAAACACAAAAAAUGUCUUCAAACAUUCACAUUGAUAUAUCUAUAGAGAAAAAGAUACAGUAUAUUCUCAAAUUCUAAGCACCCUUUUUAAACUUUUUUUUUUUAGCUCUCAUUUAGCAGCUCUGGACUCCUUCCAGUAUAUUGCUAAGUUUAAGUUUUGGGACUGUUUUAUUUGAGUGUGUGAAGGUAGCACAGAGGAUAUUUCUUUCUAACCACCUUUCUCGCAAGAGCAAAUGAGAAUCCGCUGGCCAGUCUAUCAAAAACAGAUGACCAUCGCCAAGCUUUCACUGCCUCUGUACAUCCACCUAAUCCCGUUAACAAAAAUGUAGACCUAGUUGGUGGCCCUGUCCAGAAUUUAGUACAAGGACAAUGAUCGCUCACGUUAGCACUGUAUAAGUGUUUGGUAUGGUUCCUCUGGCCAGUUAUAAACGCUGCUGUAUGUCUGAUAUUUUCUAGGGCCAUAUGUUCCGCACAUUCCAGCACAAGAACCUGAAAGUGUGGAUCAAAUACUGUACGGAAUGUUAACCAACAACACAUUGGGUAAGAAAUCUAUAUUUUUAAUCUAUCAAUUUAUGAUAGGCUUUUCCUAUCUAAUAGAUGUCUAGGAACACAUUAUUAGCACAGGACGGAUUAUCUUGGAAAACCAGACUAGGAUUUUUAGUUAUUUUUAUACAUCAACCUGUUAUACUCGAAAAAAAAAUUCUAUACAGCACCUUUUUUUUUUAAUUCUCUUUUUUUUUUUUUUUUGUGGUGCAUGCAGUGUAUAUACACAAUAUGCAAGAACAAUACAAAGCGUAAAUAACAAGCUUAUACAAUAUAAAGUUAUGUAUAUUAGAGUACUGCACCAAUUUUUGCAUAUUUGUCAUGAAGAGCAACACAGUUUGUGCUUAAGUCACACCGUUUCGGCGCACACGUAACCACCAAGGCCACACUGAAUAAAACACAGGAACAGAAGUGUAUUGCUUAAGUAAACAUAGGAGGUAAGCAGUGCAGGGUAAAACCACUAAAAUGUUUUAUGCAAAGGUGUAUAACCAUGAAUAUGUACACCAUGUGUACUCAUAAGUAGUGAUGUCGCGAACCGUUCGCGAACUUGCCGCGAACGGUUCGUGGCGAACUCCGGUCAGCUGACACAUCCCUGCCAAUCUCCGGCAGACCCUCCUUCCCAGACCCUCCUACUUUCUGGACAGCAUCCAUGUUGAAGGCAGCUUCAACAUGGAUGCUGUCCAGGAGGUGGGAGGGUCUGGGAGGUAGGGUCUGCCGGAGAUUGGCAGGGAUGUGUCAGCUGACCGGAGUUCGCUGCGAACGGUUCGCGGCAAACCGCGGCGAACCGUUCGCGGCAUCACUACUCAUAAGUGGUAGCAUCUGAGUUAAACAAAGUUGAGCAUAUGACUGAUGUAUAAGCCAGAGGAAGGCCUCACCUUGCGAGGUGAACAUGGAUAAACUGACUGAGGCCUGACUAGGGGGCGCUUAAUAAAGAGGCUUCAACCAAUGUCCCUGCUUUGGAAAGGUAGAUGCAUGCUCAGCUAGUCAAUGUACCUUCUCCAGUACAUCAGCAUCAUGCCAGCCCCAGGCCUGAGUAGGAGCCUUCACCUUAGCUCCACUGUCCUACAGUCAAGGGAGCUUUUCCUGGUGGGCCCCAGUGUCUGAGGUCGACGGUGCCUCUGCCGCAUAGUCCCCCAAGGAUGUGGGUGGUGUAAGGGGUUUCUACCCCAGUGGACUCCCGGUCUAGGAAGAUACAUCUGCCGUGAAACAGCGCAGGGAACCUUUAAGUUGCCUGGUAUGAGACCUCAAGAGUAUCGAUCAACUGCUGGCUGGUCAGGAGGAGGUGAGCACACUAUCACUUUCCAAAAGGUUGGCAAGUUAGUUAGUGACAGGAAGGUUAGGUGGCGGCUGCUAACCUUACCCCUCGCUCAACUAGCUCAGCGGCCCUUCUCACAAUAUUGUACAGACUCCAGCUUCAAAAAUAGGUAAAGUCUGAUAAUUAUCAGUUCAUAAAGCAACAAACAGGAGCUGCUCUGGCAUGCGACUUAGCAGCAUGGAGGUCCCCCCCAACUCCUCCGUAUACCAUAUUUUUAUUCUCUCAGUUCUUCUCCUUUUUUUUUUUUGUAAGUCAAUAUUUUGAUUUCAUUUUUUUAUUGUAAAGUACAACAUGACAUCAAGAUGGUAAGUGAUUGCAGUAAGCCAUCCUGGAGAAGAUGCUGGAUUUGGGGGACUGUGUGGCAUGGAAGGAACACAAAAGUGGAGGCCUUCACACCUGGUGAAAAAGCCACGUUGUGUAUCAAUAGAAACAACAGUUCUUCUAUUUUAUUUAUUUAUUUAUUUAUUUCCCUAUUAUUUUUGUCCUUAGUAAUUCUGCUUCCACCCUCAUCCUUAGAGAGAAGAAGAGAUGUGCAGGACACAGAAAUAUUCAGAGAAAAGAUAAAUGUAAUCAAUGCCACCAUAUCAUGAAUAAAAGUAAUUAUUAAAAUAAACUUGAUAAAGAUGGGAGAUUCUCUUUAGUAGUUAAAUAUGAUACAAACAUUUAGUUUUAAUUCUCACCCAAAACAUCUGUUAUCACCUUAUGGUUCCUAAAAAAUUUUGACAUAGUGGGUUGCUGGUGUCAUCACUCGUGAUCUAGAUGGGUGUGCAUGAAAUGUUCUUUGAUUUUGUUCCAUUCUACUUUGUUCUUCUGGUAAAUUAAGAAAUUCUCAUUUGACAAAAUCUUGUUGUUUCUUCCUAAAUACAACAUUUUCCAUUGUAACUGUUCUUCAUUCCAUUUUAGUCCUUCUUCCACCUAUUUUCUUUCAAUUCUUUCCCAUCUAUUGGUAUUUCUUUGAGCUUGUUUAAUCCAAUUCUGUUGUCUUUGUUAUGUCUACUAUCUAUCCACAUAUCUGAGCCAUACCUAUUUGACCUACUCUUUAUGUUUUCUUGCCCUCUUCAACCCCAGUAAUGAUACAUUUCCCCAAAGUACAUCAAUAGCUGAAUUUACAAUAUUUUGAUGUUGCCUGUAUGUUACAGAAACCCAAUAUGAUGUUAAGAUUUAUUAUCGAGGAACCCUAGUCAAAAAUACCUUAGUAAAGAACCCUCGUGGAUUCUGUAUCACUUCAAGACAACAAACAAAUCCAGCAAACUACCUGGAAGAUGUGAUUUUACCAAUACCUCAUAAUGUUCUUGACUCUGAAGUGGCAAGUUCCAUAACCAAACUGCUGGAGAACCUGGAAGACGGUACAUUGGUUGAGGAGAGAGAUGGGUCAGUUUGUGGAAAGAGGCAAGGCAAAUGUAAAAGCUACUGGACCUUAACCCAAUUCCCGAACGCAAAUUGUCCAAAUGAAAUCAGCAAAUCUGACUACACGGUCUUCUUCACUAUGCAGGAGUUUAUAAGAGGUAUACAGGUUUUCAUUUGUAGAGUAUGUAUAUAAGUGUGGAUAUCUAAAUUACAUAUUUCACCCUAGUAAGGUUUAUUUACUUAAAGGAGAAUUCAAAGUAAAUUUCAAUUAAACAAAAUAAUAUUUCGGCUUUUUUGUCGUUGAAUAAUGCUACAAAAGUUUUUGUUAUAAAUGUUUCUGACACGCACAAAAUGUCUUAUUUACCGGUUUCAAUAGGCAGCCUGUGCUGUUUGAUGUUCUGUAUGCGACAUCAUGCUAACUUCAUGUUUUGUCUCUGUCAGAAUUGAUUCAGUUCACGGAAGGAACAAGGAGGGAAUCUCCCCAAUACACAAUCUGGAUUUGCCUCGGACAACAGUGGCCACAUAACAGGCAGUGGAAGGAGAACCUUAUUAUGGUCGAAGUAAGUAACUUCUUUCACUGAACUGUGAAUCCAUUAGAUAUUUACUAGAUAUAAAAAGGUGUGUGUGUGUGUAUGUGUAUGUAUGUAUGUAUGUUUAUUUGUAACUCCAACACCUAGGCAGCCAGGUGUACUGUAAAUAGAAUAAUUCAAUCAAAUGUUUUGUUUGAAGAUUUGUUCUUGCCUCUGCCUCCAUUACCACACACAGAGCCAGGGUUAACUUUGUAGGAAAAGGGGAGUGGGCAUUUUAUGAAACUUGUCUGUGUUUUUUUGCCACAAGUAAGUCAACCCCAGGGGCGGAGCCUGACCGCCAUGCAGAGAAGUUGCAUAAGCCCGGGGAUCCGUGAAAUAAACCUGUAAUUAAGCUGUAUUGUUGCUCAACUACUUGGCUGACUGGGUUUAAUCCUCACCCUACUCGGUACUCUUGUUGUGGUGCAGGUGGGGCUCUUUGGUCUCUAUCCCGGCAACAGCGAUAACCGGUACAUUUGGGGCCUAGGUACAAGGGUGGGCUUGGGUGAGGCGGCCGAUCACCCAGCCCGGGGCUCCCUGGAGACGGAUCCUGAAGCUGCAGAGGACCACCCACGAGCUCUCCUCUCCCCCCCCAUACACUCGCCUCCCGCCGGUGAGGGAUAUCCCGGCACCAGCAGAAUACUUACCACGGACACUGUACAUCUCAGAGACUGCUCAUCCCAGGAAUCACCAAUUCCAAUAUGGCGGAUGCCAUACUUCAGUUGGCAAGCCUGAGAGCCUGUGGUGAUCUUGCAUCUCACUCUCUGACCAAGCUUGAUGAAAUUUUUUCUGCCGUUUGGGCCAAGAUAUCUGAGAGGACGCGGAGCACUGCACCUGCGAAGCAGACCAUUCCAGCACCUGCACAACUGGCAAUCUCAUGCCCCAAGGGCGGACGCAGGAUGGUAAUCACCAGCGGUUCCCCAAGGAGGUGCUGACAACGGGGCCGGCUGCACAGAAAUGAAGAGUUUGUCCCAUAUCUAGCCUCCAUCUCCACUUCAAGCCACCACAACUCUGGACCAGACCUGAAGUUGCCUACCUUCCAGGGAUUCUCCGACGCCCCUACUACACUAAUCUCUGCCAACAUAUGCCGGAUGCCUGGCACCUGUUCACAUGCAUUCCUCUUACAUCCCAGAUGACGAUGGUUCUAAGGGACUGUAUUUGGUGCCCAGAGGGGCUGAUUGUAGCCAUGGGACCGGAGUCUUUCAGGCACAUCCUGCUAUAGCUGGAUUUCCCCACCAUGCCUCUCAACCCAUGAGCUGUUCUCUGAAUACUAGCUAAACAUACAGUUACAGUCUUCAACCUUUCAUUAUUUCAAUUUCUGCUGAGUUUUUGCCUUUAUCACUAGCAUGGGUUUUCUUUAUUACUUAUUAUAAAAACGAUGCAACGCUCUAUAUAUAACCCACUACUCUUAGUUCACGCUGCAUCCCAGAUCACAUCUCAUAAUGGGUUUAAGCUUAGUUUACCUAGAACAGAGUUGGUGCAUCUGUCAUCUUAACAGAACAACACUGUAGUUAAGCGUGUGUUCCAUAUUAUUUUCAUGAUACUAAUCUUGGGUCUAGAGUGUCUUGCUAGUUUAAUUACCAAGUUUCACCCGAAUAACAAAGAUAUGUUCCUAGCCUGUACCAAAUAUUUUUCCUAACCGUAAAAAAUGUGCAUUUAUUUCGACUGCCAUGCUGCAAUUAUACUACGUCUGAUGAAGUAGCUUGUUGUUGUUGUUGUGGCAGCACAAGCCUGUUUUGUAACCUUAUGCACAACUCAAAAUAAAUAAUAAUAAUAAUAAAAAAAAAAAGUAAGUAAAUCCCAAUAUCUAAAGAAAAAGGUAAACUUAAAAAUCAGGCUGUAGAUUCAAGAUACAUAUCAAGAUAAUUAGAUGGCAUAAUUUUGUUAAAUGUCCCUUUUUAAGUGCUCGGGACAGUCCUUCAACAUUUCUUAUGGCCAAGUAAAGACAGUUCUACACCCAUACUGUUGUUCCUCAUCAAACUUUAGACGCUUUCUCCUACUCAUUCACUGCAUAUUUGGUAAAUGCAUAAUUUUUUUCAGAGAUUCUAUUCUUUCCCCAAAGAUUGACCAGGGGAAGAUCUAAGUCCUUGGUAUUGCAAGUUCACCCAGGUAUAGCGAUUAGAUCAUUAAUUUCAUAGGAUCUUUCUUUAUUUGCACAAACUAACCUAUCCAUACAUCUUCUUUCCUCCAUAGGUCACCUCCAUGUCAAUGAAGAUGCUUCAUGAGUUGAGCUAUGCGGGCGGUGCAACCUCACUACGGAGCGAUGAACUCAAACUGGAAAUAUCAAAGUCACUCUCUAUCUCAUCUUCUGUGGACAUGCUGUCUGUACUGAAAGAAUUGGAGGAAAUGAUGGACUGUGAAUAGCUUUUAUUAUCACACUCUCUCUAGAUUAUCAAAUUUACCUCAGAUCUUCAACAUAGCAAGAUAUUAGUACAAGUGAUUAAAGGGGCACUGUUGGUACAAUAGCCACUUUAUCUUGAAGUGGUUAUAGUGCUUGGUGCCAUCCCUCCAUUUAUUGCUAAACUGUUUUGUUGAAUGAUCAGAUGUUAAGCGGCUAUGAUUGGCUCAGAGUGUCAGCGCUUUCAUCCUAUCACAGAAGCCUAUUGCUGGUAUGAGUUGGUAUGGCUUGAAUAAAGUAUGUCAUCUCUGCCUUAGCCACAUCUCCAGUGGAAGCCAGGUUGUGGGCAGCCGGGGACCCUCAUUCAAGUUAAACCAUUCAAAAACCAUAUAACUCUGAAUGGAGGGACAGUGACAGGGGACUCCAGGCACUAUAAAUACUUCAGUGAGAUUAAAUGGUGAUUGUGCCUAUAGUGUUUUUUUUUUUUUUUUUACAUUCUUUAUUUAGACUUGAGCAGUAAACAGUGAUGCAUACAAUGACAGCAAAUAGAACAAUAGUGUGACAGCAGUGGUGACAUCAUACACAUUAUCAAUAAACAGAGGCCUUGGUGGGUACAGUGCAGGUAUACAAAAGUUCAGGAUGAGAAGAACAUAUGUAGUAAAGUGUUCUUUUUAAUGUUUUAUUCCUUCAUACCAGUCACAAGCCACCUGAUUUCUUCUCUCCUAAAUCAUGGGAUACAUUUUAAAAUGCUUAACCAACGUAUCUCAAAAUUAUGGGUCUCUUCAUCCAUGAUUGGGUCUGUUGUGGUGAACUUAGAGCAGCAUAGUUCCCAACUUUCGAAGUGUCCAGAAGUCACUGGGACAGUCUCCAUUUUGCUGUAUAUUUCAACAAGGACUUUUUCAUUGAACAAAAAUGAUCAUGAAAAGGUCUCUAGGUGGUAUUAGUCAGUAUUUAAUUAUAAUUCAUGCACAGUCAUAAAAUAUACAUUAGAAAAAAAAAGGAUGAGUCAAAAUAUGGCAAAAUUUGAACAUGGGCUAUCAUAUUCUGCUAUUCCCCAUCAUCCAACGCUCACAAGGGUCAAGCAUCUUCACAAGUGAUGCAUAAUAGAUGCCUAUACCAUUCUAUUGCAUAUGGCCAAAAAUAAUCUGGAGGAUCUAAUGGUCUUGCGGGAUCUUACAUAGAUAGUUCCUUGUUUUGCACUCUCAGUCCUGCACAAGAGAACAUAGAAACAAUUGAAUGUGAUGGCAGAUAAGAACCAUUCGGCCAAUCUAGUCUGCCCAAUUUUCUAAAUACUUUCAUUAGUCCCUGGCCUUAUCUUAUAGUUAGAAAAAAGCCUUAUGCCUAUCCCACGCAUGCUUAAACUCCUUCUGUGAUAACCUCUACCACUUCAGCUGGAAGGCUAUUCCAUGUAUCCACUACCCUCUCAGUAAAGUAAUACUUCCUGAUAUUAAUUUUAAACAUUUGACCCUCUAAUUUAAGACUAUGUCCUCUUGUUGUGGUAUUUUUUUUUUCUUUUAAAUAUAGACUGAUGUGGUUCUUGUAGUUGAACACACCAAGAGCUGAGGAGACCGUUAAAGUCCACAUUAGCUGAGCCAUUGGGCAGGGCUUUUUGUCAAACCACAUUAAAACUUGGUGACUGGUGCCCAAAGACUUAUGACAUCAUAGCUGCUACAAUGAGCUGAAGUGGUUAUGGUACUUAGUGUGUCCUUUUCAAGGGUGCUUUUUAACUGGAAACAUUUAUCACUGAUGGUACUAUCCGAUGGUGUUGAGGAACACUCGUAUGCAAUAUAUUACUUUAAUAUUUCCCUUGCUACUGUUCCUGCGCUGCUUGUAAUGAAUAGAAUGAAUUGAGACAGAAAACUCAAUAGCUAAGUAAAAGAUUAUUUUUUACCGUUUUAGAUACUUGGAGAUAUACCUAGGUUACAUGGCAUCCAGCGCGAAAAUUUAUUUUGGACCCCCACCCCCAAACUGUAAAGAAAUGUUUUUAGGUCUACCUCUGCACCACUCCUAUCUUUUGUUAUAGAAAUGACAUGCACAUUCUGGCAUUCAUAUACAUAUUUAUAGUCACACAUACCUACAUUCAUGCACACACACAGACACACACAUUGAUAUACAUAUGUACAAUCUCAUACACGCACAAACUCAGAUACACAGUCAUGUACACACUCAGAAUUCCAUCCUUUUUUUUAAUUUGAAUAAAUGAUAUAGUAUUUUUUUAAAUAAAAAAUUGUAUUUAUUGUUGUUAACAAUGAGGUCCACCUAGCUUACCUUAUCUUAUUUUGACUGUUGUCCAGUUGGGAACUGCUUGAAAAUGGCACCACAGGCAUCUUAAAGAGCUGUGGAUUAGUUUCUGGAGGUAAAGGGUGCGUUUUGCUCCCUCUUUCCACCUGUCCAGUGGCAUACAUACCGCAGUCGCAGGGUUUGCAGUUGCUGCCAUGUUUUGCGGCCCCGGCCCGUGCGCCAAACCGCUGGGGCCGCAUGUUAAGAGGUCCAUCAGGUGGCCCAUGCUGUCAGGGCCACCCGAUGAAUAUGGAUUGUCAGGGGGCCCAGUCUGCGCUGGGCGCUUUAACAGCGCAACCGGGCCCCCUGUGAUGACAUCACUGCUGGGAGGAAGUGACUCCCCGGUCACUCCUCCCAGCUAUCAGAAUUUGUCUGUGUCUAUGUAUGUAUCUGUGUGUCUCUGUAUGUGUGUAUGUGUGUGCCUGUGUCUCUGUAUGUGUGUGUGUGUGUGUGUGUCUGUCUGUAUGUAUAUGUGUAUGUAUGUGUCUGUCGGGGGGAUGUCUGUCUGUCUGUGUGUAUGUGUUUGUGUCUAUGUAUGUGUCGGGGGGGCACAUGGAUUGUGUGUAGUCCACUGCACCUGUCACUCAGGUUGACCACCCCAAUCCUUUAGAAGCCACUGGAUAACAGAAAAGAUUUUAUAGUAGCAUCCUUGAAGUGAUCUUGUUAUUGAUAUAUGAUUUGUGGACAUUCCUUAUACAGAGAGUAACUGCUUGCCAGCAAGCAACCAAGGAUACAGAUUUAGACAUUCACUGAAAUUGUAUGCCAGUAGAAGAAGCCAUCUUGGCUACGUGUCAUAAGAUUUGCAUAAACAUUCCCUCCUUUCUGAGUUUCUGCCUAUGUUUUCAGCUGGUUCAGGCAACUCUAGAUGAGAGUGUGAGGGGAGCUGGGAAUAGGGAAGUAUUUAACCUUACAUGUGACAUGAUUGUGUUGAACCAUACUUCUGCUGAGGUAAAACCCACAAUGAACAGGCACUUUAAAGGGACGCUUUAGGCACUAGAGGCAGCUCUCUACAGGCGAGAUAGAAGGCUGCCUAAGGCAUUGUGCUUACUAAGGCCUCACAGCCACCCAAUUCACCUUAGACUGACCCAUUAAGCACUCUGUUAUGGACUGAAUGCCUGAGACCGGGAGUGUGUAUUGUCUGUGUCCAUGGCUGCAACACACAUACAGUGUCUAUAUCACUAUAUUGCUCUCUGUAUAUUAUUCUCUAUCAGAAGGAGGAGUUCAAGUACCAGAAGGUCAAAUAGGAGAGUCAGAGAACAGCUACAAGUUCCUGGAGGUACUACAAACACAUGACAAUCAAGAGGAAGAGGCAAGGAGGAUAGCAACAUCCAAGUACCUCCAGAGAGUUAGGCAGGUCCUGAAGUCACAGCUUAAUAGCAAAAACAAGAUACAAACCAUCAACACAUAUGCCCUACCAGUCAUCAGAUGCCCAGCUGCAAUAAUAACCUGGACAAUAGAAGGGUAUUGUAACUCAGUCCUCUCACUAGUCCUGACUGCAGAACCUCUAGAAUGUCUCUUUUUGAUGGACUAUGGACAUUUACAUUCUUUUCUUGAGCCCACAUUAAAAAGGUCAUAUACAAUAGUAUCUCAUAUACAAUAGUAUGUAGCUAAACCAGAACAUUUUUUAGCUUGGUACGGCUGAACCAGAACAUUUUUUAGUUGUUUAACCUCCUCCUUUCAACUUCUGUGCCCUCUGUUUGAGGGGCAGAUGGCCUGGAUGAAACACCGGGAACUGGUGAAGAAGGGAUGAUACUCGCAGACGUUAUCAUGAUGACUUCUCGCAAAGAAAGCUGUUUUGCUCUGUGGGUCCAGAAUUUGAUCAAUCAGCAGUCAGUAUGAUGGAGAUUCUCUCUUUUCUUGCCCUGCUCAGGAGUGGAGGCAGUAAUGGAUUGAGUGGAAAGACACACCUCAUCUGCUCAACAAGAAUGAAUGAAUGGUUACCAGGCCUAGGUUUCUCCUAGAUGAUUUAUAAAUGCCAUUACUGUGGAAUAGUUGACCAGGAACCUCACCCACUGAAAAUGCUACAGGCCUUUUAAGGCUGCUAAUAGUUUGAUGUUUCAAGACUUCCAUCUUCCUUGCACAAAGUUGUCUUGCAGAUAUGGUCCUCAGUCCCAAUAGCUGGCACAUGUUGUUGGGUUGAUCUAUGGGGUUUCUCUCAGAAGGAAUGUCCGGACGAUGUUCUUCCUCUGUAGCUGACCACAGGAAAUUAUGCACUCUAGAUGGAAUUUUGAUGGGAUGUUAGAGAUUGACUGAUCUGAAAUGUAGUAGGAAUUUCUCUUGUAGAGUUCUCAACCUCCACUGAGCCUACCUUGUCAGUUUUAUGAUAGAGGACCCAACAGGCUUAUGACUUUCUCUGCAUAGGUCACAUGUGCUUAGACUUAAAGAAAGGGAUCUACAUUUAAAGUGCCAUUCCUACAUAGAAAAUCUCAGGGACUUCUGGUGUUGUGCAGCAAUUAGAACAUGGAAAUAGGCAUUAUAUGAGUCUAUGGAAAUCAUCCACUGGCUUGGAAACACCACCUUCUGAAUUUUAGAAUGAACUGCAGAGAUUUCAUUUUUAAUUUGCCAAAUCUCAGAUAGCGAAAUAGCUAGUGAAGAUCCAGGAGAGGUCUCCAUUCCCCUUGAUGUGUUGCCUUUUAGAAACAGGUGAGCUUAUAUGGAUUUCUGUAGAGAGCCUCAAUUUUCUCUUUUACCUAGCCAUUGUGUAUCUUGGAAUCUGUCUUGGGGGAGCACUGAUGUUUUUCCAAGUACAUGUGAACACCACAAACAAAUAGGAACCAUUAGGAAGAGCAAGGAGGAGAGCAACAUCCAAGCACUUCCAGACAGUGAGGCAGGUCCUGAAUUUCCAGCUCAAUGGCCAGAACAAGAUCCAUGCCAUCAAAACAUGUGUUUUACCUUCAGUUAACCAGCUGGAAUAAUAGCCUUGCCAAGAGAAGAUAUCAAGAUCUGGAAACUAUUCAUGAUGAAUGGAGGAUUCCACCUGAAAUCUAGUAUUCGGCGACUGUAUACCAGCAAGAAGAAAGUAGGUUUGGGCCUAAUGAGUGUUAAAACCACAGUCUUGGAUGAAACUAAAAGCAUACAUCACAAAGAUGGCACCCAAAGAUAAACUGCUAAGUUAGUGCCUGUGACAACAUCAGAAAGAGGAUACAGGUGAGGAGGUUCUAUCGCAACCAACAUCAUUGACAGAUAGUGGAUGACUCACACUACGACAUCUUACCAGUGGUUGGAAAAAGCAGGACAGAAAGAUAGCACUGAGGUAUUAAUCCUAUAAGCACAGAAAGAGGCACCCCGCACCAGAUCAAAAGAGCUGUGCCUCAUAGACAAUCCAGCACAAAGUAAGUGGGUCGAGAUUUUAGAGGCACAACCUUCUGUUACCUCCAAAUUGCUGGGAUUGUGUUCAGAAACAUUUGCACAGAAUAUGGGCCGGGCCUGCUUAAAUUCAGAUGGAAUGUGCUACUACAGACAGCGUAGUUGAGAAUGACAGGGCUUGGUUCUUGUGCGACAGCUAGAUCAAGACAGACAAGCAACACUGUUAUAAACAAGGAACCAAUGUCUGCAAAACAAAACUGUUUCAUGGACAUUCAAUAUAUAAAUAUAAAUAUAUAUAUAUAUAUAUAUAUAUAUAUAUAUACAUAUAUAUAUAUAUAUAUAUAUAUAUAUAUAUAUAUAUACACACACACAUAUAUUUUGAAUGACCGUGACACCGUUUUAUCUGUAACUUCAUUAUUUGUUUAAUUAUUAUUAUUAUUUAUUUGUUUUUAUGUUUUUCUAUCCAACCAAAAUGUUGUUUGUUUUUGUUUCCAGUAAAUAAUGCACUAUCUAUGCAAACGAAAAAUACAUUUAAACAUUAUUUUUACUCAAAAUACCCUGAUUCUGAAGAUGGAUUUUUUGAAAACCACUUCGGAAAUACUAAUCUCUUUGAUGGGCUUUGCCUGACAUAGAAUGUUUUUAAAAUAAAGGAUAAAGAAUUCUAAAACUUUUUGUUAGCUGUUUGGUUGUGCUAAACAUGAGGAACUGAAGGACGUAUGAAGAUCCUACAUAUGAUCUUCUCAAACGCAGGCUAAUAAAACAUUUCCACUCUCAGAUCACCACCUCUUAACGUUGGCUCUCAAUGUUCCACUAACCCAACUUCAUCAGAGGUACUAAUACUCACAUAUAAAGCGCUUAAUAAAGUAGCCCCUCACUACAUUGCUUCACUAAUUCAGAGGUGCACCCUUCCUUGGCCACUAAGCUCUGUCAGUGACUGUAUUCUGUCCUCACACACACAUACUGCUUAAUCCCUACAGGAUUUCUCUAGGGCUGGUCCAUCAGACUAUCCCAUAGUCAACAAUCAUUUACAAAAUCCUUUUAGGAAACGGCACAUUGGUAUCUAAUGCACCAGGAGCCGUUCCCUAAUGUGCCUUCAACGUGUAUUUGGCAAAGACAGGCCUCAAUCUACAUCUCAGGUACUACUUACUAGCAGAAUGAAUUAAUGGAUCUAAUCACUCACUGUGAUGCCAUUGUUAAUUCAGCUACAGCAAGUGUUGUUCUAUUGGGUGACAAAGUACUUAAUCACAACGUGGCUAUUUUUGCCUAAGUUUUGCCACUAAAUUUAAUUUGCAAAACUCUGAGUUUAGAAAAUAACCCUGUAGGCAUUAUGGUAUCUCAGAUUUAUGGUUUUGUUUGAUUUUGUUUUGUUUUGAAUGUUUUUUUACGUAUGUUUUUAUUUUCCAUUUUCCAGCAGACGAUGCUGAACCAAUCAAUCUGAAUGACGUUGACCCACAAUGUCAGCAGCUCAGCCUUGGUAAUCUGCCUAGCAAUGUACACAACACUACUGUGGUAAGUUUUUAAGAAAUUUGCUCUUUGUGGUUUUUUUCUCAGGAGGGAAAUGUUAUUUUCACAGACCGUCACAAAUGACUCUCCUCCAUAAAAUCAGCUCUUGAUGUGAACUUUGUGAUGUAUGAAUUUCAGGAACUUCAAUGAAGCUCUCAAUUUGAUCUGUGCAGUUUCUUUAAAUAUUGUGAUUAGAUGGCAUUUUUGUGUCUGUGAUGAGUCUGCUUCCUACGGAAGUGAUAGAAAUACAUAGUGGUGGAUUUGUAUAGAAGCUGAAUGGUAUUGGAGAUAAGGAAACUAUUGCCCAUGAUGAAUUUCAUUGUUCUCUUAGAAUUGAUUGAUGUAAUGCAGCCCAGAGCUUGGUCUCAAAGUUGUUACAAAAUUAUCUAAUAGUCCAAGAAUUCAAAGGCUUCUGAGAAUUCAAGCCACAUAAAUGCUACAUCUUUACCUUCACCAGGGGCGUUGCAGCAGGUAGACUAGGAGCUAGAAUCCCAGGCAAUAUUUAUGACCUUUUCCUCUCUAUAUUUACUAUAUUUUUUUGCUAUUCAAAAUUCUAUCUCGUGCAUGUUAAAUCAUUACUACAUUAUUUGUAGUUAAAUAACUGAGAAAUUCAGGAUUCAAUAUAAGGGGUUUCUUUGAACUUUUUAAUUGGAAGUGUGAUUUAUUUGUAAUAUUUAGAGAGAAAUAACACCUUCAACUGCAGAUUUUAAAGAGAUGUAGAUUUAACAAUAAGACCGUGCUAGAAUCACACCCAGGGCUUUUCAUGAGCAAAUUCGGGUCUCCAGCCCAGUUCAGCAGAUCCCCAGCAACAUCCAUGACCUCCACCCUGUAGUUUAAGAAAACCAUUCCAUAUCUUGGCUAGGUCAAUUUGAUUGCUAUGUAUUUUGAUCGUUGUCUGAGUUGAAGUUGCCCUCCCUAAACUUGUGACUUUGCAGUAGCAUUGUGUAGUAGUGUUAACAAUCAGUCUUGCUUUAGCAAUUUCUGAACAUUAGUAGAACUGGCUCCAUUAAGGUUUGCUAGGAUUUUGCCUCUUGUGUAGCCAUGACCAAGAAACAGGCCCAUUGAUUUAAAAAAAAAAAUAUAUAUAUAUAUAUAUAUAUAUUUAUUUAUUUUUUACACACUACUCGGGGUUUCCACCUAGCUGGUAUUUUACUGGCACAGCCAGUAUUUGAGGCUGCCUGGCCGGUGCCGAUAUUGCAGUCAUACUGGCAAUACAAAUGCUGGUAUUUUUCACAGUAUACACAGAGUGUCUCAGAGUCCCUAGUGUUUGUGUCCCAAUGUCUCCCACUGUCCCCAUGUCUCCCAGUUCCCCAAGUGUCUCAAUGUCCCCAUGUCUCCCAACCAGUGACCCUAGUGUCUGUGUCCCCGGUGUCUCAGUGUCCCCAUGUCUUCAAGUGUCCCCUAUUUCCCCAGUGUCCCCAUGUGUCCCAGCCAGUGUCCACUAGUCUCCUAGUGUCACUGGUGUCUUAGUGUCCCCAACUGUCUCUGUGUCCCCAUGUCUUCCAGUGUCCCCAAGUCUCCCAGUGUCCCCAAGUGUCUGUGUUCCCAUGUCUCCCAGUGUCCCCAUGUCUCCCAGUGCCCCAAGUGACACAAGAGGACACUGGGAGACAUGGGGCAUUGAGACAUUGUGAUACACAGGGACACUGGGAGACCUGGUAACAUGACACUAGGGGACACUGGGAGACUAGGGGACACUGGGAGACUAGGGGACACUGGGAGACAUGGGGCACUGAGACACUGUUAUACAUAGGGACACUGAGAGACCUGGGUAAUCGACACAUGGGGACACUGAGUCAUGGGGGCACUGGGAGACUAGGGGACACAGACAUUGGGCGACAUGGGGACACUGAUACAGUUGGAGACAGUGAGACACUGAAAGCAAUGUAUCUAUACAGCAAAAUCAAACUGUAAGUAGUUUUUUGGUGAUUUUACAGCAAUUUCUCUUAUGUCACUCCUUGUGAGUUACAUCAUGUGAUGUCAUGCAUACAUAAUUAAUUAUGCAAAUUAGUAAGGCCUGUAUGUUUUUCCAAGAAAGGUGGCAACCCUAACUACUCUUCACAUACUCUUACUUAAGUAUGAAAACGUAACAGGGAUGUAUGGGAACAAAACUUGUGUGUACUGGCUGACAGUGAAAUUAGUUAAGGUAAUGCUUUGUUUUCUUUCCCUGCAGCACCAUCUCCAUCCAAUACAUGAUGCAUGGGUGUUUAAGUGUUUUUGGUCGAUACGAUUCUGUAAUUAGGCCCGUCAUAAUUGUCAGCACCAGGCCCACUGGGCUGUUUAUCUGGCACUGACCAUACAUGGACCUAGAUUGCAUGAUGUCGAUCUUAUACUGGGGAUGAUGGCUUGCAAUAUAUCCACCUUCUAUAAAACAAAAGAUAGUAUUCCAUAUUACUCCAGAACUUGCGUCCACAUCCAAUUUUUCUCAUUAUCCUUUUUCUACAGAAACUCUGUCCAUUUGUUCCGUUUUAAAAUUUAUAUUUGUUUUGGUAAAUCUCUGUUUUAGGUUCAACAUCCUACUGGAAAUCCACUAGAACCUUCACAAGGAGGUAAACAUAUUUUAUUAUUUAAGCAAGCUAAUAUAAUAGAGGGCUUGGUGUUAACAGAGGCAGCAAACUAUUUUUAAAGAAUAAUAAAUAAAAUGUACUGCCAGAAAAAAUAUACAGUAUAAUAAUGCUACUAAAAAAAAAAAAAAUAUACAAUGAAAUAAAGCUGAUCAAAAAUACUGAUAGUAUUUUCAUUAGGUAAAAAAAAAUCUAAAUUUAGCUAGAAAUAGAAUAAAAACAGAGGUAUUUGUUUCUGAAGUUAGCUAAAAUACCCAUAAAUUGACAGAACACAAUAUUACAAAUCAAAAUAUAAAAAAUUCAAUUAAACCAGAAUUGUGGUUAAAAUUUCCAUAUUGUUUUUGCAAACAUAUUUUGGGAUGUUAGUAAAUACCAGCACCUUACAAAUAAUAUAUUUGAAACAAAAGGGAACUGAGUGUUCUUCUAAAACCUGGGCUGUUUUGACUGUAGACAAUCUAUGAAUUAAAGCUUGUCAGACAUAUUGCUAAAUGACGUUAGUACUGGUGGAAAAUAGACCUUUUCGUUUGAAUCUAAAAUAUAUACGGGGAAUUUAUAUAAAUUGAUGUAUAAUGUGUAUAAUCUCAAAUUCUUUCUUAAUUGACAGAUAAUAAAUAAUAAAAUAUAUAAAUGUACUCCCUUUAUAUCUUUUAUUAGUCGUAAUAAAUACAUAGGGGGUAACUGAAGACCAAUUUCCAAAACAGAAAACAUAAUAUGAAACUUGGAAACUUAGCUGGAAAAGAUCAUGUUCACUCCUUUGUGUCCCAUCUGGACUUAUUACAUAUACCUGAAUCCAAAACACAAAUAUCAGUGUACGCAUUUGCAAAUUAAAGUGUUGGCAAGCAUGUCAAUGGUAGUGGCAUUUCCAAAAGAUAUAUCUUGAGUACCGGUAAUCUAAAGUUCUACUAAGGUGAUAUGGUUUAUUCUCUAAACAGGGAAUUAUGGUGAAUGAACAUUGGAAUUGCAGAAUCUGGGGCAAAUAGCAAAAUAUGAUACCCUCAAAACAAAAAAAAUCACUUAUUUUGUGUUCUUGUAAAGAACACCUUUUCUAGUGUAACCUCAAUAGAUGUCCUGUUUUUCUUUUGUACACUCCUGCCAAUGAACAGUUUACCAGAGACACCACUUUUCCAUUACCAUGAUAUUCGUGUUUACCACAAAGCCCAGAAGUGUACUAUUAAUUUAAAGUGUGGUCUUAACAUACCUUUCUAUUUAUAAACAUUAAAUCUCAUCUACUACUUUGGUGGCAUCCUACCAGACUACCUUGCCCAGGUUUGGACCAUCUACAAACACUGACACACGACUUCCGAUGCUUAGUGCAAGAUUAUUAAUAGAUUAAAAAGAAGUGGGCCCAGAACAGAAGCUGGACUCAGUACAUCAUUACCAGUUUUGUCCAACGUGGUAAAUUGUUUAAUAUAAAAUGACUGCAAGUCUACUUUUUCCACCUUCCACAUAGUAUGCAAAUUUAAAUUAGAACAUUUAUUUAUACAUUCUAAAAAUUAUAGAGUGGGAGGGCUCAAUGUCAAUCAGUAUAGUAUAUGGAAUAUUUGUAAACCCUUCUGGAUUUUUUUUUUUAUCUAUUAGCUAUUUUAGAAAAAUAGCUAAUUUUGGAAAAUGGACUACCUGCUUUUUUUCACCUAAUUCUUGAUGAUCUAAUUAUCUAUCAUGGCUCAUUUUAUGAAUUGCUCAAGCUGAGACAAUCCAUUAACCCCCCUAGAUGUUAAGUUGACUGUCAGAGAGUGACCCCAAAUAGCUUCUAAUCAAUUCAUAAAGGUGUUUAUUUCUCUUGAAAUCAUAUUGUAUGCAUUAAACUACGAAGAAGUAAGUAGAAGUAUAGAUGAGGGUGUUGCAGUGGAUGUAAAAUUUUGGGAUUUUGCCAAGGCAUUUAAUACAGUUCCACACAAUAUAUUCAUGUUCAAACUCAAAGAAAUUGGUCUAGAUUUAUAGAGUACAGAGAGUUGUCAUUAAUGGUAAAUUUUCUAUUUAACAUGUUUAUAAAUGAUCUUGAAAAAGCAUUGAAAGUCAUGUUUCAGUGUUUGCAGAUGACACAAAACUAUGUAAAGUAAUACAAAGUGAGCAGGAAAUAUUACGAAGUUAUGCACUUUGGCGUAAAUCAUGCACAAGUAACUCAUAGAUUAAAUGGACGCAUUUAGGGUAUAAAUUAGGGAUAACCACACACGAGAAGGAUUUGGGAAUUGUUAUAAACAACAAACUAUGCAACAAUGUGCAAUGUCAAUCAGCAGUGGCUAAAACCAGUAAGGUAUUGUCAUGCAUGAAAAAGGGCAUUCAUUCUCGGAAUGAGAAUAUAAUUUGCCUCUUAAUAAAUCACUGGUAAGACCACAUCUUGAAUAGCUGUGAAAUGUUGGGCACCUGUUCUAAAGAAGGAUAUUAUGGCACUAGAAAGAGUGCAGAGGCUGGCUACAACAUUAAUAAAAAGUAAUGGUACAUUUUAGCUAUGAAGAAAGGUUAACAAAUGUAACCAUCUUUAGUUAGCCUUCUUUAGUUAGCCUUUUUGCCUUCUUUUAGAUCAAUAGCAAAAAACAAAUGUGAGGAAGGCUGAACUUGAUGGACACAUGUCUCUUUUCCGCCUAUGUAACUAUGUAAACUACAACAUAACACAAUCUAAUGAUGUGGCAGACAUUCACUGUUUUGUGCAUAUAGAUUCACCUGCUUUAAAGUUCCAAAGAAACCUGGGAAAUGAAAAGAGUUUAUUAAACUAUAGUUUGACUGUUAUGUCAGUGUAUUUAACAGCUUUUAUACCGAAUUAUGUUUUGCAGAAGGUGCUCUUGCGCAGGAAUUAGAAAAUGUGCAACAAAACAUAACAGCUGAUAUCAUCCCCAACGCGUUUGGUAAGACCACCACAUUCCAUCUUUGAAUACAAUUUGUUAAAAAGGAACAGAUCGCUCUUUUUAGUUAGAGUAGUUGAUUUUACCCAGUAACCGUAAGAGUUUAGCGGAGGGAGCCCUAGAUGCAGCAAAAGCUGUAGAUAGGUUUAAAUAUAUCGCAGUAUAGACGAGGCAGGAACGAGGUCAGACAAGGCAAAGGGUUAAUUCAGGCAGCAUAGGUUCAAAGUCGGUAAAUCAGGCAAAGGGCCAAUAUCAGGAACGCAGAUAUCAGGAUAGUAGGCAACAGUACUGUGAGCACAGUCUAUCCGAGUACUACCGAGGGCUACCAGGUAUUCUUUUAUAGGGAGUGGAGGGACACCUCUCUCCUCAGUGUUUUCAGGUGUGGUGUGGUGUGGCACUUUAAUUGAAAUGAGGCUCCUUGUCCUUUAAAAGAUGGUGUGUGCGUGCGCCUAAGGAGCCUUCAGUGUGUGAGCGGCGUUUUUGAAGAGGAGUCCUGGCCUCAUGGUAUGCGACGGCGUGCUGCAUAACGGGCUUGUGAGUGCCCAGGAUGUCUUGUCUUGAUACAGGGAGGCGUGCGGCAUGGAGAAGCCAUCCGCAUGGAGACGCAGCGAGGGAGAACCAGGUAAGUGCACAGCGGGGGGACCUGACAGUGCCACUGCAAAAUGCAGCACUGUUAUCGUAUGUACAUUUAAAGGCUAAGCCCAUUGAUGAGGGAUCCAUACGGUUACAUAACACACGUACAAGUGAGAGUCACAGCAUGUCUUACAUGGUUGUCUGCGUGUGGCACUCAAACCGCGAGACUUACAGUGGAGCUGACCGGAACGGAGAAGAAGGGAGCUGAAUGGAUCUGCUGUAAAGGUAAGUAACAGCUCGCUCCCAGCCCCCCUCCUACACAGCCCAUUAUAAUAAUAUAGCCCCCCUCCCUGGCCAGGCAACAAGCAGGGAGGGAAAAAAAUGUAAAAUAAAAAUUGUAAUAAUAUUAUAAUAAAAUUAAAAUUUAAUAUUAUUUAAAAAAUGAAUUAAAAAAAUUAAUAUUAAAAUAAUAAUUAAAAAAUAAAUAAUAAAAAUGCUCACCCCCCAUUAAGGUUACACACUCUGCAUCACAUACAGAAACACAAACUGUGCAUUAUAUACACACACUUCAUAUACACACACACACUGCAUUAUAUAUACACACACACACACACACACACACUGCAUUCAUACACACACACACUCUGCAUUAUAUACGCACACUGCAUUAUAUAUACACACUGCAUUCAUACACACACACACUGCAUAUAUAUACACACACACACUGCAUCCAUUAUAUACACACACUACACAAACACACACACACUCUGCAUUUAUUAUAUACACACACUGUAAAUAAAUAUUCGAUUAAUAUAAUUUGGGGGGGAUCUAAUUUUAUUUAGAAAUUUACCAGUAGCUGCUGCAUUUCCCACCCUAGCCUUAUACGCGAGUCAAUCAUUUUUCCCAGUCUUUUGUGCUAAAAUUAGGGGCCUCGACUUAUAUUCGGGUCGACUUAUACUCGAGUAUAUACGGUAAUUUGUUUUUCAUGGCAGGUUUUCAAAAACCCGUCAUGUGAUGUUCCAUCUAGAUUUCUUAUGUGCUUCUUGAAGCAAGUGGAUAGUUUUCUUUAAGUGUAUGAAGGUAGCACAGAGGAUAUUUCUAACCACCUUUUGGACAAGAGCAAAUGAGAAUCCGCUGGCCAGUCUAUCAAAACCAGAUGACUGUCAAUAAGCUUCCACCACCCCUGGACAUCCACUUAAUACUUUAUUUUUAUUUUUUUUAUUCUUUAAUUUUGUGUGCAAAUGAGUAACAGACAAUCUUACAAUGCCCCAACAGCAUUUUCAAGACAGUUAACUGGACAAAGCAUAAUAGUUACAGGGCAUUCGAGUAUAUUGCACAAUUUUUCAAUGUAGAAUAGAGCAGUGUUCUGCAAUCUUUUAGCACCCGGGGACCGACAAAAAGAGGAGAAAUAUUUUGCUGACCCGCAUCAGUCAUAAAUAAAACCCAAUGGUAUGUGUGAGGGGUGCUGUGUGUGUGUGUGAGGGGUCCUGUGUGUGUGAGAGGUGCAUGUUGUGUGUGUGUAUGGGGACAGUGUGUGUGUAUGGGGGCAGUGUGUGAGGGGUGCUGUGUGUGUGUGCAGUGUGUGUGUAUGGGGGGCAGUGUGUAUGUGAGGUGCAUGUUGUGUGUGUGUGUGUGUGUAUGGGGGCAGUGUGUGAGGGGUGCUGUGUGUGUUAGAGGUGCAUGUUGUGUGUGUGUGUAUGGGGGGCAGUGUUUGGGUAUAAGGGAGAAUGAUUUUAGGUUUUUGGGGUUGGAGGGUAGAUUAAUAAAUAUAUAUAUUUUUUAAUUAAAAGAAAAAUAGUAAUUUUGAGAUCCCCCCUCCCUGCUUACCUUUGCCUAGGAGGGGGGACAUUUCCUGCAAUAUGUGUCGAGCAAACGAGUAUAAUGACAGAUCGAAGGUAAGUCUAGCACAGGCAGUAUCAGAGGAAAAGUGCCUGAAUAUCAGUAGGGUGUUCCCCAAGGUUAGAUGCAGGAUUUCAGCCAAAAGAAGUACGGUAAAGUCCAAUCUUAGGCCCUAUUAGAAAGUUUCCCUAGGGAGCUCCAGCACCAUGCGACUUGCUCGUCGACUGUCAGCCCCCCCGCCCCGACUUAAUACUUUUAACAAUAAUGCAGACGUACUUGUUGGCCCUGUCCAGAAUUUAAUCUAGUACAACUAUAAUUUACCUUUGCACUGUGUAGGUGUUGAAGACGGUUCCUCUGAAUAGUUAUAAACUCUUCAGUAUGUGUGAUAUUUCCUAGAGCCAUAUGUUCCAGACAUUCCAGCACAAGAACCUGAAAAUGUGGAUCCAAUACUGUACGGAAUGUUAACCAACAACGCAUUGGGUAAGAAAUCUCUAUUCCUACCUGUUAAAUAGUUUAUUAUGAAUUUACAAUGUCUAGGGACGCAUGAUUAACACUGAACUGAUUACCUAUACUGGGAUUUUUUCACAAAUAAAAGUUUUUUAAAAAUUGAACCUGGGAAAGAUGGUGAACUUUUUAGUAGCUAAAUAUAAUACAUCCAUUAAGUUUUAAUUCUCAACUAUAAUUUCUCUGCCCACCUAAUGGAUCCCAACAUUUUAUGACACAAGUGGGGAGGUUGUUGGCGUCAUCAAUGGUAAUCUAGAUGGGUGUGCAGGAGAUAUGCUUUGAUUUAGCUUCGAUCUACUGGCUGUUUCCAGGAAAUGAAGAAAUGCUUGUAUGACAAAAUCUUCUUCUUGUCUCAUUUUUCAUUUAACAUUUUAACAUAUCAUUUGCAACAGUUCUUCAUUCUGUCUUCUUUCCUCUCCCAUCUAUUUGUAUUCUUUCCCAUAUAUCGGGUCUUCUUUGGGCUCGUAGAUCUUUUUGUGUUUUCUUCUUUGUUUCCUCUCCUAUCUAUCUACAUAUCUAAAGCAUACCCAUUUUACCUACUCUUUCUAUUUUUCUCCAAAUAUCUUACCAUCUUCAACCCCAGUUAUUAUACAUCUCCUGUAAGUACCUUAUUCUCUUCCCGACCUUAGGGAAAGAUUGGACCCUUCUUCCAGCCCAAAUACUCGCUCUCCAUCUAUAUAAUUUUGUAAAAGAAAUUGUAGUUUAUUAUUGUAUUUCCAUUCUAGGUGUAUUUAUAUAUUUUAUUAAUUAUAUAUUGGGGAACCUGACUGACAACCAAGGCUGAAAGUCCAGAGAAUUUAAUUUGCAUGCCAUAUAUUUUACCCUGUAACUUUCCAAAGCCCGUAAACCGUGUACAUGGCACAGUGGAAUCUGUCUUACUCGGAGUCGUGAGACAUCAUAUGAGUGUUUUAGAGCAGUAAAAUGUAUGAUAUCGUUGAAAGUGCAGUUUUUGUGUGAAAAAUUCUAACAAAAAAAAAAAUAUCAACACGCCACAAUAUAGCAACUAAAAAAAAGACUGAACAUACCCCAUUUUGAAUACCCUAGGUUGUUUACUUUUGCAAAUGGUAUUCCAUGAUGUGGGUAAUUUUCAUUCCUGGGCUGCCAUACAGUCUCAAAGGCAACAUAGGUCCAGCAAACCAAACGCACAAAUUUCAAUGUGUAAAAAAAAUUAUCUAGACCAACAAUAAAAAUGUUACCCUGUCAUUUUCCAAAACACUAUAAAACCUGUACAUGGAGGGCAUCAUUAUACUCAUCUAACAUCACAGCUACAAAUAUAUGUGUUUUAUUGCUGUAAAAGCUAACAGUAUUGUGACAUCCACAGUUAAAAUGCCAUUCAGAACUUGGAAAAUAACUUUUCUUAAUUUAAUAUGAAUAAAAUCGAAAAAAUGUAUGAGAAAUGUUGUUCCAUAUAUAAAUAUUAAAUGUGAAAUAAAAGCCCUAUUCUCCUGAACAAAAUGAUAUAUAAGUGUGGGUGCACUUAAUAUGAAAGAGGUAGAUUAUGGUUGAACAGACAUAUAGCUCAAAUUUGGGGUAUUGUUUUGGUCAGGAAUUGGACAAUUGUCUCUGACCUUAAGGGGUUAAUAUUUGAAUUUACAAUAUUUUGAUGUUCCCCGUACGUUACAGAAACCCAAUAUGAUGUUAACGUUUAUUAUCGCGGAACCCUAGUUAAAAAUACCUUGGUAAAGAACCCUCGUGGAUUCUGUAUCACUUCAAGACAACAAACAAAUCCAGAAAACUAUCUAGAAGAUGUGAUUUUACCAAUACCUUAUAAUGUUGCUGACUCUGGAGUGGCAAGUUCCAUAACCGAACUCCUGGAGAGCCUGGAAGACGGUACAUUGGUUGAGACGAGAGAUGAGUCAAUUUGUGGAAAGAGGCAAGGCAAGUGUAAAAGCUACUGGAGCUUGACCGAAUUCCCAAACACAAGCCGUCCAAAUGAAAUCAGCAAAUCUGGUUACACGGUCUUCUACACUAUGCAGCAGUUUAUAAGAGGUAAAAGAAAAAUCAUUUUUUAAAUUAUGCUUUUUGUUACUUUUGGCUCAAAAAGAAAAAAAAAGUUCCAAAACAACAAGCAGUACACAGGAAAAACUAAACAGAUAUGUCUGUUGUCAAUUUCAAUUAUAUAAUAACAAGAUUGACAUAUAUGUGUAGAGAAUAUUGGAUAGGUGGUAUGGUGUGAAGGUUUAAAAGAAUAUUUAGAUUUUUUUUUUUUUUUUUAAUUGAAAAUGUUGCUACAAAUUAUUAGAAUGUUCCUGGGCCACCUGAAGUUUGAGAACGUCUCAACCCACCCCCUGUAAAAUACAUUUCUAUGGAUCAUCCCGCAGAAUCCUCAACAGAUUUUGUUGUGCGUUAACAAUGAAAUCCCAUAGACCUAUAUAAUAGAGAUGUGUAUUUGUUUUCUUCCAAAUCAAAUUUAGAAUCUUUACAAAUUCAUUUGUGUUCGGUUCAUUUUGGCUUCAGCAGAAUUCAGAUUAAACAAACUUUUUUACGAUCUAUUCGUUAUAGCAAUUCAGGGACUUCUCUAUUAAGCAAGUUGAUACUUCUCUAAGGGCUUUUUCUGCUGUAUAGUAUAUGGCUCCCUUAUGUGGGAUUGUCCUAUUAAAGGAACACUAUAGUCACCUAAAUUACUUUAGCUAAAUAAAGCAGUUUUAGUGUAUAGAUCAUUCCCCUGCAAUUUCACUGUCAUUUAGGAGUUAAAUCACUCUUUUUCUGUUUAUGCAGCCCUAGCCACACCUCCCCUGGCUAUGAUUGACAGAGCCUGCAUGAAAAAAAAAACUGGUUUCACUUUCAAACAGAUGUAAUUUACCUUAAAUAAUUGUAUCUCAAUCUCUAAAUUGAACUUUAAUCACAUACAGGAGGCUCUUGCAGGGUCUAGCAAGCUAUUAACAUAGCAGGGGAUAAGAAAAUCUUAAUUAAACAGAACUUGCAAUAAAGAAAGCCUAAAUAGGGCUCUCUUUACAGGAAGUGUUUAUGGAAGGCUGUGCAAGUCACAUGCAGGGAGGUGUGACUAGGGUUCAUAAACAAAGGGAUUUAACUCCUAAAUGGCAGAGGAUUGAGCAGUGAGGCUGCAGGGGCAUGUUCUAUACACCAAAACUGCUUCAUUAAGCUAAAGUUGUUCAGGGGACUAUAGUGUCCCUUUAAGAUACCACAUAGCAAGAUACUUAUCUUGGUACCCUUAUGUGGGACUGCCUAUUUAAUGAUACCAAAUUAGGACACAAUUUAGUAGAUUGCUCCAUAAUUUAGUAUCUUUAUGUGGGAUUGCCCUAUUUAGGAUACUAAAUUAGGAUACCGUUUGCUAGACAGCAUCCUACUUUGGUAUCCUUAAAUAGGCAGUCCCUCAUAAGGUUACCUAUCUGGGAACUAUCUGCUGAGCAGUGCCAUAUAUGAUAUCAUGGAUGUCAAAAUUUUUAAUGCUUCUGAAAUUACCAUUUCUGAAUUUGGAAUUUGGAAUUUUUGAAUCAAAACGAAAACAAAACACAUUUUUCCACGAGCACAUUUCUGCUAUAUAGCAAAUGGCUAAUUUCUGUGUUUUGCCACUUAUCAGUAGUUUAGGCUAAGAUGGAAAAACUGACCUAGAGGUCCAAUAGUUACUUGCCAAAUGGAGAUCCAAUUACCUGGUAUCCAGGCUUGUCAAGCAUUGUUUGUAUUUUUUUUUUAACUAAAAUUUUACCUUUGCUAUCUUUUAUUUUUUUUUAACUCUUUAUUUUAGCAUGCUUGCUAUGCCACAACAGCAGACAUAAACAUUUCAAGAGACAGGGUAUUAGGAUAUUAUGGCAUGUAAUUGAACUGCAUUUUUUUGGGGGGGGAAAGUUAAACAGGUUAAAUCAAGAUGUGUCAGUAAAUGAGUAUGCAUAAGGGUUAAUGGAGACAUGCUUUGUAGCCUGACACUGGGUGAGUAAAUAUAAUAGGGUAAUAUGCUAAUUCUUAAUCUGUUUAGUAGCUUAGUAGCUGCUGGGUACUGCCUUUGUUUAAGGGCAUAAAGAAAGGACAAACUUAGCCGCACUAUGGUCUCAUGCUGGACAGACUCAUUUCAGCCUAUGCCACAGAGAGGUCGCCUUCGACCAGCUCCCUUCCCUGUAAACUCAGUGUCCUCUUUCUCUCUCAGGCAGGUCGAUAUGCCAGGCUGGACUUCAGCCUUGUGGGUUACAGGGGAGAGACUGUGCCUCUGCUUUCUUUCCACCUGAGCUCCUUUACCCGUCGCUUUCCCAGGGGUUCUCCGUUGCGGCUUGGUGGAGGCAUAGGUCAUCAAACUGGCGUGUCUUAAAAUGUCUAGAUAUAAAUGUAUUGCCAUCGCAAGUCCCUGUGCAUUGUUCAAACACUGUGUGUCGGAAAAUAUUUUUUGGGAGAUGUUCCUGGGAAUCGCGGAAUGUGUCGGUAUUUACCAGGUACAAUAGGCAACCUGUGCUGUUGGAUGCUCUGUAUGUGACAUCAUGCUAACCUCGUGUUUUGUCUGUCAGAAUUGAUUCAGUUCACAGAAGGAACGAGGAGGGAAUCUCCUCAAUACACAAUCUGGAUUUGCCUGGGACAAAAAUGGCCACAUGACAGGCCGUGGAAGGAGAACUUUAUUAUGGUCAAAGUGAGUUUAACUUAUUUCACUGAGCUGGGACAGGCCUAUUUUGCUUGACACACUUAUCUGUUUAGCUAUAUAUUUGUGGAAUGUUUUACCAGGAAGGUUACACUGAGUGUUCUACGUGUGUUCAGGAGAAUACUUUUAUUCUGUUUGUGUUUUACUGCUACUUCCUGCCCAGUGACCACUCGAAACAGCUUGUAAUGCUUAGUAACUUCCAGACAUUUUAUGAGACUUGUCUGGGUGUUUAGCCACAAAUAAAUUGAUCCCAAUGGUUGUCUAAAGAAGAAAAUGAAAUUAAAACUCAGGCUGUAUGUUCAAGAUACAUAUCAAGAAAAUUUAAUUAGAUCUAUAUGCACCUGUCCAUCCCUCCCUGUACUAUGACACUGUUAGGAGAGGUUCCAGUGAACAGACUAAGUGGUCCAGAGAGUUACCUCAAGGAGCAGGGCCGUCUUUAGCAUGGGGCAAACGGGGCAGCUUCCCCAGUAUGUCAGUGUGUGUGUCAGUAUGUUUGUGUGUGUAUGUCAGUAUGUCUGUGUUUGUGUCAGUAUUUUUGUGUGUGUAUGUCAGUAUGUCUGUGUGUGUGUCAGUAUUUUUGUGUGUGUAUGUCAGUAUGUCUGUGUGUAUGUCAGUAUGUCUGUGUGUGUGUGUGUGUGUCAGUGUGUGUAUGUCAGUAUGUAUGUCAGUAUGUUUGUGUGUGUGUGUAUGUAUGUCUGUGUGUAUGUCAGUAUGCCUGUGUGUGUGUGUGUCAAUACAUCUGUCCGUGUAUGUGUCUGUGUGUGUUUCAGUAUAUCUGUCAGUGUAUGUCUGUGUGUGUGUGUGUGUGUGUGUGUGUAUGUAUGUCUGAAUGUGUGUCAAUAUGUCUGCCAGUAUAUAUUUGUGUGUCAGUGUAUGUGUGUGUCAGUAUGUACCUGCGAAUGUUUUAAUAUAUCUGUCUAUGUGUGUAUGUGUCAGUAGGUCUGUCAGUGUGAUUGGGGGUUGGGUGUAAUUGGGAAGGGGGGUUGGGAAGGGGCAGGGCCUUGGGGGCCCAAGAAAAUGCUUUGCCCAGGGUCCUAUUCAUAUUAUAGAUGGCCCUGUCAAGGAGUAAAGGUUCACCCAACUCUACCUCUACAAUACUGGACUGUCUAACUGUGCAAAUCUGUAGUCUGGUAAUCUGCUAAUAUUAAGGUGUAUCUGUAAGGUAUUUCAGUACCCUGAAAUCAGUAAGGUACCACACUAUAGCAACAACUGGGGUACUUCAAGGGGUGAAAACAAAGCCGUUGUCUCCUCUAUCAUAACGAACUCUCCACCCAAGAGAUAAACAAAUAAACACGUGAAUACACUAUAUAAAUUAAAGCAAGAUUGAUUUGCAAAAAGACUGAUGUGCCUUUCAGUAUCAACUAAAAAUAGAAGUCAGUUCCCAGUUGUAUGUAGAGGAAUGAAGGCCACCUCCAAAGCACGUAUCAAUUAUGUAUUAAAUGGUGGAUGGCUUAUUACUGUGUAUAUAGAUACUAGCCCUAACAUAUCUAUAGCUUUGUAAUUGCCAGUUUAACCAAGUGUCGUGAUUAGAUCAUUCAUUUUAUAAGAAUAAACUUUAUUUACACAAACCAACCUAUCCACAUGUCUUUCCGCUCCAUAGGUCACCUCCGUGUCAAUGAAGAUGCUUCACGAGUUGAGUUACUGUGGAGGUGCAAGCUCACUACGGAGCGAUGAAUUCAGCCUGGAAAUAUCAAAAUCACUGUCCAUAUCAUGUCCUGGGGACCUUCUGUCUCUCCUGAAAGAAUGGGAGGGAAGGAUGAAAUCUAAAUAG